GAGCAGUCGUGCAUUCCCCGCCUCGCCUCGGGUGUAGGGAUUGCAAAAAAACAAAACUACACUGUCAAGACUGUGUAGUUUUGUUUUUAUGAUUAGAGGCUCUUCAAUUCUCAUGCUGGGAUUGUCUAAAAAAAUCUUACUCUGGAUAAGGACGUCGUUCAAGAAGAUUUCGUUGGGCUUAGCCCACUCUUGCAGGCACUUUGAGAGAUCAGAGUGCCUGUAAAGAUGACGACGAAAGCACCAACAUUUACACAGCCGUUACAAAGUGUUGUGGCACUGGAGGGUAGUGCCGCAACCUUUGAGGCUCACAUUAGUGGUUUCCCAGUUCCUGAGGUGAACUGGUAUCGGGAUGGCCAGGUUCUCUCUGCUGCAACUCUGCCCGGUGUGCAGAUCUCGUUUAGUGAUGGCCGCGCUAGACUGGUGAUCCCCACCGUGACAGAAGCCAACAGCGGGAGAUACACUGUGCAAGCCACCAAUGGAUCUGGGCAAGCUACUAGUACUGCUGAGCUGCUUGUCACAGCUGGAACAGCACCACCAAACUUCUCACAACGACUACAGAGCAUGACUGCAAGACAGGGAAGUCAAGUUCGACUUGACGUGAGAGUGACUGGAAUCCCUACACCUGUGGUGAAGUUCUAUCGGGACGGAGUAGAAAUUAAAAGUUCCCCCGAUUUUAAAAUUUUACAAGAAGGAGACCUUUACAGCUUAAUAAUUGCAGAAGCAUAUCCUGAAGACUCCGGCACCUAUUCCGUAAAUGCCACAAACAGUGUGGGACGUGCUACUUCAACAGCCGAAUUACUAAUUCAAGGCGAGGAAGAAGCAGUUCCUGCUAAAAAGACAAAGACAAUUGUUUCGACUGCUCAGAUUUCACAAACAAGACAAGCCAGAAUUGAAAAGAAGACUGAAACCCACUUUGAUGCCAGAUCACUUACAAGUGUUGAAAUGGUUAUAGAAGGUGCAGCCACCCAACAGCUCCCACACAAGGCACCUCCACGAAUGCCUCCCAGACCUACAUCAAAAUCACCAACCCCGACAACUGCUGCAAAAGCACAAAUGGCACGACAGCAAUCACCGUCACCUGUUAGACAAUCACCAUCACCUGUAAGACAUGUCAGAGCACCAACACCUUCACCAGUCAGGUCAGUUUCUCCUGCUGGGAGAAUCUCCACCUCACCUAUUAGACCAGUGAAAUCUCCAUCUCCAAUCCGUAAACCACAUGUAGUGACAACAGCUGGGGCUGAUGUCCUUCCUCCCUGGAAGCAGGAGGGAUAUGCUGCCACCAUGGAAUCCCAGAUGAAGGAAACAAGAGUAUCUACAAGCACUACCCAAGUGACUGAAGAAAGAUGGGAGGGGAGAUACGGGGUCCAAGAACAAGUUACCGUUACUGGCGCUACUGCUGGUGACAUGGCCGCUGCUGCUAGAGAGGUGAGAAAGGACAGUGAAAAAACAGCAGCUGUUGCUACGGUUGUUGCUGCUGUGGAUCAAGCCAUGGUGAGAGAACCCGCUCCAAGUGUUGUAGAGCAAACUUCUAAAAAGACAGCAAUGACUGCAGUCCACGUUCAGCCUGUUCAUGAGCAGAUGAAAAAGGAGGCAAUGGUAGUAGUUACCAGUGAUAAAGCCACAAAACAAACAGUGAUAUCAAGAACUAGAGAAGGAAUUGUAACUUCACAAGAACAAAGACACAUCUCUCCUGAAAAGGUGAGAAAAGAACCAGAGAAAGCUCCAGUACCGACAGUAACAAUUGCCACAGACAAAGCCAAAGAACAAGAAAGAGUAACAAGAGCCAGAGAAGAAAUAUCUACCAGACAUGAGCAAGUGCACAUUGCUCAUGAACAGAUAAGAAGGGAAGAUAUGAAACCUUCUGUACCUAAGGUAGUAAUUUCUACUGAUAAACCUAAAGCACCGGUCAUAAUAUCGAAAAGUAAAGAAAGAAUUGCCACCAAACAAGAACAAGUGAGCAUAACACGUGAAAAGACUCAAGCUGGAAAAAAGGCUGAAGCUGUAGCCACAGUUGUUGCAGCAGUUGACCAGGCACGUGUUCGAUCACCCUGGCAACCAGAACAAGCAGAUGAAACUUAUGUUAAGGAGAAAACUUUGGAAUAUGGUUAUAAAGAGCACACUGUAACAGACCGUGUUUCUGAGGCCCCAGCAGAACGUCAUGUUGUCACUAAAGAAGUCAAAACGGUCUAUGUUCCUCCUGAGAAACCUGUCUCAGCUCCUGAAAAGCAGGAGGUUCAUAUAUCAAAAGAGAUAAAGAGAACAACAGAACUUGAGAGAACAAUUCAUGUUGAACCGCCGCGACCUCGCACAGCAAGUCCUCACUUCACGGUCUCCAGAGUUGCAGUUCCUAAACCAGAUCAUACGUAUGAGGUUUCAAUAGCUGGAUCUGCCAUGGCUACUCUGGAGAAAGAGUUAUCAGCUACUGCUGCUGUGCAAAAGAUCACCAAGCCUGUGAAACCACCUCAGCUAAAGCCUCAUGAAGCCAAGACAAAAGCAGAGCCAGUUGCUCCUGCACAGUUUCCCUUUGGAGAGGCUGCAGAGACGUAUAAGAGUCACUAUGGUGUUGAGACUAAAAAGGAGACAAGCAUUAAAAGUGAAGCAGUGCGAACAGAACACUUGAUGCUGCAUAAAGAAGGUGAAGCAAAGGUGACAGAAACUGCCAGGGUUCCUGUACCUGCAGAAAUCCCUGCUACACCACCCUCCUUAGUCUCAGGCCUCAAAAAUAAGACUGUGACUGAAGGUGAAUCUGUCACUCUGGAAUGCCAAAUAUCUGGUCAUCCUCAGCCUACAGUGACGUGGUACAGGGAAGACUACAAAAUUGAGAGCUCAAUGGACUUCCAGAUCACUUUCAAAGCAGGACUUGCUCGUCUUGUGAUUCGUGAAGCCUUUGCAGAGGACAGUGGAAGAUUUACCUGCACUGCUACCAAUAAGGCUGGGAGUGUCAGUACUUCUUGCCACUUACAUGUGAAAGUUACUGAAGAAAUUGAGACUCGAGAAACCAUUUCUGAGAAGUCUGUUACCGAAGAGAAACGCUAUGUGGAGACAAAGGACAUUGUAAUGGAAGAUGUCUCUGCUGCAGCAGAGGAAGUAUCGGGAGAACCCAUACCUCCUUUCUUCAUUAGAAAACCCAUGGUGCAUAAAUUAAUUGAAGGUGGGAGCAUUAUUUUUGAAUGCCAAGUAGGGGGCAACCCAAAGCCACAUGUCUACUGGAAAAAAGGCGGAGUUCCUCUAACGACUGGCUACAGAUACAAAGUGAGUUAUAAAAAAGAAACCGGGGAAUGCAAACUUGAAAUUUCCAUGACUUUUGCCGAUGAUGCCGGAGAAUACACUAUUGUUGUUCGUAAUAAUCUUGGAGAAGCUUCUGCAACGGUCUCCUUACUAGAAGAAGCUGAUUACGAAGCCUACAUAAAAUCGCAACAAGAAAUGAUGUACCAAACUCAAAUGACUGCAUACGUACAGGAACCUAAAGUGGCUGAGGUAGCCCCACCCAUUUCCUAUGGUGACUUUGAAAAAGAGUAUGAGAAAGAACAAGCUCUAAUUAGGAAGAAAAUGGCAAAAGAUACAGUGAUGGUCAGAACUUUUAUAGAAGAUGAGGAAUUCCAUAUUUCUUCUUUCGAAGAAAGACUUAUCAAGGAAAUUGAACUCAGAAUUAUUAAGACUACGUUACAUGAACUUCUUGAAGAAGAUGGAGAGGAGAUGAUGGUUGAUAUUUCUGAAUCUGAAGCUGUAGAAGCAGGAUUCGAUUUAAGAUUAAAGAAUUACAGAACCUUUGAAGGGACAGGAGUUACCUUCCAUUGCAAGACAUCUGGAUAUCCAUUGCCCAAGGUGGCAUGGUACAAGGAUGGCAAACGUAUAAGGCAUGGAGAGCGCUACCACAUGGAACUUCUGCAAGAUGGUAGCGCCACUCUGCGUUUACCUGUUGUUUUACCUGAAGAUGAAGGAAUUUAUACUGUCUUUGCCAGUAAUAUGAAAGGAAAUGCCAUUUGCUCAGCAAAACUCUAUGUUGAGCCAGUUGCACCUACAGCAACUCCAGGUUAUAUGCCAGGACCUGAAGUUAUGAGAAGAUAUAGGUCUAUCUCUCCACGGUCUCCAAGCCGGUCUCCUGCCCGCAGUUCUCCUUCUCGUUCUCCUGCCCGGAGAUUAGAAGAAACUGAUGAAGGGCAACUAGAGAGACUAUAUAAGCCAGUUUUUGUGUUGAAACCAACAUCAUUUAAAUGUUCACAAGGGCAGACAGCAAGAUUUGACUUAAAAGUUGUUGGCAGACCUAUGCCAGAGACAUACUGGUUCCAUAAUGGUCAACAAGUGAUUAAUGACUACACCCAUAAAAUAGUGAUUAAAGAAGAUGGUACCCAGUCAUUGAUCAUUGUUCCUGCAAUGCCUGAAGACUCUGGAGAAUGGGCUGUCAUUGCUCAGAACAGGGCAGGCAAAGCUUCAGUCUCAAUGACACUGACUGUAGAAGCUAAGGAAGACCUAGUCAGACCACACUUUGUGGAAAGAUUGAGAAAUGUCAGCGUGAAGGAGGGCUCUAGACUGGAGAUGGCAGUGAAAGCUACUGGUAACCCUAAUCCUGACAUUGUAUGGCUCAAGAACAGUGACAUCAUUGUGCCUCAUAAAUACCCCAAAAUAAAGAUUGAGGGAACCAAAGGGGCAGCUGCCCUUAAAAUUGAAUCUACUGCCAGGCAAGAUGCUGCUUGGUAUACUGCUACUGCUAUCAAUAAAGCUGGUCGGGACACUACCCGCUGCAAAGUAAAUGUUGAGGUUGAACACACAGAACCUGAACCAGAAAGGAAAUUAAUAAUUCCAAAAGGAACUUACAAAGCCAAGGAGAUUGCAGCACCAGAGUUAGAACCUCUCCAUCUGCGUUAUGGUCAAGAGCAAUGGGAGGAAGGAGAUCUCUAUGACAAAGAAAAACAACAGAAACCAUUUUUUAAGAAGAAGCUCACAUCUUUAAGGCUCAAACAGUUUGGACCAGCACACUUUGAAUGCAGGCUUACACCAAUUGGCGACCCAACCAUGGUGGUGGAGUGGUUGCAUGAUGGCAAACCCUUGGAAGCAGCUAACAGACUCCGCAUGAUCAAUGAGUUUGGGUACUGUAGCCUGGACUAUGGGGUAGCCUAUUCCAGAGACAGUGGAGUGAUUACUUGCAGAGCAACUAACAAAUAUGGUACAGACCAUACAUCUGCUACUCUGAUCGUGAAGGAUGAGAAAAGUCUUGUGGAAGAAUCCCAGUUGCCAGAAGGCAAAAGAGGACUCCAGCGAAUUGAAGAGUUAGAAAGAAUGGCCCAUGAGGGUGCUCUACCUGCUGUUGCACUGGACCAAAAGGAAAAACAAAAACCAGAAAUCGUUUUGGUUCCUGAACCUGCAAGAGUCCUUGAAGGGGAAACAGCACGAUUCCGCUGCCGUGUGACUGGCUAUCCUAUGCCCAAGGUUAACUGGUACCUCAACGGACAACUCAUCCGUAAGAGCAAAAGGUUUAGGCUCCGUUAUGAUGGAAUCUACUACCUGGAUAUUGUGGACUGCAAAUCAUAUGACACAGGAGAGGUGAGAGUCACCGCAGAGAAUCCAGAAGGCUUUAUUGAACAUAAGGUCAAACUUGAGAUACAGCAGAGGGAAGACUUCAGAUCUGUUCUUCGUCGUGCUCCUGAGCCCAAACAUGAGCCUGUAGUUACAGAACCUGGGAAACUCCUCUUUGAGGUACAGAAGGUAGACAAACCUGCAGAGGCAACAACCAAAGAAGUGGUGAAGCUGAAAAGGGCUGAAAGAAUCACUCAUGAAAAGCUUUCAGAGGAAUCUGAAGAGCUGCGUAGUAAAUUCAAGCGCAGGACAGAAGAGGGCUACUAUGAAGCCAUUACAGCUGUGGAACUUAAAUCUCGCAAAAAAGAUGAAUCAUAUGAAGAAAUGUUAAAAAAGACAAAAGAAGAACUUCUUCACUGGACCAAAGAGAUCCCAGAGGAAGAGAAGAAAGCACUUCCUCCUGAAGGCAAAAUCACCAUUCCAACAUUCAAACCAGAGAAGGUGGAGCUUAGCCCAAGCAUGGAGGCUCCCAAAAUAUUUGAACGAAUUCAAAGCCAGACUGUAGCCCAAGGAACAGAUGUACACUUCCGUGUGAGAGUGGUGGGAAAACCCGAUCCUGAAUGCCAGUGGUUCAAAAAUGGUGUUCAGAUUGAAAGGACUGAUCGUGUAUACUGGUACUGGCCUGAAGAUAAUGUUUGCGAACUAGUUAUCAGAGAUGUGACUUCUGAUGAUUCCGCCAGCAUCAUGGUAAAAGCAGUCAAUAUAGCUGGUGAAACUUCUAGCCAUGCUUUCCUAUUAGUACAAGCCAAGCAGUUAAUCAGCUUCACCCAGAAGUUACAAGAUGUUGUUGCUAAAGCAAGAGACUCCAUGGCAACGUUUGAAUGUGAAACAUCAGAGCCCUUUGUCAAAGUGAAAUGGUUCAAGGAUGGAAUUGAGAUUCAUUCUGGAGACAAGUACAGGAUGCACUCAGACAGAAAGGCUCACUUCCUUUCUGUAUUAACAAUUGAUAUGUCUGAUGCUGAUGACUACAGCUGUGCACUGGUUGAAGAUGAAUCUGUUAAAACCACUGCAAAACUUACUGUUGAAGGUGCUGCAGUUGAAUUUAUUAAAGAACUUGAAGAUGUUGAAGUGCCAGAAUCCUUCUCAGGUGAACUUGAAUGCGAGGUUUUCCCAGAAGAUGUGGAGGGAAAAUGGUAUCAUGGUGAUGUUGAACUCACUUCUGGUCUCAAACAUGUGAUUACAUCCCGCCGUGGUCGUCAGAUCCUCACUAUUAAAGAUGUUAAUAAAGAAGAUCAAGGAGAGUAUAGUUACGUUGUUGAUGGAAAAAGGACUCAAUGCAAACUGAAGAUGAAGCCUCGUCCCAUGGCAAUUCUUCAAGGACUUACUGAUCAAAAAGUCUGUGAGGGAGAUAUCGUGCAACUUGAAGUCAAAGUCUCCCUCGAAAAUGCAGAAGGUGUCUGGAUGAAAGAUGGCCAAGAAAUUCAAUCAAGUGACCGUAUUCACAUUGUGUUGGAUAAGCAAUCACAUAUGCUGCUCAUAGAAGAUGCCACAAAGGAAGAUAGUGGAACUUACUCUUUUAGUGUUCCUGAUCUUGAGUUGUCAACCACUGGACAGAUCACAGUGUACAGUGUGGAAAUAGUGGUGCCUCUAAAAGAUGUUCACGUAAUUGAAGGAACAAAAGCCAUCCUCGAAUGCAAAGUUUCAGCACCUGAUGUGUCCUCCUCAAAAUGGUACCUAAAUGAUAAUCAAAUAAAGACUGAUGAACGUGUGCAAGCUGUAUGUAAAGGCACUAAACAGAGGCUAGUGCUCACCAGAACCCAUGCAUCAGAUGCAGGACGCUAUAAGCUAAUGGUUGGCAAAGUGGAAACAAGCUGCAAUGUCACUGUUGAAGAAAUUGAGAUUAUUAGAGGUCUUCAUGACAUCACCUGCACUGAAACACAGAAUGUGUCCUUUGAGGUUGAGCUCUCCCAUUCAGGGAUUGAUGUAAUUUGGCAUUUCAAAGGCCAACCCAUAAAGGCUGGUCCUAAAUAUAAAAUUGAAGCACGUGGCAAAAUAUAUAAAUUGACAGUGGUGAAGAUGAUGAAAGAUGAUGAAGGAGAAUAUGUCUUUUAUGCUGGAGAGAAGAAAACAUCUGGGAAGCUUAUAGUAGCAGGCGGUGCCAUUUCAAAGCCUCUCAGUGACCUGACUGUGGCUGAGUCCCAGACAGCUGUUUUUGAAUGUGAGGUGGCAAAUCCUGAAUCAGAGGGCCAGUGGCUACAAAAUGGUAGACCAUUAGCUACAACAGAUCAGUACCGUGCUGAAUCCGAUGGUGUAAAGAGAAGGCUUGUUAUCCCUGCAACAAAACUGGAGGAUAUGGGUGAAUACAGCUAUGAAAUAGCAAGCUCAAAGACAUCUGCUAAACUGAAGGUUGAAGCUGUUAAGAUAAAGAAAACACUAAAGAACUUGACUGUGACAGAAUCACAGGAGGCAGUUUUCAGUGUAGAGCUGACCCACCCUGAUGUGAUAGGAGCUCUGUGGAUUAAAAAUGGUGUUGAACUUGAAUCAAGUGACAAAUACGAAAUUACAGUGAAAGGAACUGUUCACACAUUAAGAAUAAAACGCUGUGUUGUCACCGAUGAGUCUGUUUACAGCUUUAAACUUGGAAAAAUAGGAGCAAAUGCCAGACUUCAUGUGGAAACUGUCAAGAUCAUCAAAAAGCCAAAGGAUGUGACUGCUUUGGAAAAUGCUGUCGUCUCAUUUGAACUGAGUGUUUCCCAUGAUACUGUGCCAGUCCGGUGGUUCCACAAAAAUAUUGAGCUUAAACAAAGUGAUAAAUACAAAAUGAUCUCUCAAAGGAAAGUUCACAAGCUUAUGCUGCAUAAUAUAUCUCCUGAUGAUGCUGGGGAAUACACAGCUCUUGUUGGGCAAAUUGAGUGCAAAGCAAAACUGUUUGUGGAAAGCAUACACAUCACAAAAACCAUGAAAAAUAUUGAGAUCCCUGAGACCAAAACUGCCUCCUUUGAAUGUGAAGUUUCUCAUUUCAAUGUGCCUGCUGUCUGGUUGAAAAAUGGUGUGGAGAUUGAAAUGAGUGAAAAGUUCAAAAUAGUUGUGCAAGGGAAACUCCAUCAGCUCAAUAUCAUGAACACAAGCAGUGAAGAUUCUGCAGAAUACACCUUUGUCUGUGGAAAUGAUAGAGUCAGCGCAACCCUGACUGUAAAACCCAUCCUAAUUACCUCCAUGCUAAAAGACAUCAAUGCUGAAGAGAAAGAUACAAUAACAUUUGAAGUUACUGUUAAUUAUGAAGGCAUCUCAUAUAAAUGGCUAAAGAAUGGUGUAGAAAUAAAAUCGACUGAUAAAUGCCAGAUACGAACAAAGAAGCUUACACACUCCCUAUCCAUAAGGAAUGUGCAUUUUGGAGAUGCAGCAGAAUAUACUUUUGUUGCUGGACAAGCAGCUUCAUCAGCCACUUUAUAUGUGGAAGCUCGUCACAUUGAGUUUAGGAAGCAUAUUAAAGACAUCAAAGUGGUGGAGAAGAAGCGGGCUAUUUUUGAGUGUGAAGUUUCAGAACCUGACAUUCAGGUCCAGUGGAUGAAGGAUGGGCAAGAACUCCAGAUUGGUGAUAGGAUGAAAAUUCAGAGAGAGAAAUACGUCCAUCGUCUCAUCAUUCCUUCCACAAGGAUGUCUGAUGCUGGUCAGUACACUGUAGUAGCGGGUGGAAACACAUCCAGUGCCAAUUUGAUAGUGGAAGGUCGUGACAUUCGUAUCAGAAGUGCCCAGAAAGAUAUUCAGGUCAUUGAGAGGCAAAGAGCUGAAAUUGAAUUUGAAGUCAAUGAAGAUGAUAUUGAACCACAGUGGUACAAGGAUGGUAUUGAGAUCAACUUCCAGUAUGAGGAAAGAUACAAGUAUGUGGUGGAAAGGAGAGUUCAUCGAAUGAGCAUCUUUGAAACCACUUACUCCGAUGCCGGGGAAUAUACUUUUGUGGCAGGACGGAAUAGGAGUUCUGUUAUGCUUUAUGUGAAUGCUCCAGAGCCACCCCAGAUUAUUCGGGAGCUAGAGCCAACUACUGUGGAGUCUGGCAAACCUGCCCGCUUUUGUGCUAUUGUAUCAGGCAAACCCCAGCCCAAAAUUUCCUGGUACAAAGAUGAUCAACAGCUUUCUCCAGGUUUCAAGUGCAAAUUUCUUCAUGAUGCACAAGAAUAUACUCUUUUGCUGAUUGAAACUUUCCCUGAAGAUGAAGCAGUGUACACCUGUGAAGCAAAAAAUGACUAUGGAGUAGCUACAACUUCAGCUUCACUUUCAGUUGAAAUCCCAGAAGUUGUCUCUCCCGAGCUAGAAAUGCCAGUGUAUCCACCUGCUGUCAUAAUUCCACUACGUGAUGCUGUUACAUCUGAGGGACACUCUGCUCGUUUUCAGUGCAGAGUUUCUGGAACAGAUCUGAAAGUGUCUUGGUACAGCAAAGAGAAGGAGAUCAAGCCAUCGAGGUUUUUUAGAAUGACUCAGUUUGAAGACACCUACCAGCUAGAGAUUGCUGAAGCUUACCCAGAGGAUGAAGGAAUCUAUACCUUUGUGGCGAGUAAUUCUGUAGGCCAAGUGACCAGCACUGCUACCUUGAAGUUAGAAGCUGCUGAAAAAAUUGUUCAUGAGAAGCUAGAGGAAGAGGUUGAAAUGGAAGUGAAAGUUGCACCGAUCCUGAGGAGAAGGCUUGAACCCUUGGAAGUGGCUGUAAAUCACGUGGCCAAGUUUACCUGUGAGGUAGAGAUGGCUCCCAAUGUCAAGUUCCAGUGGUACAAAGCUGGACGAGAGAUAUACGACGGGGACAAAUACUCCAUUCGCACCUCCAACUACCUCUCCACACUGGAGAUCCCAAGGCCUCAAGUUGUUGACUGUGGGGAAUAUAGCUGUAAGGCUUCCAACCAGCAUGGCAGUGUUAGUUCUACGGCUGUUCUAACGGUAACUGAGGCAUUACCACCAACGUUUCUUACCAGACCUGAACCUAUUACUACUUUUGUUGGCAAAAGUGCCAAGUUCCUGUGUACUGUUUCGGGCACUCCAGUCAUCGACAUCACCUGGCAGAGCAAAGUGGAAAAUAAACAUGUUUUAGAAAUUUCCCUUCUUACCACUAGUGACAGAGGGGUUUACACUUGCAAAGCUUCCAACAAGUUUGGGGCUGACAUUUGCCAGACUGAAAUGGUCAUUAUAGACAAGCCCCACUUCAUUAAAGAUUUGCAGUCAGUACAGUCAGCAGUUAAUAAGAAAAUACGCCUUGAAUGUCAGGUGGAUGAAGACAGGAAAGUAACUGUAGUGUGGACAAAGGAUGGAAACAAAAUCCCUCCAGGCAAAGAUUAUAAGAUUUACUUUGAAGACAAAAUAGCCUCACUUGAGAUUCCUUUGGCUAAGCUCAAGGACUCAGGCCACUAUGUGUGUACUGCUUCAAACGAGGCAGGAAGCAGCUCCUCUUCUGCCACCGUCACAGUCAGAGAACCACCAUCCUUCGUGAAGAAGGUCGAUCCAUCUUAUUUACUGACCCCAGGCGACUCUGCACGUCUUCAAUGCAAAAUCAAAGGGUCUCCUGAAAUCCAGGUUACUUGGUUCAAGAAUAAUAAGGAAAUCCAUGAAAGUAACACGCACAGGAUGUCCUUUGUUAAUUAUGUGGCUGUCUUAGAUAUUUUGGAAAUGAAAGUUGAUGACACUGGGACCUACUCAUGUGAAGCUGUCAACGAGGUUGGAAGCGACAGUUGCACCACAGAAGUGGUUGUCAAAGAGCCUCCGUCUUUCAUCAGAACACUUGAACCUGCAGAGCUAGUGAAGGGAACAAACCCCAUUCUUCAGUGUGAGGUUGCUGGCACUGGACCCUUUGAGAUUAGCUGGUACAAAGACAAGAAGCAGAUUCGGAGUAGUAAAAAAUACAGGUUGACCUCUCAGAAGGCUGUUAUUUCUUUGGAGGUGUCCUCAUUUAAUAGUGCAGAUGUUGGUGAAUACGAGUGUGUGAUAGCUAAUGAAGUCGGGAAGUGCAUGUGCAGUGCCACAUACAUCUUGAAAGAACCACCAUCUUUUGUUAAGAAAAUCGAAAAUGUGACAGCUCUGGCUGGAGAUAGUGUUACAUUACAGGCUGUGGUGAAAGGGUCAGAGCCUAUUUCUGUGACAUGGAUGAAAGGCAAAGAUAUUAUUAAAGAUGAUAACAAUGUGAGAGUGUCAUUUGAUCACGGUCUAGCAACACUGCAAAUUACUGGAGUCCAGCUGAGCUCUGGUGGCAAAUACACCUGCGUGGCUGAGAAUGAUGCAGGAAGUCAGUCCUGCUUUGGUGAACUAGCAGUGAAAGAACCUGCCAAAAUAAUUGAAAAAGCUGAAAUGAUCCAGGUUACAGCUGGGGAACCAGCUAUUUUGGAGUACACUGUCACAGGCACUCCAGAGCUGAAAAGCACAUGGUUCAAAGAUGGAAAGCCACUACCUGCCAGCAAAAAAUAUAGGAUCAGCUUCAAAAAUAACAUUGCCCAGCUCAAGUUUUAUGCCACUGAAAUGCAGGACAGUGGUGAAUACACCUUUGAGAUAUCCAAUGAUGUGGGCAUCAGUUCUUGUACUACCAGCUUCACUGUGCUAGAUCGCACUCUCCCUCCCUUCUUUACUAAACCACUGAAGAAUAUUGACAGCGUCAUUAGUUCCUCAUGCCGCCUAGACUGCAAAAUUUCAGGCUCUCUUCCAAUGACUGUCUCAUGGUUUAAGCAGGAUACUGAGAUCACUUCAAGUGCCAAGUACACAGUACACUUUGCAGAAGGCUCAGCAUCUUUGGAAAUAAAACACCUAGAUGCAAAUGAUGCUGGGGUCUACAUUUGCAGAGCCACAAACUCUGCUGGUAGCAAAGAGAGCAGUAGCACUUUGUUUAUAAAAGAGCCACCCAGCUUCACUGUAGAACCACAGUCUCAAGAUGUAUUGCCUGCAUCAACUGUACAUUUCAAAGGAAUGUUUAAAGGCACAACACCACUGACAGUGAAAUGGUUUAAAGAUGAUACUGAGCUGGUGACAGGAGGAGCCUGCUACAUUAUGACAGAAGCAUUAGCAAGUUACUUGGAGCUUUAUGCAGUCAAACCAACUGAUUCUGGAAAAUACACCUGCAAAGUCUCCAAUGUAGCUGGUUCAGUAACAUGCAGUGCAAACUUAUUUGUGAAAGAACCUGCUGCCUUCAAGGAGAAGCUAGAGCCGACUCACCUGGUAAAGAAAGGUGGAUAUGCUGAGCUGACCUGUGAAGUCACUGGAACUCCUGAGAUUAAAAUCACGUGGUUCAAGGAUGAUAGAGAGCUAAAAGAGAGUGACAAAUACAGGAUAUCUUUUACAAAAUCUUUGGCAAUACUCCGUGUUUUGGAGGCUGAUACUGAAGACAGUGGGGAAUACAUUUGCGAAGCCAAAAAUGACGCUGGAAAAGAUAUCUGCAGUAGUGUUGUUACAGUUAAAGAGUCACCUUAUUUUAGCAAGGAGUUUCAAUCCAUGGAAGUCUUGAAGGAUUCUGAUGUGGUUUUGGAAUGUGAGGUGCUUGGCACGCCUCCCUUUGAAGUGUUUUGGGUGAAAGAUGAUAAACCCGUGCGGAGCAGUAAGAAGCACAGAAUAAGCAUUGAGAAAUCUUUGAUUAGCCUCCACGUUUUCAGGUUUGAUGCUUCUGAUGUUGGCGAGUAUCAGUGUAGAGUAACCAACGAUGUUGGGAGCUGCCUCUGCCGUUCAGAGGUCACGCUGAAAGAGCCUCCGCAGUUUUUGAAGAAGAUAGAAAACAUUAGCUCCCUUCGAGGGGGAACAGUUGUGUUUCAGGCUGCUAUUAAAGGUUCCUUACCCAUUACUGUGUCCUGGUUGAAAGACAAUGAUGAAGUGAUUGAAGACAACAAUAUCAAAAUGACCUUUGUGAACAAUGUUGCCACUCUUAUGGUGAGAUCUAUUGAGCUGAAACAUGAUGGGAAAUAUUUCUGUCAGGCUAAAAACGAGGCAGGAAUUCAGAGGUGCUCUGCUCUGCUGACUGUCAAAGAACCUGCUACAAUUGUGGACAAGGCUGUGUCAAUAGAUGUGACUGAGGGAGACCCAGCAACCUUGCAGUGUAAAUUUUCAGGAACAAAACCUAUUACAGCCAAAUGGUUCAAAGAUGGCAAGGAACUGACAUUGGGCCCAAAAUAUAAGAUCAGCAUUACAGAUACCGUCUCAGUCUUAAAGGUGCUUUAUGCAGAUAAGAAAGAUAGUGGAGAAUACAUUUUUGAGGUUCAAAAUGACGUUGGGAGCAGUAGCUGUUCUGCCAGCAUUAAUGUCCUAGAUCUCAUUAUACCACCUAAAUUCACCAAAAAACUCAAGAAAAUGGACAGCAUUAAGGGGUCUUUUGUCCACCUGGAGUGCAUAGUGUCUGGUUCACAUCCCAUAAGUAUACAGUGGUAUAAGGAUGGCCAAGAAAUAACAGCAAGUGAAAAGCACAAAUACUCUUUCCAUGAUAAUACUGCAUUUCUGGAAAUAAAUAAACUGGAAGGCACAGACAGUGGCUCUUACACCUGUGAAGCUACAAAUAAAGCUGGAAGCAACCAAUGCAGCGGGUUCUUAACAGUCAAAGAACCACCAUAUUUUGUGGAAAAACCCCAGUCUCAAGAGGUUGUGCCCAAUGCUAGGGUUCAGUUCAAAGCGCUGGUGAAAGGGUCUACUCCUAUGCAGAUAAAGUGGUUUAAAGACAGCCAGGAGCUCCUGUCUGGAGCCAGCCGAUCUGUCUGGAAGGACGACACUUCUAGUGUUCUGGAGCUCUUCUCAGCUAGGACAUCUGAUUCUGGGAACUACACUUGUCAGAUAAGCAAUGAUGUGGGGACUGCGACCUGCAAAGCAACUCUGUUUGUAAAAGAGCCCCCCAGAUUUAUUCAGAUGCCAACUUCUGUAGUAGCUUUGCGUGACGGACAGUCCACCACUUUUGAGUGCCAGGUAGUAGGCACGCCAGAGAUCCACAUUACAUGGUACCUGGAUGGGAAUGAAGUGACUGACCAAGCAAAGUACGGCAUCUCCUUCAUAGAUGGUUUAGCCACUUUGAGAAUCACUCAAGCCAGAGUGGCAGAUAGUGGGAUUUAUGUUUGUGAAGCCCACAAUGAUGCAGGUAGUGAGAGCUGCAGCAUCGAGCUGAAAGUAAAAGAGCCUCCAACCUUUGUUCGGGAGUUGCGUCCCACUGAGGUAGUGAAGGGUUCAGAGGCCACACUAGAAUGUGAGGUGACUGGUACCCCUCCAUUUGAGGUGAAGUGGCUGAAGAACAAUAAGGAGAUGUUCAGCAGCAAGAAAUAUGCCAUUUCCACCAAAGAAUCAGUAUUUACUCUUAAUGUGACUAACUGUGACAUCUCAGAUGUUGGUGAAUAUCAGUGUAUUAUAUCAAAUGAAGGUGGGAGCUGUUCUUGCAGCACAAGACUCAGCUUAAAAGAACCACCGUCCUUUGUCAAGAAGCUGGAGAACGUCACUAGCAUUUUGAAAGGUGAUGCAUUCUUUCAGUGCGUCGUAGCAGGUGCACAGCCCUUAUCUGUGUCAUGGAUAAAAGAUGAGAAAAUACUAGAAGAUGAUGAACACCACCACAUUACCUUUGAGAACAGGGUGGCCACACUGAAGCUUACUAAUGUUGACCUCAGCCACAGAGGGAGAUAUACCUGUCAGGCAAAGAAUGAAUCUGGCGUGGAGAAGUGCUUUGCUUUGCUCUUUGUACAAGAGCCUGCACAGAUCAUAGAAAAGGCUAAAUCACUUAAAGUCACUGAAAAAGAUCCUGUGACUUUGGAGUGUACUGUGGCUGGGACACCAGAGCUCCGAAUAAGAUGGUACAAGGAUGGCAAGCAGCUCCUGCCCAGUAGAUACUACACAAUGAGCUUUGAAAACAAUGUGGCCAGUUUCAGGAUCGAACCUGUAUCGAAGGAGGAUAGUGGUACUUACAGUUUUAAGGUUGAAAAUGACUUCGGAAGCAGCACCUGUGAAGCUGUUCUGACUGUGCUAGAUCAAUCAAUUCCUCCUGUAUUUAUCAAAAAGCUAACCAAAAAGGAUACUAUUCUGGGAUCUUCUAUCCAAAUGGAGUGCAAAGUCUCCGGAUCACUACCCAUUGUUGCAAAAUGGUUUAAGGAUGGAAAAGAGAUAACUGACAGUGCAAAAUAUAGAAGCCUGUGCCAUGAGAACACUAUGUCACUCGAAAUUGCUAAUCUAGAGCUGACAGACAGCGCAAAUUACACAUGCAGUGUCUCUAAUGUUGCUGGAAAUGAUUCUUGCAGUGCUGUCCUGACUGUGAAAGAGCCACCAAGCUUCUUAGUAAAACCUGAAAGCCAGCAAGCCAUACCAGAUUCCACGGUGGAGUUUAAGGCCACACUGAAAGGAACACCACCCUUUACAGUAAAGUGGUUCAAAGAAGACUUAGAACUUGUAUCUGGUCCAACUUGUUUCAUUGGGAUUGAAGGUUCAAUUGGGUUCUUAACCCUCUAUUCAGUGGAUUCUUCUAGGAGUGGGCACUACACUUGCCAUGUUUCAAAUGACGUUGGCAGUGACUCUUGCACUACAACACUGAUGGUAACAGAACCCCCCAAGUUUGCUAAGAAGCUAGAGGCAGCAAAAGUAGUCAAGCAGGGUGACUCAGCCCGGCUUGAGUGCAAAGUAAGUGGAUCUCCAGAGAUGAAAGUAGUGUGGUUCAGAAAUGAUCAUGAAAUUGUUGCCAGUGAAAAAUUCCGGACAUCAUUCAUUGACUCUGUGGCUGUGCUUGAAAUGAAUCAUCUGAGCACUGAUGAGAGCGGUGACUACAUCUGUGAAGCUCACAACCCUGCCGGCAAAGCCAGCUGCAGCACCAAAGUCACAGUGAAAGAACCUCCUGUCUUUAGCAGGAAGCCUUCUCCAGUAGACAUUGUCAAAGGAUCUGAGGUUAGCCUGGAAUGUGAGAUUUCAGGAACACCUCCGUUUGAUGUUGCCUGGUACAAAGAUAGGAGACAAAUCCGCAGUAGUAAGAAGUACAAGGUUACAGCCAAAAACUACCACACGAGCGUUCGCAUUCUUAAUGCCGAAGCUGCAGAUGUUGGUGAAUAUCAGUGCAAAGCACAGAACGACGUAGGAAGUGACACUUGUAUUUGCACUGUGAAGCUGAAAGAACCACCAAAAUUCUUGACUAAAAUAAACAGCAUUACUGUCGUGGUUGGUGAACCAGUAGAGUUGCAAGCAAGAGUGGAGGGCUCCCAGCCAAUUUCUGUGCAGUGGCUUAAAGACAAAGAGGAAAUUAUCAGAGAAAGUGAGAACACAAAGAUCACAUUUACGGAAAAUAUUGCAACUUUGCAAUUUGUGCGCACAGAAACAAGCAGUGCUGGAAAAUAUACCUGUCAGAUCAGAAAUGAUGCUGGAAGUCGCGAAUGUAUGGCUACCUUAACUAUUCUAGAGCCUGCAGUCAUUGUAGAGAAAGCAGAGCCAAUGAAAGUUACUAUAGGAGAUGCCUGUACUUUGGAAUGCAAAGUAGCUGGCACACCACAGCUUUCCACUGGGUGGUUCAAGGAUGGCAAAGAACUGACCAGCAGCCAAAAAUACAGAAUCACUUUCCUCAAUAAUGUAUCUACACUUAAAAUUAUGGAUGCAGAAAAGGAAGAUGGUGGAUUGUACACUUUUGCUGUUCAAAACGACGUGGGGAAAAGCAGUUGUACAGCAUCGGUUGAUGUUUUAGAUCGAAUCAUUCCUCCUUCUUUCACAAGAAAACUAAAGGAAACCCCUUGUGUUCUGGGUUCCUCAGCACUGCUGGAAUGUAAAGUGUCAGGUUCACCUCCUAUUUCUGUUGCCUGGUUCCAAAAUGGACUUAAGCUAGUUAGUGGAGAAAAACAUCAAAUCUCCUUUUCAGACAACCUAUGUAUUUUAGAAGUUAAUUCACUGAGCCACUCAGAUACUGGCACUUACACCUGCAAAGCUACCAACACAGCUGGCUCAGAUGAAUGCAGUGCUGUAUUGACUGUACAAGAGCCACCUUCUUUCGAGAGGACCCCAGAGCCUCUGGAUGUAUUGCCAGGCACAAGCAUCACUUUCACAUGUGUUGUCAGAGGAACCCCUCCUUUCAAGGUUAACUGGUUUAGAGGGGCCAAUGAACUUGUGCCAGGGGACAAAUGCAAUAUCUACUUGGAGGAGUCCGUUGUGGAGCUUGAGUUAUUUGAUGUAACUCCUCCCCAAAGCGGAGAGUACACUUGUCUAGUGACUAAUGAUGCUGGCAGGGUAAAUUGUACAACACACCUUACAGUAAAAGAGCCAGCUGUCUUUGUGAAGAAACUGAGUGAUCAGUAUGUGGAGCCUGGCAAGCCUAUCAUCCUAGAGGGCACUUACACAGGCAGCCUGCCCAUCUCUGUGACAUGGAAGAAGAAUGGCCACACCAUCACCCAAUCUGAGAGGUGUAGCAUCACCACCACAGAGAAAUCCUGCAUCCUGGAAAUACUUGACAGCAGCAAAGAAGAUGCAGGAGAAUACACUUGCCAUGUUGAAAAUGAGGCAGGAAGAGAUGUUUGUGAGGCUGUAGUCACUACUCUAGAACCUCCCUAUUUUGUUACACACUUGGAACCUCUUGAGGUGUCAGUUGGGUCUUACACAACAUUGCAAUGCCAUGUUGCUGGAACACCAGAAAUUACUGUGUCUUGGUACAAAGGUGAUACAAAACUCAGGUCUACUCCUGAGUAUAAAGUGUUCUUUAAAGACAAUAUUGCUACACUUAUUUUCAACAAGGUGGCUAGCAGCGACAGUGGAGAAUAUAUCUGCAAGGCUGAAAACAGCGUAGGAACUGCAUCUACAAAGGCUCUCUUAACCGUUCAAGAACGCAAACAACCACCUUCUUUUGCAAGAAAACUGAAGGACAUUGAACACCCUGCCGGUUUACCCCUUAAGCUUAUGUGCCGGCUCAAUGGCUCAGAACCCAUUACUGUCACUUGGCACAAGGAUGGUGUGCUGCUGAAGGAUGACCACAAUGUGCACACAUCCUUUGUAGAUAACGUUGCAGUGCUGCAACUGGUGCGAACCGAGAUGAACCAUACUGGGCAAUACUCCUGCACAGCCACCAAUUCUGUGGGCACUGCCACCUCAAGUGCUAGGCUCACAGUGGCAGAACCCAAGCAAGCACCUGUCUUCGACAUCAAACCAGAAUCUAUUGAUGUGCCUUUUGGAGAAAGUGCUGAUUUUGAAUGUCAUGUUACGGGAGCUCAGCCCAUACACAUAACGUGGUCCAAGGAUGGUCGGGAGAUCCGAACUGGAGGAAAUUUCAAUAUUACAUUCACAGCCAACACAGCCCACCUUCGAGUGCUCAGAGUGGGUAAAGGAGACUCUGGCCAGUAUACUUGCCAAGCUAGUAAUGAAGCUGGGAAAGACUUCUGCUCAGCCCAACUCAGUGUCAAAGAACCUCCCAAGUUCAUCAAGAAGCCUGAAGCUUUGCGGUUCGUGAAGCAAGGGGACACAGUUCAGCUUGAAUGUAAAAUCAGUGGCACACCAGAGAUAAGAAUUGUGUGGUACAAAAAUGAUCAGGCACUCCAGGCAAGCAACAGGCUGCACAUGUCCUUUGUAGACUCCGUGGCAACGCUGACCAUCUUGGGUGCCAGUGCUGAAGAUGCUGGGGAUUACAUCUGUGAAGCCCACAACUCUGCUGGCACAGCCAGCUGCAGCACUUCAGUCACAGUGAAAGAACCACCUGUUUUUAGCAAGGUGCCAAGCCCUGUGGACACUCUUAAAGGCUCAGAUGUUAUCCUUCAGUGCGAGAUAGCAGGGACCCCACCCUUUGAGGUGGCUUGGUUCAAGGACCGGAGGCAGGUCAGGAGCAGCAAGAAGUUCAAGGUGACAGCAAAGCACUCCGUUGCCAGUCUUCAUAUUCUCAAUUUGGAAUCUCAGGAUACUGGAGAAUAUCAAUGCAAAGCUAUGAAUGAGGUGGGAAGCGACACUUGCACCUGCCCAGUGAAAUUCAAAGAACCUCCACGGUUUGCCAAGAAGCUGAGUGACACUGCAAUCUUCAUCGGGGAGCCAACAGCCCUGCAGGCAGUAGUGGAAGGAUCCCCACCAAUUUCUGUUGUCUGGCUCAAGGAUAAGGGUGAAGUUAUUAGGGAGAGUGAAAAUGUUCAAAUGUGGUUUAUGGACAACAUUGCAACUCUUGAGAUUGCCAGUGCAGAGGGAACUGACAUUGGAAAAUACAUCUGUCAGAUCAAAAAUGAUGCUGGCAUGCGGGAGUGCUCUGCCUUUUUACAGGUCCUAGAACCAGCAGUCAUCUUAGAGAAGACCGAGCCAAUCACAGUAAUGGCUGGCAAUCCUUUUACCUUGGAGUGCAAAGUAGGAGGAACACCUGAGCUUAUCACCAAGUGGUACAAAGAUGGCAGAGAACUGAAGAGUGACCGCAAAUACCAAAUUACCUUUUUCAACAAUAUAUCCACUUUGAAAGUCUUUUCUGCAGACAGGGGAGACAAGGGCUUGUACACUUUUGAGGUGCACAAUGAAGUGGGAGACAGCAGCUGCACUUCUUCAGUUGAUGUUUCAGAUCGCCUUGUUCCUCCUUCAUUCUCAAGAAAACUAAAGGAGACAAAUGGGGUGCUGGGGUCCUCUGUGCUGCUGGAGUGCAAAGUAUCUGGCACAGCUCCCAUAUCUGUGUCUUGGUUUCAAGAUGGGAAUGAGAUUGUUAGUGGAGAAAAAUAUGAAAUCUCGUUCUUGGAUAAUGUUUGUGCUUUGAAGUUGAAUGCCCUGGAUGUCACAGAUACAGGGUCAUAUACAUGUGUGGCAGCCAACGUGGCUGGAUCUGAUGAAUGCAGUGCCUUCUUGACUGUACAAGAACCACCUUCUUUUGUGAAGACACCUGAUCCCCAGGAAGUUUUGCCUGGAUCAAAUGUGACAUUCACCAGCUACAUCAAGGGCAGUACUCCCUUCAAAGUGACCUGGUUCCGAGGCAUCAGGGAGCUGGUGCCAGACAGCAGCUGCUCCAUCUCUCUCAAUGAGUCUGUGGCACAGCUGCAGCUGUACAACGUGGAGCCAGGCCACAGCGGGGACUAUGCCUGUGUGGUCACAAAUGAUGCUGGCAGUGCCUCAUGUACAACACAGCUCUUUGUGAAAGAGCCUGCAGUCUUUGUGAAGAAAUUAAGUGAUUUCAGUGUGGAGCAGGGGAAGUCCAUUGUGCUCGAAAGCAGCUACAUUGGCACCCCUCCCAUCACUGUCACCUGGAAAAGAAAUGGCAUGCCCAUUGCUCAGUCUCAACGCUGCACUGUUACAACUACUGAAAAAUCUGGCAUUCUUGAAAUCUUCAACAGCACAAAGAAUGAUGAAGGCGAAUAUACCUGUGAGGUGGCAAAUGAGGCGGGUGGGGAUGUUUGCCACAGCCUUGUAUCCGUCUUAGAACCACCUUAUUUUGUCACACACCUGGACCGUGUGGAGGUGAAGCUUGGUGAGCCUUUGACCUUAAAAUGCCAGAUUGGCGGUUCACCAGAAAUCAAGGUGUCCUGGUACAAAGAUGACACCAAGCUCAGAUCAACACAGACUUACAAAAUGCACUUCAAGAACAACGUGGCAACACUGGCGUUCUCCGCUGUAGAGGAUAGCAACAUUGGAGAAUAUAUCUGCAAAGCAGAAAAUACCAUCGGCUUUGCCACCUCCACAGCUUUGCUUGUUGUUAAAGAACGUCAACUUCCCCCUACAUUCACCAGAAAACUUAAAGACAUUCAGGAGGUGGUUGGUGCCCCAGUGACAUUUGACUGCCGCAUAACUGGCUCAGAGCCUAUCCAGGUGUCUUGGUACAAGGAUGGGGUUCUCUUAAGUGACACUGAUAACAUGCAAUCAGCCUUCUUAAAUAAUGUUGCGACUUUACAGAUAUUAGAAACUAGUAUGGAUUACUGUGGCCAAUAUACUUGCUCAGCCCAAAAUGCUCUGGGGACUGCCUCUUCCAGUGCCAAACUUCUCCUUACAGAACACUUACAACCUCCCUUCUUUGAUGUCAAGCCGGUAUCUAUCGAUGUGGCACUAGGGGAAAGUGCAACCUUUAAGUGCCACGUGACUGGUUCUGCUCCCAUGAGAAUUACUUGGACUAGAGACAACAGAGAGAUUCGUCCAGGUGGCAACUACAAAAUGACACUGGUGGAAAACACAGCCAGCUUGACAGUCCUAAAAGUUGGUAAAGGGGAUGCUGGACUCUACACGUGUACUGCCAGCAACAGUGUUGGAAAGGACGCGUGCGCAGCUCAGCUGGCUGUACAAGAACCACCAAGGUUUAUUAAGAAACUAGACUCCUCAAAACUUGUGAAACAGCACGAUUCUACAACAUAUGAAUGCAAAAUAGGUGGAUCUCCAGAAAUCACAGUCACCUGGUACAAAGGUGAAACUGAAAUCCAUCCCAGUGAAAAAUACAGAAUGUCCUUUGUGGAUUCAGUGGCAGUCAUUGAAAUGCACAACCUCAGUGUUGAAGACAGUGGUGACUACACUUGUGAAGCUCAGAAUCCAGCGGGUAGUGCAAGCACCAGUACUACACUGAGAGUAAAAGCACCCCCUGUUUUUACCAAGAAGCCCCAUCCAGUUGAGACCCUGAAAGGGUCUGAUAUUCACCUGGAGUGUGAGCUUCAGGGCACUCCUCCGUUCCAGAUUUCAUGGUAUAAAGACAAAAGAGAAAUUCGGAGCAGCAAGAAGUAUAAGGUCAUGUCUGAGAACUACAUAGCUAGUCUUCACAUUCUCAGUGUGGACACUGCAGAUGUUGGUGAAUAUCACUGUAAGGCUGUAAAUGAUGUGGGAAGUGACUCCUGUAUUGGCUCAGUAACACUAAGAGCACCACCAACCUUUGUGAAGAAGCUGAGCGAUAUCACUGUCGUAGUUGGGGAGUCAGUUGAACUGCAGGCUGCCGUACAAGGAUCACAGCCCAUUUCUGUUCUGUGGUUGAAAGACAAAGGGGAAAUCAUCAGAGAAAGUGAUAAUCUUUGGAUCUCCUACUCAGAAAAUGUUGCAACUAUGCAGAUUGGAAAUGCAGAACCAACCAAUGCUGGGAAAUAUAUUUGUCAGAUAAAAAAUGAUGCUGGAGUUCAGGAAUGCUUUGCCAUGCUGAAAGUGCUAGAACCUGCAGUUAUUGUAGAGAAGCCAGGCCCAGUCAAAGUUACAGCUGGAGACUCUUGUACUCUGGAAUGCACAGUAGAUGGCACACCAGAGCUUACUGCUAGGUGGUUUAAGGAUGGUAAUGAACUGUCCACUGACCAUAAAUAUAAAAUCAGUUACAGUGUUGGUAAAAGCAGCUGCACAGCUUCAGUGCACGUUUCAGAUCGUAUUAUACCUCCUUCUUUCACAAGAAAACUGAAAGAAACAUAUGGUCAGCUGGGUUCUUCUGCUGUACUGGAGUGCAAGGUUUAUGGGUCACCACCCAUUCUGGUUUCCUGGUUUCAUGAUGGACAAGAGAUUACCAGUGGAGAGAAGUAUCAGGCUACUCUUACAGACAAUACCUGUUCUCUGAAAGUGAAUGGACUUCAGGAGUCUGAUAUGGGAACUUAUUUGUGCACAGCUACUAAUGUAGCUGGGUCUGAUGAAUGCAGCGCAUUUUUGAGUGUUAGAGAACCACCAUCUUUUGUGAAGAAACCUGAACCACUGGAUGUUUUAUCUGGGGCAAAUAUAACCUUUACUAGUAUUGUAAAAGGUUCCCCUCCAUUGGAAGUUAAAUGGUUUAGAGGCAGUGUUGAGCUAGUACCAGGACCCAGAUGCAAUAUCACCUUGCAAGAUUCAGUUGCAGAACUGGAGCUGUUUGAUGUACAUCCACUUGAGAGUGGAGACUACACCUGCCAGGUCUCUAAUGAGGCAGGGAAAAUUUCUUGCACUACACAUCUUUUUGUCAAAGAACCAGCCAAAUUUGUGAAGAAGGUGAAUGAUUUAAGUGUAGAGAAAGGGAAAAAUUUAAUCUUGGAAUGCACAUACACGGGUACUCCACCGAUUUCAGUGACAUGGAAGAAAAAUGGAGUGAAAAUAAUGCACUCUGAAAAGUGUAGCAUCACCACUACAGACACAUCUGCUAUACUGGAAAUCUCUAGCAGCAAGCUAGAAGACCAGGGGCAAUAUUCUUGUCAUAUUGAAAAUGAUUCUGGGAAAGACUCUUGUCAUGGUACAAUCACAAUACUAGAACCACCUUACUUCAUUACACCCUUGGAGCCAGUGCAGGUGACUGUUGGGGAUUCUGCAUCCUUACAGUGCCAGGUUGCUGGAACACCAGAAAUGAUUGUGUCAUGGUACAAAGGCGAUACAAAGCUGAGAGGAACUGCUACUGUGAAAAUGCACUUUAGGAACCAAAUUGCUACUCUGGUUUUCAGCCAGGUAGACAGUAGUGACAGUGGGGAGUACAUCUGCAAAGUAGAAAACUCUGUUGGGGAGGCUUCUUCAUCAUCUUUGCUUACAGUUCAAGAGCGUAAACUUCCUCCUUCUUUUACACGAAAAUUGAGAGACGUUCAUGAAACUGUUGGCUUACCAGUCGUGUUUGAUUGUUUGAUUGCUGGCUCAGAACCCAUCGAAGUAUCUUGGUUUAAAGACGGUGUGCGUGUAAAAGAGGACUACAAUGUUCACGCGUCCUUUGUAGAUAACGUAGCAACUCUCCAGAUUUUGAAGACAGAUAGGAGCCUUAUUGGGCAAUACACCUGCACAGCUGUCAAUGCUAUGGGGACUGCUUCUUCUAGUGGCAGGCUUGUCCUUACAGAAGGGAAGACUCCUCCAUUCUUUGACAUCCCACUUACACCUGUGGAUGGUAUUAUUGGAGAAAGUGCUGAUUUUGAGUGUCACGUUUCUGGAACACAGCCUAUUAGAGUCACUUGGGCAAAAGAUAACCAAGAAAUUAGAACAGGAAAGAACUAUCAGAUCAGUUAUGUAGACAACACAGCUCAUUUGACCAUCUUGAGAGUUGACAGGGGAGAUUCUGGAACAUACACAUGUUAUGCUAGCAAUGAAGUUGGAAAGGACUCUUGCACAGCUCAACUGGCUGUUAAAGAACGAAAAACUCCUCCUACUUUUACUAAGAAACUGUCUGAAGCAGUAGAAGAAACAGAAGGGAAUGAACUUAAACUUGAGGGUCGUGUUUCUGGCUCUCAGCCUUUGACUGUUGCUUGGUAUAAAAACAAUCAGGAAGUCCAUUCAAGUGCUCACUGUGAAAUAUCUUUCAAAAACAAUACCUUGCUUUUGCAUAUAAAGACCGUAGAGCAAUCAGAUGCUGGUUUAUAUACCUGUAAAGUGUCCAAUGAAGCAGGAAGUGUCUUGAGUACAUCUUCUGUUGUUAUCAGAGAACCUAAAAAGCCUCCAGUGUUUGACCAGCCUCUUCAGCCAGCAGCAGCAGAGGAAGGUGAUACCGUACAGCUUAGCUGUCAUGUUCAGGGAUCGCAGCCAAUCCGGAUCCAGUGGCUGAAGGCAGGAAGAGAAAUAAGAGCUUCAGACAGAUGCAACUUCAGCUUUGCUAAUGGAGUAGCUGUUCUAGAACUUGCUGCAGUUACCAAAUCAGAUUCAGGAGAAUAUGUAUGCAAAGCUUCAAAUGCAGCUGGCACUGAUACUUGCAAAUCUAAAGUGACAGUCAAAGAAAAACCGGCAGCUGCUCCAGCAGCUAAGAAAGCAGAAGUGGAAGGCAAACUUUAUUUUGUGUCAGAGCCUCAGAGUAUCAAAGUCAUGGAAAAGACCGUUGCAACAUUUAUUGCAAAAGUUGGAGGAGACCCGAUUCCAAAUGUUAAGUGGAUGAAGGGAAAAUGGAGGCAGCUCAACCAGGGAGGCCGCAUUAUAAUCCAGCAGAGAGGAGAUGAAGCUAAACUAGAAAUAAAGGACACAAUAAAAACUGAUUCUGGCAUGUACAAAUGUGUAGCUUUUAACCAGCAUGGUGAAAUUGAGAGGAGUGUAAACCUGCAAGUUGAAGAAAGAAAGAAAGAAGAAGUUGUUGAAGGGGAUCUCAGGGCAAAACUAAAAAGCACUCCAACAAAAAGAAAGGAAGAGGAAGAGCAACCUAUCGAUAUCUUGGAACUUCUCAAAAAUGUAGAUCCCAAAGAAUAUGAGAAAUAUGCUCGCAUGUAUGGGAUUACAGAUUUCCGUGGCCUCCUGCAAGCCUUUGAGUUACUAAAGCAAACCCAAGCAGAAGAAAGCCAUAGAUUGGAAAUUGAGCUCACAGAGAAAGCUCAAAGGGAAGAUCAGGAGUUUGAUGAACUUGUAGCUUUUAUUCAGCAACGACUCACACAAACAGAGCCUAUUACUCUGAUCAGAGACAUUGAAAAUCAGACGGUUUUAGCAGAUGAGGAUGCUAUCUUUGAAUGUGAGAUUAAGAUUAACUAUCCAGAAAUUAAACUGUCAUGGUACAAGGGAACCCAGAAACUGGACUCCAAUGACAAAUAUGAAAUUAGAAUUGAAGGUGAUCGCCACAUACUGAGAAUUAGAAACUGCCAGCCUGAAGAUCAAGGAAAUUUCAGAAUAGUGUGUGGACCACAUAUUGCCAGUGCCAAGCUAACUGUGAUUGAACCUGCAGUUGAGCGGCACCUUCAUGACACUACUUUCAAGGAAGGAAAAACAUGCACGCUGACUUGUCAGUUCUCUAUCCCAAAUGCCAAGUCUCAGUGGUAUAGAAAUGGGAGACCCAUUAAGAUAGGAGGGAGAUAUUCAACACAAGUCUCUGACAAAGUGCACAAACUCAUCAUCAAGGAUGUUAGAACUGAAGACGAGGGACAGUAUACCUGCAAGCUUGACAGUCUAGAAACAACGGCAGAUCUGGCCAUUGAAGCGGAACCAAUUCAGUUCACCAAGAGCAUACAGAACAUCGUUGUGAGUGAACACCAGUCUGCCACCUUUGAGUGUGAGGUGUCUUUUGAUGAUGCAGUUGUGACGUGGUAUAAAGGCCCCACAGAACUGAGAGAGAGUCCCAAGUACAGCUUCAGAAGUGAAGGUCGUUGUCAUUAUAUGACUAUUCACAAUGUCAAUGCAGAAGAUGAAGGUGUGUAUUCUGUAAUUGCUCGUCUUGAACCAAGAGGAGAAGCAAGAAGUACUGCAGAGCUCUAUCUCGUAACCAAAGAAAUAAAACUGGAAUUGAAGCCACCAGAUGUUCCUGAUGCCAAGGUUGCAGUUCCACCUCAAAAACCAGCUGAAGCUGCCCCUAUUCCCAUUCUUCUGCCUCUUGUUCCACCUCCAGAGAAGAAAAAGCCAGCAGAGAAAAAGGUUCCAUUAAAGAAAGUACCCCAAAAGGUGGUUAAAAAAGCCCCUGAAGAAGUCCCACCACCUAAAGUUCCUGAGGUGGUACCAGAGAAGCCCAAAGAGGUCAAAAUAACAUCCAUGGCAAGGAGAGAAGAAAUACAUGAAGAAAAGAAAAUACAUGAAAUGCCCAAAGAAAUUUAUGAAGAAUGGGAAGAAGAUUAUGGUGAAGACCAUGACUAUUAUGUCAAGGAAGAGGGCUAUGAUGAAGGGGAAGAGGAAUGGGAAGAAGCUUAUGAGAAAAGAGAAGUGACUUAUGAAGAAAAGAGAAUUAUUCAUGAGGAAGUGGCUGAAGUUCCUAAGAAACCUGUGCCUGAGCGAAAACCACCAGCCAUUAUAGCUGAAAAGAAGGAAAAGAAGGAAGUAACUGUUCAAAAAGUUGUCAAGAAACCUGUUGAUGAAAAAGUAGAGGUAACCACUCAGAGGGUUGCAGAAGUCAAAAAGGCUGAGGUUACCAAGAAAGUUCUGCCACCAAAACCUACACCAAUGGUCGUUGAGGAAAAAGUUAUGAAAAAAGAAGUACCAACAGUAGAAACAUGGACUGUUUCAGAAGAAAAGAUGUCAGUUUCUGUCCACAGAGAAGAAGAGUAUUCAUAUGAUGUUACAGAGCCAACAGAGCAUGAGAAAACAGUUGAAGAAAGAUUCUUUGAAGCUGUUUACCCACUUGAAGCUCGUAGGGAGGUUGAGGAAGAGGAAGAAGUCGUUUCUACAGAACUGGAGAUCUCUCACGUUGAAGUGCCUGAGAUACCAAAGAGGCGUGUUCCAGAAGAAAGAAAGCCUGUUCCUGUCCCCAAAACAGAAGCUCCACCAGCUAAAGUGCCUGAAGUCCCAAAGAAACCUGUUCCAGAAAAGAAAGUUGCUGUUGCUAAGAAGGAAGUGGCUCCCCCAGCAAAAGUGCCAGAGGUUCCUAAGAAAGCUCCCCCAGAGAAAAAGGUUGCUGUUCCAAAAAGAGAGGAACCUCCAACACCUAAAGUGCCUGCAGUUCCUAAGAAACCUGUCCCUAAAGAAAAAGUGCCUCCUGCUGUUGCUAAAAAAAUUGAGGCUCCUCCAGCUAAAGUGCCUGAAGUGCAGAAAAAAGCCACUUUUGAAGAAAGAGUACUUAUUACAGAAGAAAGAAUAUCUGUUGCCAUUCCAGAGGAAAUUCCAUCACCUGAAGAACCAACAGUUGAAGAAUGGUCUGAAGAAGAAAGAGAGGAAGUUUCUAUUUCCAUUCACAGAGAAGAGAUUUCUGAAGUGACUGAAGAAGAGUCUUACUACAUAGAGGAGACAGUAACUGUUCCAAAAAGAGAGGAAGCCCCACCCACAAAAGUGCCUGAAAAGCACAGGAGAGCUGUCCCUGAGCCAAAAGUCCCAGCUGCUCUUAAAGAAGCUCCAGGAGUUAAAGUUCCUGAAGUUCAUAAGAAAGCAGUUCCUAAAGAGAAAGUACCUGUUCCUGUGUCUAAAAAAAUGGUGGCUCCACCAGCAAAAGAACCUGCAGAAGCAUUGGUGCCCACUUUUGAGGCAGAAUUUGAAGAACCUCCAACAACCAAAGUGACUGAAGUGCACAGGAAAAUUAUCACAGAAGAAAAAGUUGCAGUUGCUAAAAAAGAAGUGGCUCCACCAAAGAAAGCAGUGCCCAAGAAGCCUGUGCCAGAAGAAAAAGUACCUGUUCCAAUUUCACAGAAAGUGGCAGCUCCACCAGCUAAAGUGCCAGAAGCACAGAGGAAAACUGCCAGAGAAGAAAGAGUAUCCAUUGCUGUUCAAAAGAGAAAAGUGUCUCCACCACCAGAAGUACCAACAGAAGAAGAACAUUGGGCUAUGUCAGAGGAAGUAUCCGUUUCUCUCCACACAGAAAAGGAGAUUUCAUACACAGUGCCUGAUGUACCAGAGAGGGCUAUCAUUGAAGAAAGAGUACCAAUUUAUCCUCCUAAAAAAAUGGCAAGACCACCAGCCAAAGUGCCUGAAGUACGCAAGACAGUUGUUCGAAAAGAAAAAGCAUACGUUGAAGUUCCUCAGUAUGAAGAGGAAGAAGAGGUUCCGAGAUACAAGGAGGAAGAAACCACCAGAUAUGAGAAGGAGGUAAUCCAUUACAAGGAGGAAGUUCACCACUAUGAAGAGGUUAGCCACUAUGAGGAGGAAGUUCCUCAGUAUGAAGAGGAAGAAGUUCCUCAGUAUGAAGAGGAAGAAGUUCCUCAGUAUGAAGAGGAAGAAGUCGUCCAUUAUGAAGAAGAAGCUGCUUAUUAUGGAGAGGAAAUUGCUGAAUAUGAGGAGGAAGAGCCACAGGUUCCUCAGUAUGAAGAGAAGGCUCCCCUACCAGCUAGAGUGCCUGAGGUUCCCAAGAAGCCUGCUCCAGAGGAAAAAAUACCUGCUCUGAAGAAAAAAGAACCUCCUCCUGCAAAAGUGCCCGAGGUGCCAAAGAAACCUGUACCUGAAAAGAAAGUCCAAGUGCCGAAGAAGGAAGCUCCCCCAGCUAAAGUUCCAGAAGUGCCAAAGAAACCUGUGCCAGAAGAGAAGGUUCCUGUUCCUGUACCAAAAAAGAAGGAAGUUCCACCAGCCAAAGUGCCUGAAGUACCAAAGAAACUUGUGCCAGAAGAGAAGAUACGUGUCCCAGUGCCUAAAAAAGUGGAAGAGCCUCCACCAGCCAAAGUGCCUGAAGUGCCCAAGAAGGUUCCAGAAAAGGCAGUACCUGUCCCUGUACAUAAAAAGCCAGAACCUCCACCAGCCAAAGUGCCAGAAAUACCAAGACGUCCCAGUGAAGAGGUACCUGUUUUUGCUCCUGAAGAAGAAGAGGAAAAGGUUCCAGAGAUACCAAUGAGAGUGCCAGAGGUGCCCAGGAGAGCUGUCCCAGAAGAAAAAGUACCUGUUGCAGUUCCUAAAGUAAAGAAAAUUCCACCAGCUAAAGUGCCUGAGGUUGCAAAGAAAGUUGUGUCUGAAGAAAAGGUUCCCAUUUUUGCUCCUGAGGAAGAAGAAGAAGAAUUUAUUCCAGAGGAAAUUGUACCAGAAAAAGAGCCAGAGAUUCCUAAGAAACCAGUCCCAAAGGAAAAAACACCUGUACCUCCACCUGAGAAACUGGAGCUUCCUCCAGCAAAAGUGCCUGAGAUGCCUAAGAAACCAAUUCCUGAAGUGAAAGAACCUGUUCCUAAAAAGGUGCCAGCUCCAUCAGCCAAAGUACCCAAGGUGCCUAAGAAGGUUGCUCCUGAAGAGAAGGUGCUGGUUGCUCCCGCUGAAAAAGUGGAAGUUCCAGCUUCAAAAGUCACGGAGGUGCGUAAAAGAGCUGUGGCAGAAGAGAAAGUGCAAGUUGUUGUGCCCAAGCCCAAAGAACCGACACCAACCAAAGUGCCUGAAGUAUCCAAGAAACUUGUACGGAAAGAAAAAGUUCCUGCACCUGUGGUGGAGAAGUAUGAGUAUGCCUAUGAAGAAUAUGAGAAGUAUGAGGCAUACGAAAGCAUUGAAGAGUUUGAGAAAAUUCAGGAAGCUGAAGAAAUUGAGGCAUACGAGGAACCUGAAGAACCUGAGGGAUAUAAGGAAAUUCUGGAACAGGAAUAUGAAGCAGAGGCUGAGGAGAAAGAUGUCUAUGAAAAGUAUGAGUUUAAGGAGAAGGAAGAGAUCUAUGAGAAGUAUGAGGAGGUAUAUGAGGAGGCUUAUGAGACCAAACCAGCUAUAGUGCCUGAGUUGCCCAAAAGACCUCUGCCAGAAGAAAAAGUACCUGCUCUUAAAAGAGAAGCUCCACCAGCUAAAGUGCCAGCAGUGCCAAAGAAACCUGUUCCAAAAGAAAAAGCACCACCUGCUAUUCCUAAAAAGGAAAUGCCUCCACCAGCUAAAGGGCGAGAUGAUCUCAAAAGACCUGUCCCUGAAGAAAAGAAACCUACACGUACACCUGAAAUAGAAGCUCCACCAAAGAAAGUUCCUGAGUUUCAUAAGAGAGCUGUCCUUGAAGAGAAAGUACCCACCAUUAUCCCUAGAGAAGAGGAGCCUCCUUUUUAUGAAGAACCUGAAGUUUAUGAAGAAGUUCCAAUAGAAGAAAAGAUGCCUUUUAUUACUCCUAGUGAACCAGAAGCUCCAGCAGCUAAAGUGACAAAGAAAACUAUCCCACUUAAGAAAAUACCUGCUGCUGUACCUACAGAAGAAGCUCCUCCAGCUAAAGUUUCUGAAGUACGAAAGAAAGCUGUCCACAAAGAAAAAAUACCUCCUGCUGUACCCAAAGAAGAACCUUCACACGUUACAGUACGUGAAGUUUACGAGGAGAUUCACAUAGAAGAAGAAAUUUCUACUGUUCAUAGGAAGGAGGAGGCUCCAGCACCUAGAGUGCCUGCAGCUAUUAGGAAAGCUGUUCCAGAAGAAAAAGUACCUAUUGCUAUGCCUAAAAAACCAGAGCCUACUCCUGUGCCUAAAAGACCAGAAUCUCCACCAUCCAAAGUUCCAGAGGUGCCCAAGAAAAUUCCAGAAGAGAAAGUUCCCACUGCUGUCCCUAAAAAGCCAGAACCACCACCACCCAAAGUUCCUGAGGUGCCCAAGAAAGUGGUUUCAGAAGAAAAAAUACACAUUGAAGUUCCUAAAAAACCAGAACCUCCACCACCCAAAGAACCUGAGGUGCCGAAGAAAGUUGUUCCAGAAAAGAAAAUACCUGUGCAAAAAAUACCAGAACCUGUGGUUGUCCCAGAACCAGAGGCUGCACCUGAAGAACCAGAACUCCCACCAAAGGAAGUGCCGCAACCUGAAAAGAAGAUCCCUGAAAAGCGAAAACCAGUACCACCACCACCUGCUCCAAAAGAAGAUAUUAAACUGGCAAAAGAUCUACUUAAAGCUCCUGAGGCAAGGAAGAAAGUUGUGGCUGCAAAACCCGGUGAGCCUCCAAAACUGGAACCCCCACCUGCUAAAGUGCCUGGACUUGUAAAGAAACCUCGCAAAGUAAUUCCUGAGCCUACUCCUCCACCAAAAGAAGAAGUUGUUUUGAAAAGAGUUCUUAAAAAGAAACCUGAAGAGGAGGAACCUAAACCAGAAAAAGAACCUAAACCAGAAGUUAAACCAGUACCUACACCAAUAGAAAAAAUUAAGAAGCCUGAAGUACCAGAAGUUCCUACGAAGAAAACUGAGAUACCUGCCAUAAAAAAAGAGGAGAAACCUGUGCCUGAACCACCAAAAGAAACUAAGCCAGCGUCUGUCCCAGUUCCUGGGCCUGAACCUAAACCUGCAGUAGCUCUAAAAUCUCCAAAACCAGCUGAAGAACCAGCACCCACUGUUACUGCUCCAGUGACAGCUCCAGUUGUUGGAAAGAAAGCAGAGCCCAAGCCACCAAAAGAAGAAUCUCCGAAGGGUAUCAGUCCAAUCAAAGCCAAGAAGACACCUUCACCAGCAGAUGCAGAAAGAAGGAAACUCAGGCCAGGCAGUGGUGGUGAAAAACCUCCUGAAGAGCCUCCAUUUACUUACCAGCUCAAAGCUGUACCACUGAAGUUUGUCAAGGAGAUGAAAGAUAUAGUGCUAAAAGAAGCUGAGUCUGUUGGGUCUUCUGCAAUCUUUGAAGUCCUUAUUUCACCAUCCACUGCAAUUACCAGCUGGAUGAAAGAUGGAAGUAACAUCCGAGAGAGCCCAAAACACAAGUUUAUUGCUGAUGGCAAAGAUAGGAAGCUGCAUAUUAUUGAUGUCCAGCUUUCUGAUGCUGGUGAAUAUACUUGUGUAUUACGGCUGGGCAACAAAGAGAAGACCUCUACAGCCAAACUUAUUGUUGAAGAACUCCCAGUGCGGUUUGUGAAAACCCUGGAAGAAGAAGUGACUGUGGUUAAAACCCAGCCACUGUACUUAACAUGUGAGCUUAACAAAGAAAGAAAUGUGGUCUGGAGAAAGGAUGGUAAAAUCAUCAAAGCCAAGCCUGGGAAAUUUGCUCUGGGUGUUAUUGGUUUGUCACAUUCUCUCACAGUCUCUGAUUCAGAUGAUGCUGAUGCUGGCACUUACACUGUUACUGUGGAGGACUCUGAACUAUCAUGCUCAUCUUGUGUUAGGGUAGUAGAAAUUAUAAGGGACUGGUUAGUAAAACCCAUAAGAGACCAGCAUGUUAAACCAAAAGGAACAGCUACUUUCAGCUGCGACAUCGUCAAGGAUACACCAAACAUUAAAUGGUUUAAAGGAGAUGAGGAAAUCCCUGCUGAACCGACUGACAAGACUGAAAUCCUUAAAGAAGGAAAUAAAAUUUUCCUGAAAAUCAAAAAUGCUGGUCCUGCUGAUAUUGGAGAAUAUGCAGUGGAAGUUGAAGGUCGCAGAUAUCCAGCUAAACUGACACUUGGUGAACGUGAAGUUCAGCUUCUGAAGCCAUUAGAGGAUGUUACAGUUUACGAGAAAGAAACAGCAAACUUUGAUACAGAAAUAUCUGAAGAUGAUAUUCCUGGUGAAUGGAAGCUGAAAGGAGAAAUCCUGAGACCUUCACCUACAUGUGAAAUCAAAGCUGAAGGAGGAAAGCGCUUCCUGACCUUACACAAAGUCAAGUUAGAGCAAGCUGGAGAAGUCCUUUACCAGGCCCUUAACGCCGUCACUACAGCUAUCCUGACAGUGAAAGAAAUCGAACUGGACUUUGCUGUGCCCCUGAAAGAUGUCACUGUUCCUGAGAAGCGCCAAGCAAGGUUUGAAUGCGUCCUUACCAGAGAGGCCAAUGUUAUAUGGUCUAAAGGCACUGAUAUACUCAAGAUCGGAGAAAAAUUUGACAUCAUUGCAGAUGGGAAGAAGCACAUUCUUGUUAUCAAUGAUUCUCAGUUUGAUGAUGAGGGAGAAUACACUGCUGAAGUUGAUGGCAAGAAGAGCACAGCAAGACUGUUUGUAGAAGGUGUGAGGCUGAAGUUCAUAUCACCUCUACAGGAUCAAACAGUGAAAGAGGGGGAAACAGCUCACUUUCAGUUUGAGCUUUCUCAUGAAGACAUGCCCGUGAAAUGGUUCAAAAAUGACAAGAGACUUCACACAAGCAGAACAGUUUUAAUUACUUCAGAAGGCAAAGUUCAUAAACUAGAAAUGAGAGAAGUAACACUUGAUGAUAUCUCAGAAAUAAAGGCCGUAGUCAAGGACUUGAACACACAAGCCAACCUGAAAGUCUUAGAGGCCGAUCCAUAUUUCACUGUGAAAUUACAAGACUACAGUGCUGUAGAGAAAGAUGAUAUUACUCUGGAGUGUGAACUUAGCAAAGAUGUGCCAGUAAAAUGGUACAAAGAUGGUGAAGAACUAAUAGCUUCCAACAGAAUUUCCAUAAAAACGGAUGGCUUGCGCCGUAUCCUGAAGAUCAAGAAGGCUGCAGAGAGUGAUAAAGGUGUUUAUGAGUGUGACUGUGGAACCGACAAGACAAGCGCCAAUAUCAGCGUUGAGUCUCGCUUAAUUAAAGUGGAGCGCCCACUGUAUGGAGUGGAAGUAUUUGUUGGUGAAACAGCACGCUUUGAAAUUGAAAUUUCUGAGCCUGAUGUCCAUCCUGUAUGGAAGCUAAAGGGAGAAACCCUAACACCUUCACCUGACUGUGAAAUCAUUGAAGAUGGGAAGAAGCAUAUUCUUGUCCUUCAUAACUGCAAACUUGAUAUGACUGGAGAAGUGUCUUUCCAAGCUGCCAAUGCUAAAAGUGCUGCUAAUCUGAAAGUGAAAGAACUGCCUCUGAUCUUUAUCACUCCACUAAGUGAUGUGAAGGUCUUUGAGAAGGAUGAAGCUAAGUUUGAAUGUGAGGUAUCCAGAGAACCCAAGACUUUCCGCUGGUUGAAAGGAACAGAAGAGAUCAUUCCUGAUGAAAGAUUUGAAAUUAUUUCUGACGGAACAAAGCAUGCUCUGAUUAUUAAAUCUGUUGCCUUUGAGGAUGAAGUAAAAUACACAUUUGAAGCUGAGGAUAAAAGAACAAGUGCCAAGCUAAUUAUUGAAGGUAUCCGCCUGAAAUUCAUCACUCCUCUCAAGGAUGUAACAAAGAAGGAGCGAGAAACUGCAGAGUUCACUGUGGAACUCUCCCAUGAAAAUAUCACCGUGGUCUGGUUCAAGAAUGACCAACGAUUACACACCAGCAAAGUUGUUUCAAUGACAGAUGAUGGCAAAUUCCAUACACUCACAAUCAAAGAUCUUACUAUUGAUGAUACUUCUCAGAUAAAAGUGGAAGCUAUGGGCAAAUCCUCAGAAGCUAAACUCACUGUUCUUGAGGGAGACCCUUAUUUCACUGGGAAGCUGCAGGAUUACACUGCUGUGGAGAAAGAUGAAGUAAUCUUACAAUGUGAAAUCAGCAAAGCAGAUGCCCCAGUGAAAUGGAUGAAGGAUGGCAAUCCAAUUACUGCAUCAAAGAAUGUCGUUAUUAAGGCCGAUGGUAAAAAGAGAAUCCUUAUUCUCAAGAAAGCUUUGAAGAAAGACAUUGGACAGUACACUUGUGACUGUGGUACUGAUCAAACCUCUGCUAAACUUGAUAUUGAAGACCGGGAUAUUGAGAUUGUACGACCACUGUACAGUGUGGAGGUGAUUGAGACAGAGACUGCCCGUUUCGAUAUUGAAAUCUCUGAGGAAGGUGUCCAUGGCAAUUGGAAACUAAAAGGAGAACCUCUGACUGAAUCAGCUGAAUGUGAAAUCAAGGAGGAAGGAACAAAGCACUUCCUUACAUUGUACAAUGUACGCUUAGAUCAAGCUGGUGGAGUAGAUUUCCAAGCAGCUAAUGCCAAGUCUGGUGCUCACCUGCGAGUGAAACCUCGAGUAAUUGGCUUGCUGAGACCUCUCAAGGAUGUAACAGUAACAGCUGGAGAAUCAGCAACCUUCGAUUGUGAACUCUCUUAUGAGGGAAUCCCAGUAGAAUGGUUCCUGAAAGGAAAGAAACUGGAGCCCAGUGAUCAGGUUGUGACCCGUGCUGAAGGGAGAGUUCACACACUUGUUCUUAGAGAUGUCAAGUUAACAGAUGCAGGAGAGGUAUCACUGACAGCAAAAGAUUUCAGAACUCAAGCAAAUCUUUUUGUGAAAGAACCCCCAGUUGAAUUUACUAAACCACUUGAGGACCAGACUGUUGAAGAAGAAGCCACUGCAGUACUGGAAUGUGAAGUUUCCAGGGAAAAUGCAAAAGUUAAAUGGUUCAAAAAUGGAGAAGAAAUUCACAAAUCAAAGAAGUAUGAUAUCAUUUCUGACGGCAGGGUCAGAAAACUCAUCAUUCGCGGCUGCACACUGGAUGAUGCAAAAACAUAUUCUUGUGAUGCUAAGGAUUUUAAGACAUCAUGUUUUCUCAAUGUGGAGCCUAUUCGUGUCGACUUCCUCAAACCCCUGACUGACCUUGAGGUUAAAGAAAAAGAAUCUGCUCGGUUUGAAUGUGAAAUUUCUCGUCCAAAUAUCAAGGUGAAGUGGUUUAAGGAUGGCAUGGAAAUUAGAAAAGGCAAAAAGUAUGACAUAAUUUCUAAAGGUGCAGAGCACAUUCUUGUCAUCAGUAAAUGUGUCUUUGAUGAUGAAGCUGAAUAUUCCUGUGAAGCAAAAACAGCUCGAACUUCUGGCCUACUUACAGUGAUAGAGGAAGAGGCUGUGUUCACAAAAAAUCUUCCUGAUCUUGAAGUAAAUGAAAAUGACACUGUAAAAUUGAUCUGUGAAGUUUCAAAGCCAAAUGCUGAAGUUACUUGGCUUAAAGGAGAUGAAGAGGUGCCUGAUGGUGGUAGAUUUGAACACAUUUCUGAUGGUAGAAAGAGAAUUCUUGUUAUACAUAAUGCUCAUCCUGAAGAUGCUGCCAAAUACACUUGCAAGCUCCCAAGCUCUAGUACAACAGGGAAACUUACUGUACAUGAACUUGCAGCAGAAUUUCUUACCAGACCACAAAACCUUGAGGUGCUUGAAGGAGAAAAAGCUGAAUUUGUCUGUUCAGUAUCCAAAGAAGCCAUUACAGUGCAGUGGCUGAGGGAUGGCGUAGUUUUGGAGUCUGGUGAUAAGUACGACAUCAUUUCAGACGGCAAAAAGAGAACUCUUGUGGUUAAAGACUCUGUUCUAGGAGACAGAGGAAUGUAUACUGUCAUGGUUGGUGAAGCUAAAGCUACAGCACAUCUAGAAGUGAUUGAAAAACUCAAGAUUAUAACUCCUCUUAAGGACCAAGAAGUUAAUGAGUGUCAAGAAAUUAUCUUCAACUGUGAAGUCAAUAAAGAAGGUGCCAAAGAGAAGUGGUUCAAAGAUGAUGAGGCAAUAUUUGAUAGUGCAAAGUACAUUAUUGUUCAGAAGGGUGUAGUCUACACUCUCAGAAUCAGAGAUGCAGAGUUGAAAGAUCAGGCUACCUACACCAUCUCACUGACAAACCAGAGAGGUGAACACGUUAAAAGCUCUGCUGCCUUGAAAGUUUUAGAGGAGGAUCUCAGAAUUGUUGAGCCCCUUGAAGACAUUGAGACCAUGGAAAAGAAAACUGUCACAUUCUGGUGCAAAGUUAAUCGCCUCAAUGCAACUCUCAAAUGGACAAAGAAUGGAGAAGAGAUCACAUUUGACAGGCGCAUUUUGUACAAAAUUGAUAAAUUCAAGCACUCAUUGAUCAUUAAAGACUGUGGGUUUGUAGAUGAAGGUGAAUACACUGUUACUGCUGGACAAGACAAAUCAGUUGCAGAGCUUCUCAUCACUGAAGCACCAGCAGAUUUCACUGAACAUCUUCAGGACCAGACUGUCACUGAAUUUGAUGAUGCUGUCUUUACAUGCCAGCUUUCCAAAGAGAAAGUCAGUGUAAAAUGGUACAGAAAUGGAAGAGAAAUCAAAGAAGGCAAAAAAUACCAGUUUGAAAAAGAUGGAAAUCUGCACAGAUUAAUCAUAAAAGACUGUAGACUAGAUGAUGAGUGUGAAUAUUCCUGUGGAGUGGAUGACAGGAGAUCUAGGGCAAGACUUUUUGUUGAAGAAAUCCCUGUUGAGAUUAUUCGACCACCACAAGAUAUUUAUGAAGCUCCUGGUGCAGAUGUCAUCUUCAUGGCAGAAUUGAACAAAGAUGGUGUGGAGGUCAAGUGGUUGAGAAACAACAUGAUUAUCAUCCAAGGUGACAAACAUCAGAUGAUGAGUGAAGGAAAGGUCCACAGGCUGCAGGUGUGUGACAUAAAGCCCCGUGACCAAGGGGAAUACAGAUUUAUCGCCAAAGAUAAGGAAGCUAGAGCUAAGCUUGAAUUAGCUGCUGCACCUAAAAUCAAGACUGGUGAUCAAAACCUUGUGGUUGAUGUUGGGAAACCUUUAACUAUGACUGUCCCAUAUGAUGCCUACCCAAGAGCAGAAGCUGAAUGGUUGAAAGCAGGGGAAAGUCUUCCCACAACAACUGUUGAUACAACAACUGACUGCACUACCUUCAAAAUUUAUGAAGCAAAGAAAUCAGAUAAAGGAAGGUACAAGGUUGUGCUUCGAAACAAGCAUGGCCAGGCAGAAGCAUUCAUCAAUGUCGAAGUCAUUGAUGUUCCAGGUCCAGUUAGAAACUUGGAAGUCACUGAAAUUUAUGACGGUGAAGUUGGUCUCGCAUGGCAAGAACCAGAAAGUGAUGGUGGAAGUAAAAUCAUAGGCUACGUGGUUGAAAGGCGUGAUAUCAAGCGUAAGACCUGGAUCGUGGUCACAGAUCGUGCUGAAAACUGUGAAUACACUGUUACUGGACUUCAGAAAGGAGGAGUUGAGUACCUCUUCCGUGUUAGUGCACGCAACAGAGUGGGCACUGGUGAGCCAGUGGAAACAGACACACCUGUGGAAGCUAAGAGCAAAUUUGAUGUUCCUGGUCCUCCUCAAAAUGUAGAAGUUACUGAUGUGAACAGGUUUGGAGCCACACUUAGCUGGGAACCACCUGAGGAUGAUGGAGGGUCCCCCAUUACUGGCUAUGUUAUUGAACUGCGUAACAGAGCUACCAUCAGAUGGGAGCCAACUAUGACCACAGGACCUGACGAACUGACAGCUGUCCUGACUGAUGUUGUGGAAAAUGAAGAAUAUUUCUUCAGAGUAAGAGCUCAAAACAUGGUUGGAGUUGGAAAACCAAGUCCUGCUACACGUGCAGUAAAAAUCAUGGACCCAAUUGAGAGACCAAGUCCUCCCAUUAACCUUGAGCAUUCAGAUCAAACUAAGUCAUCAGUUCAGCUCACGUGGGAACCCCCUCUUGAAGAUGGAGGAAGUCCAAUUUUAGGCUAUAUUAUUGAAAGGCAAGAGGAAGGAACAGACAAGUGGAUUCGUUGUAACCCAAAACUAGUACCUGCUCUUACAUUUAAGGUAACUGGAUUGAAACAAGGAUCCAGUUAUUACUACAGAGUCUCAGCAGAAAAUGCAGCUGGUGUGUCUGAUCCAGCAGAGGCUAUUGGGCCAUUAACUGCAGAUGAUGCUUUUGUUGAACCUACAAUGGACCUGAGUGCAUUUAAGGAUGGACUGGAAGUUAUUGUACCAGAGCCAAUCAAGAUCCGUGUUCCCAUCACUGGGUACCCCGUGCCAACAGCCACAUGGUCUUUUGGUGACCAAGUCUUAGAAGAGGGUGACCGUGUGAAAAUGAAGACCACUGCCUCCUUUGCAGAACUUGUAAUUACUCCGAGUGAGCGCCCAGACAAGGGAAUUUAUUACUUAACAUUAGAAAACCCUGUGUCAUCUGUUUCAGGAGAAAUUAAUGUUAAUGUCAUUGCUUGUCCGAGUGCACCAAGAGAGCUCAAUGUUUUAGAAGUACUCAAGAGUACAGUGCAGCUCGCAUGGGAACCUCCAGAAGAUGAUGGUGGAAGCCCAGUUACCGGCUAUAUAAUUGAAAAACGUGAAGUAAGCCGGAAAACGUGGAGCAAAGUUAUGGAUCAUAUUGUUGACCAAGAGUUCACUGUACCUGACCUCGUCCAAGGGAAAGAAUAUUUAUUUAGGGUUUUUGCAUGCAAUAAAUGUGGCCCUGGAGAACCUGCAUAUAUUGACGAACCUGUAAAUAUGUCAAUACCAGCAACGGUGCCUGACCCCCCAGAAAAUGUUAAAUGGAGAAAUCCAACAUCCAAAGGAAUCUUCCUAACAUGGGAGCCUCCUAAAUAUGAUGGUGGUGCACGCAUUAAGGGUUAUCUGGUAGAAAAAUCCCAACGUGGCACAGACAAGUGGGAGAUCUGUGGGGAGCCUGUUAUUGAAACAAAAAUGGAAGUAACAAAGCUCAAGGAAGGAGAGUGGUAUGCUUAUCGGGUUAAGGCUUUGAACAGAAUGGGAGCAAGUAGGCCAAGUAAGCCAACAGAUGAUAUUCAGGCCAUUGAUGCAAAAGAGGCUCCAGAAAUUUUCUUAGAUGUGAAGCUUCUUGCUGGACUUACUGUGAAAGCUGGAACCAAAAUUGAGCUGCCAGCUAAAGUGACUGGAAAGCCUGAACCCCAGAUUACUUGGACCAAGGCUGACAAAAUUUUGAGACCUGACAACAGAAUCACCAUUGAAAGCCAACCUAAUCAUUCUACAGUCACUAUUACAGACAGCAAGAGGAGUGACAGUGGAACCUAUAUUAUAGAAGCUGUAAAUUCCAGUGGACGUGCUACUGCUGUUGUUGAAGUUAAUGUUCUUGAUAAACCUGGUCCACCAGCUGCGUUUGAUGUAUCAGAAAUCACAAAUGAAUCCUGCCUUCUAACCUGGAAUCCUCCACGAGAUGAUGGGGGCUCUAAAAUUACCAACUACGUCCUUGAGAAAAGAGCUACAGACAGUGAAAUAUGGGACAAGUUGUCAUCAACUAUUAAAGAUACAAAAUUCAGAGCUACCAAUUUAACUCCUCAUAAAGAAUACGUGUUUCGAGUCAGUGCUGAAAACAUGUAUGGUGUUGGGGAGCCAGCACAGUGUAGCCCCAUCAUUGCCAAAUAUUCAUUUGAUCCACCAGGCCCUCCAACAGGUCUCAAGCCUACAGAGGUCACUAAAGAUUCAGUCACUUUAACAUGGAAUGAGCCAGAUGAAGAUGGUGGCAGCCCCAUAACUGGCUACUGGGUUGAAAGAUAUGAUCCUGAGCAGGAUAAAUGGAUAAAAUGCAACAAAAUGCCAGUGAAAGAUACAACAUUCAAAGUCAAAGGUCUUACGAAUAAGAAGAAAUAUAAGUUCCGUGUCUUGGCAGAGAAUCUUGCAGGACCUGGAAAACCAAGCAAGGAAACAGAGCCAAUCUUAGUGAAAGAUCCAAUCGAUCCACCGUGGCCUCCUGGAAAGCCAACUGUGAAAGAUAUUGGCAAGACAUUCCUUACCCUGAACUGGACAAAGCCAGAGCAUGAUGGAGGGGCAAAAAUUGAAUCUUAUGUCAUUGAGCUGUUAAAGACUGGAACAGACGAAUGGGUGAGAGUGGCUGAAGGAGUUCCCACGACUGAACACUUCCUCAAAGAUCUUAUGGAGAAACAAGAAUAUUCAUUCCGUGUAAGAGCUGUGAACAAGGCUGGCGAGAGCGAGCCCAGCGAGCCCAGUGACCCCGUGCUGUGCAAGGAGAGGCUCUAUCCUCCUUCACCGCCUCGAUGGCUUGAAGUUAUUAAUAUUACUAAAAAUACAGCAGAUCUUAAAUGGACAGUACCAGAAAAAGAUGGGGGUUCCCCAAUCACCAACUACAUUGUUGAAAAAAGAGAUGUAAGGCGGAAAGGUUGGCAGACAGUUGAUACAACAGUGAAAGAUACCAAGUACACAGUGAGCCCACUGACUGAAGGCUCUUUGUAUGUGUUCCGUGUGGCUGCUGAAAAUGCCAUUGGACAGAGUGACUACUGUGAAAUUGAAGACUCCGUGCUUGCUAAAGAUACUUUCACAACCCCUGGGCCUCCAUAUGCCCUUACAAUAGUUGAAGUGAAAAAAGGCCAUGUUGAUUUGAAAUGGGAACCACCUAAGAAUGAUGGUGGCAGACCAAUUCAAAGAUAUGUUAUUGAAAAGAAAGAAAAGCUAGCUACUCGCUGGGUAAAAGCUGGGAAGACAGCUGGUCCAGAUUGCAAUUAUAGAGUGACAGAUGUCAUUGAAGGUACAGAUGUACAGUUCCAGGUUCGUGCAGAAAAUGAAGCUGGAUGUGGUCAUCCCAGUGAACCCACUGACCUCGUUCAUAUUGAAGAUCCAACAAGUCCUCCUUCACCUCCUCAGGAUUUACAUGUCACAGAUGCAGGCCGAAAGCACAUUUGCAUUGCAUGGAAACCUCCUGAGAAAAAUGGUGGAAGUCCUAUUAUUGGAUAUAAUGUUGAGAUGUGUGAAGCAGGAACAGAAAAAUGGAUGCGAAUCAAUUCUCGUCCAAUUAAAGAUCUAAAAUGUAAAGUGGAUGAGGGUGUUGUUCCAGACAAAGAAUACGUGCUGAGAGUCAGAGCUGUCAAUGCUGUUGGAGCUAGUGAGCCAUCAGACAUCUCAGAAAAAGUUGUUGCCAAGGACCCAGACUGUAAUCCAACCAUUGAUCUGCAAACUCGUGACAUUGUUGUUGUUAAAGGACAGAAACUAAGUAUCCCUGUACCCUUCAGAGCUGUUCCAUCUCCAACUAUAACAUGGCACAAAGAUGGCAAAGAGUUGAAAGCUGGUGACAGAACAACAAUGAAGAGUGACUACACCUCUGCAUUGCUUGAAGUCAUAGACAGUGUUCACGCUGAUGCUGGUGUUUAUACUAUCACACUGGAGAACAAGCUGGCAUCAACAACUGGUUCAGUCAAUGUCAAAGUCAUAGGUCCACCUGGACAGUGUAAAGACAUUAAGGCAAGCGACAUAACUAAGAAUUCUUGCAAAGUAUCCUGGGAGCCUCCAGACUUUGAUGGUGGUACUCCUAUUUUGCAUUAUGUUCUGGAACGCAGGGAAGCAGGUCGUAAAACAUACAUCCCAGUCAUGUCUGGUGAAAAUAAGCUUUCAUGGCAAGUCAAAGAUCUUAUCCCAAACUGUGAAUAUUACUUCCGUGUUAAAGCUGUCAAUAAGAUCGGAGGGGGUGAUUAUCUUGAACUAAGAAACCCGAUCAUUGCAGAAGACCCAAAACAGCCCCCAGAUCCGCCUGUCGACCUUGAAGUCCAUAAUCCAACAUCCAAAUCAGUAACUCUUACAUGGAAACCACCCCUGUUUGAUGGUGGAAGCAAGAUUAUGGGCUAUAUAGUAGAAAAGCUUGCCAAGGGCAAAGAGAGGUGGGAGAGAUGCAAUGACUAUCUGGUACCCUUACUGACUUACACAGUGAAAGGCCUUGAGGAAGGAAAUGAGUAUCAGUUCCGUGUUCGUGCUGAGAAUGCUGCCGGCAUCAGUGAGCCUUCUCGGAUUACUCCUUUUGUGAAAGCUGUGGAUCCUAUUGAGGCUCCAAAAGUCUUCCUUGCUGCAAACCUACAGUCUGGCCUUGAGGUGAAGAGAGGUGAUGAGAUCAUACUUGAGGCACAUAUUUCAGGGUCACCCUAUCCAUCUAUCACUUGGCUGAGGAAUGAUGAAGUUGUCAGACCAGAGGAUAUCAAAAAGAGAGUAACAGCACCUAAAAAGAAGAAGGGUGAAGCUGAAGAAGAGAAACCUUUCCAGCUUUCCCUGCCAGAACGCAUGAGUGUUGACAACCACAAGGAAGGAGAGUCCAUACUAUCAGUUCGUGACUCCAUUAGAGCUGACCAUGGCACAUUUACAAUUAAAGUAGAGAAUGAUCAUGGAGUUGCAAAAGCCUCAUGUGAAGUCAAUGUGUUGGAUACACCUGGGCCACCAGUCAACUUUGUUUUUGAAGAUUUGCGGAAAAAUUCUGUCAUUUGCAAGUGGGAGCCUCCCCUUGAUGAUGGUGGAAGUGAAAUCCUAAACUAUGUACUGGAAAAGAAAGACAAUACAAAAGCUGAUAUGGGCUGGGUCACUGUCAGUUCAACACUCAGGCAUUGCAAAUUCCAUGUAACAAAACUGAUUGAAGGAAAAGAGUAUCUAUUCCGUGUAUUUGCUGAAAAUAGAGUUGGAGCAGGACCACCAUGUGUUUCAAAACCAAUGACAGCUAAAGAUCCUUUCUCUCCACCAGACGCACCUAAUAAGCCUGAUGUGGAAGAUGUAACCAGCAACAGUAUGCUGGUUAAAUGGAAUGAACCGAAAGAUAAUGGCAGCCCUAUCAUAGGGUACUGGAUUGAAAAACGUGAAAUCAAUAGUACUCAUUGGGCUCGGGUCAACAGGAACCUUGUGAAUGCUCUGGAAGUAAAAGUUGAAGGACUGUUGGAAGGUUUAACUUACAUCUUUAGAGUGUGUGCUGAAAAUGCAGCUGGCCCUGGGAAAUUUAGUCCACCAUCAGAUCCAAAAACUGCACAGGACCCAAUAAUGCCACCUGGUCCACCGAUUCCGAGGAUUGCUGACACAAGUGCAACUUCCAUCGAGCUAGAAUGGCAACCUCCUGUGUAUAAUGGUGGUGGAGAUAUCACCGGUUACCAUGUGUACAAACAACUGAUGGGAGUAAACGAGUGGUCACGCUGUACAGCAAAACCCAUUAAGGUCCUGCAGUUUACAGUUGGAGAAGUCAGAGAAGGUGCAGACUAUAAACUCCGUGUUACUGCACUCAAUGCAGCUGGCGAAGGACCACCUGGGGAAACUGAACCCGCAACAGUUGCAGAACCUAAAGAGCCUCCCACUGUUGAGCUGGAUGUUUCUGUGAAAGCAGGCAUUCAGGUCAUGGCUGGGCAGACUAUUAAAAUUCCUGCUACUGUGACAGGGCGUCCUACUCCCACCAUUGCAUGGACUGUAGAGGAGGGUGAAUUAGACAAAGAUCGAGUUGUUAUUGAAAAUGUUGGCACAAAAUCUGAGCUAACCAUUAAGAAUGCAUUGAGAAAAGACCAUGGAAGAUAUGUAAUUACGGCUACCAAUAGCAGCGGUUCAAAAUCUGCAGGAACCAGAGUAGAAGUAUUUGAUGUUCCUGGACCAGUCCUUGACCUAAAGCCUGUGGUCACAAACAGAAAGAUGUGUUUGCUUAACUGGUCUGAUCCUGAAGAUGAUGGUGGCAGUGACAUCAUAGGCUUCAUUGUUGAAAGGAAGGAUGCCAAAAUGCAUACUUGGAGACUAGCUGUAGACACAGAUAGAUCUAAAUGUGACAUUACAGGUCUAAUUGAAGGGCAGGAAUAUAAAUUCCGUGUUAGUGCCAAGAACAAAUUUGGUACUGGUCCACCUGUUGAAAUAGGACCCAUUCUUGCAGUUGAUCCAUUAGGUCCUCCGACAGCACCUGAGAGGUUCAUGUACACAGAGAGGACGAAGUCAUCCAUAACACUUGAUUGGAAGCCUCCACGCAGUGAUGGUGGUAGUCCCAUCUUAGGAUACAUUGUUGAGAAGAGGAGACAUGAUUCAAAAGAUUAUGAAAGAGUUAAUGCAAGGCUCUGUCCAAAAACAUCUCUUCUUGUUGAAAAACUUGAUGAACUUCAUAUGUAUGAAUUUCGUGUGAAAGCUGUCAAUGAGAUCGGAGAAAGUGAGCCAUCACUGCCCCUCAAUGUAGUUAUACAAGAUGAUGAAGUGCCUCCAACUGUUACAUUGCGUUUGGCUGUGAGAGGAGAUACUAUCAAAGUCAAGGCAGGAGAACCUGUUAACAUUCCUGCUGAUGUAACAGGCCUGCCAAUGCCAAAGAUUGAAUGGGACAAGAAUGAAGUUUUAAUCGACCAAACAUCCAAUGCACUUAAGAUUACCAAGGAGGAAGUGUCUAGAACUGAGGCAAAAACCGAACUUAUCCUGCCUGCAGCAGUGAGGGAUGAUAAAGGCACCUACACUGUGAGAGCUUCCAAUCGUCUUGGCACUGCAUUUCGCAAUGUGCAUGUCGAAGUGUAUGAUCGUCCUUCUCCACCAAGAAAUCUUGCUGUUUCUGAUAUUAAAGCAGAAUCAUGCUAUUUAACAUGGGAUGCACCUCUUGAUAAUGGUGGUAGUGAAAUUACCCAUUACAUUAUUGAAAAACGAGAUGCUAGUAAGAAGAAAUCUGACUGGGAAGAAGUCUCCAAAGGCGCUGUUGAGAGAAGAUUUGGGGUAUGGAAUCUUGCAACAAAUGAAAAAUACCAAUUUAGGGUCCGGGCUGUAAACAAAUAUGGAAUAAGUGAUGAAUGCCUCUCAGAAAAAGUUGUUAUUAAGGAUCCCUAUGGUCUUCCUGGACCUCCUGGAAAGCCAAAAAUUUUGGAUCGUACCAGAUCAUCUAUGCUGGUGACUUGGGAGCCUCCUUUGGACAAUGGUGGCAGUCCAAUAACUGGCUAUUGGUUGGAGAAGAGAGAGGUGGGAGGUGUCUACUGGGCACGUGUCAACAGGGCUCCAGUAACAAAACCAUCUGUAAAAGGUCUAGAGCACAAUGUGCUUCGUUUGGCUGAAGGUGUUGAAUACCAGUUUAGAGUUAUGGCUGAAAAUCUUGCUGGAAUUGGCCCUCCCAGUGAACCAUCAGAUCCAGCUUUGGCAGCAGAUCCCAUAUUUGUGCCUGGUCCACCAUCUUGCCCAGAGGUCAAAGACAAAACCAAAUCAUCUGUAGCACUUGCAUGGAAGCCUCCUCAAAAGGAUGGGGGGAGUCCUAUAAAAGGGUAUAUUGUUGAAAUGCAAGAUGAAGGUAGUACUGAAUGGAAGAAGGUGAAUGAAGGAGACAAACUCUUUCCUACUUGUGAAUGUGUUGUUCCCAACUUGAAAGAGCUCAGAAAAUACCGAUUUAGGGUGAAAGCUGUAAAUGCUGCUGGAGAAUCAGAACCAAGUCCUGCAACAUCAGAGAUACCUGUCCAAGAUAUUCUAGAGGAACCAGAAAUCUUCCUUGAUCUUGGAGCACAGGAUUUGCUCUCUUGCCGUGCUGGCACAACAAUUAAAAUCCCAGCUAUUAUCAAGGGUCGUCCAGUUCCAAAAACAUUUUGGGAGUACGAAGGAAAAGCAAAAACAGCAGCAAAGGAGGGAGGUCAUAAUGUACCUGAAGAAGCUCAGGUGGUAGCAACUGAUACACGUUCAGAGAUUAUCAUCCCAGAGUGCAACAGAAGUCAUUCUGGACGAUACAGUAUUACAGCAAAGAACAAAGCAGGACAAAAGACAGUGAAUGUCAGAGUCAAUGUGCUUGAUGUCCCUGGUCCACCAAAGGACCUAAAAGUAAGUGAUAUCACAAGAGGUAGCUGUAAGCUUUCAUGGAAGAUGCCAGAUGAUGAUGGUGGAGAUAGAAUCAGAGGCUAUGUUAUAGAGAAAAGAAAUAUUGAUGGGAAAGCCUGGACUAAAGUCAAUCCAAACUGUGGCAGUACUUCCUUUGUGGUACCUGAUCUCAUAACUGGCCAAGAAUAUUUCUUCCGGGUACGUGCAGAAAACCGUUUUGGAGUUGGGCCUCCUGCAGAAACCAUCCAGCGGACCACAGCCAGGGAUCCCAUCCAUCCUCCUGAUCCGCCUAUUAAACUGAGGAUUGGCCUUGUAACCAAGAACACAGUGAGCCUGACAUGGAAACCACCAAAGAACGAUGGUGGAGCUCCUGUUACACAUUAUAAUGUUGAAUGUCUCCGCUGGGAUCGUACUGGAGAAGUGAAAGAGUCUUGGAAGCAAUGCAACAGACGUGAUGUGGAAGAAACAAAGUUUACUGUUGAGGAUCUUGUAGAAGGUGGAGAAUAUGAAUUCAGAGUCAAAGCUGUAAAUAUAGCGGGUCCUAGCAGACCUUCAGCCACUGUUGGCCCACUUGUUGUUAAAGACCAGACAUGUCCACCAUCUAUUGAGCUCAAAGAAUUUAUGGAAGUUGAAGAAGGAACUGAUGUUAAAAUUGUGGCCAAGAUAAAGGGUGUACCCUUCCCCACAUUAACAUGGCUAAAAGCUUCUCCAAAGAAACCAGAUGACAAAACACCAGUGGUGUAUGACCAACAUGUCAACAAGAUUGUUGAUGAAGAUACUUGCACUUUAUUGAUCCAACAGUCUCGCAGAAAUGAUACAGGCUUAUAUACUAUAACAGCUGUAAAUAACCUGGGAACUGCUUCAAAGGAGAUGCGGCUGAAUGUUCUGGGUCGUCCUGGACCUCCAGUAGGACCUAUUAAAUUUGAAUCCAUUUUGGCCGAUAAAAUGACAAUAUCAUGGCUUCCUCCGUUAGAUGAUGGUGGUUCUAAGAUUACAAACUAUGUUAUAGAGAAAAAAGAAGCAAAUAGAAAGACAUGGGUGCCUGUUACUAAUGAGCCUAAGGAAUGCAUAUUCACUGUUCCCAAGCUGAUGGAAGGCCAUGAAUAUGUGUUCCGCAUUAUGGCACAAAACAAAUAUGGAAUUGGAGAACCUUUGGAUAGUGAGCCAGAAACAGCACGAAACCUUUUCACUGUCCCUGGACCUCCUGACAAGCCAACAGUUAGCAGUAUAACACGUGACUCAAUGACGGUAAACUGGGAAGAGCCAGAACAUGAUGGUGGCUCUCCUAUUACUGGUUAUUGGUUGGAGCGCAAAGAAACCACUGGAAAGAGAUGGACCAGGGUUAACCGAGAUCCUAUCAAGCCUAUGACACUGGGGGUUUCAUACAAAGUUACAGGGCUUAUUGAAGGCUCUGAAUAUCAGUUCCGUGUUUCAGCUAUCAAUGCGGCUGGUGUUGGCCCCCCAAGCAUGCCAUCUGAUCCAGCACUUGCUAGAGAUCCUAUUGCCCCACCUGGCCCUCCUAUACCAAAAGUUACUGACUGGACAAAGUCUUCUGUAGACUUGGAGUGGAGUCCGCCAGUAAAGGAUGGUGGUUCUAGAGUCACUGGCUACAUUGUUGAGUUUAAAGAGGAAGGAAAGGAAGAAUGGGAACGGGUAAAAGAUAAAGAAAUUAGAGGAACAAAGUUCGUUGUGGCAGGAUUAAAAGAAGGUUGUUUUUACAAAUUUAGAGUUAGAGCAGUAAAUGCUGCUGGCAUCGGAGAGCCUGGAGAAGUGACAGACAUUAUUGAAAUGAAAGACAGAAUUGUGGCUCCUGAUAUUAACUUGGAUGCAAGUGUCAGGGACAGAAUUGUUGUUCAUGCUGGAGGAGUAAUUCGGAUCAUAGCAUAUGUCUCAGGAAAACCACCUCCAACUGUGACCUGGAGCAGAGAUGAGCAAGCUUUGCCAGAAGAAGCCAAAAUUGAAGAAACAGCUAUUAGUUCUUCUUUAGUCAUCAAGAAUUGCAAAAGGAGUCACCAGGGUUUAUACACUCUUCUUGCUAAAAAUGAUGGUGGUGAGAGGAAGAAGACAAUUAUUGUUGAUGUGCUAGAUGUGCCUGGCCCAGUUGGAUUGCCACUCCUUACAGAGAAUUUAACCAAUGACUCUUGUAAAUUGUCAUGGUUUACUCCUGAAGAUGAUGGUGGUUCUCCUAUUACCAACUAUAUAAUUGAAAAACGUGAAUCUGACCAUAGAGCUUGGACUCCAGUGACCUACACAGUUACAAGACAGAAUGCUACUGUUCAGGGCCUCAUUCAAGGGAAAGCCUACUUUUUCCGAAUUGCAGCUGAGAAUAUAAUUGGCAUGGGUCCUUUCACAGAAACAACAAAAGAGAUUCUCAUUAGAGACCCAAUAACUGUUCCUGACCGUCCAGAAGACCUGGAAGUAAAAGCAGUUACCAAGAACUCCGUUACACUAACUUGGAACCCUCCAAAAUACAAUGGGGGCUCAGAUAUCACCAUGUACGUUCUAGAGAGCCGUCUCAUUGGAAAAGACAAAUUCCACAAAGUUACAAAGGAGAAAAUGCUUGAUAGGAAAUUCACUGUGGAAGGCUUGAAAGAGGGUGACACCUAUGAGUAUCGUGUGAGUGCUUGCAAUAUUGUGGGACAAGGCAAGCCAUCAUUUUGCACUAAACCAAUCACGUGCAAGGAUGAAAUUGCUCCUCCCACACUUGACCUUGACUUUAGAGACAAGCUUAUUGUCCGAGUUGGUGAAGCUUUCAGCUUGACUGGACGUUACUCAGGCAAACCUGCACCGAAGGUUACUUGGCUAAAGGAUGAUAUUGUUGUGAAAGAAGAUGACAGAAUAAAGAUCAAGACAACUCCUACAACUCUUUGUUUGGGGGUACUAAAAUCUGUCCGUGAGGACACAGGCAAAUAUUGUGUUACUGUAGAGAACAGCACAGGAUCAAGAAAAGGAUUUUGUCAAGUUACUGUCGUUGAUCGCCCAUCACCUCCAGUAGGCCCAGUUAUAUUUGAUGAAGUCUUUAAAGAUCAUAUGGUGGUUUCCUGGAAACCUCCAUUAGAUGAUGGAGGCAGUGAAAUUACUAAUUACAUAAUUGAGAAGAAGGAUACACACAAAGACUUGUGGAUGCCAGUUACGUCUGCCACAGUAAAGACAACAUGCAAAAUUCCCAAGCUGCUUGAAGGAAGAGAAUACCAAAUUCGAAUUUACGCUGAAAAUCUUUAUGGCAUAAGUGAUCCUCUCAUCUCUGAUGAGAUGAAAGCCAAGGAUCGUUUCCGUGUACCUGAUGCACCUGAGCAACCAAUCGUUAAGGAUGUAACCAAAGACUCUGCAUUAGUAGUUUGGAACAAACCAUAUGAUGGAGGCAAGCCGAUAACAAACUACAUUUUGGAAAAGAAGGAAACAAUGGCUACAAGAUGGGUCAAAGCUACCAAAGACCCAAUUUUCCCCGGUACAAAGUUCAAAGUACCUGAUCUCCUUGAAGGCUGUCAGUAUGAAUUCCGUGUUUCAGCAGAAAAUGAAAUUGGUGUAGGUGAUCCUAGUCCACCAUCAAAGCCAAUUUUUGCUAGAGAUCCAAUCGCAAAACCAAGUCCACCUGUUAAUCCAGAAGCAGUAGAUAAAACUAAAAAUUCAGUUGAUUUAUCUUGGCAGCCACCUCGCCAUGAUGGAAAUGGCAAGAUAAUUGGCUACCUUGUAGAGUAUCAGAAAGUUGGAGAUGAAGAAUGGAAACAGGCUAAUCUUACAGCGGAUUCUUGUCCUGAAACAAACUACAAAGUCACUGGUCUUACUGAGGGAUUAACCUAUAAAUUCAGGGUCAAGGCAGUCAAUGCGGCAGGCGAAUCCGAUCCAGCACAUGUUCCUGAUCCGGUAGAAGUAAAGGACAGGCUUGAACCUCCUGAGUUAAUACUUGAUGCUAAUAUGGCCCGAGAACAGCAUAUAAAAGCUGGAGAUACCCUGAGACUUAGUGCUGUUAUUAAAGGUGUUCCAUUCCCAAAAGUUACUUGGAAGAAAGAAGAUCAUGAGGUCUCACCCAAAGCUGAUAUUGAAGUUACAGGAGUUGGCAGUAAGCUUGAAAUCCGUAACACUGUCCAUGAAGAUGGUGGAAUGUACUCCCUGACAGUUGAAAAUCCAGCUGGUUCAAAGACUGUUUCAGUAAAAGUUGUGGUCUUAGAUAAGCCUGGUCCACCCAGAAAUCUGAAUAUCAGUGAUAUUAGAAGUGACUCUUGCUAUCUCACUUGGAUGGAACCAGAAGAUGAUGGUGGCUCUGUGAUUACCAACUAUGUGGUGGAGAGGAAAGAUGUAGCUUCUGCACAGUGGGUAGCCAUCUCCUCAUCCUCCAAGAAACGCAGUCAUAUGGCUAAAUAUCUGAUGGAAGGCACUCAGUAUCUCUUCCGAGUUGCAGCUGAGAAUCAAUAUGGCAGAGGUCCAUAUGUGGAAACACUUAAGCCUAUCAAAGCUAUAGAUCCCCUGCAUCCUCCAGGGCCACCAAAGAAUCUGCAUCAUGUAGAUGUUGACAAGACAGAGGUUUCCCUUGUUUGGAAUCGACCAGAUCGUGAUGGUGGUGCUGAGAUAACUGGGUAUUUGGUGGAAUAUCAAGAAGAUGGUGCAGAUGAAUGGACAAAGUUCCAGACAGUCCCUAUGCUAGACUGUGUCGUUACAGGACUACAGAAAGGAAAAAUAUACAAAUUCCGUGUGAGAGCUCAAAACAUUGUUGGUCUUGGCCUUCCAGACACAACUAUACCAAUAGAGUGUCAAGAAAAACUAGUACCUCCAUCUGUGGAUCUAGAUGUAAAGUUAAUUGAAGGUCUAGUUGUUAAAGCUGGCACCACAGUGCACCUUCCAGCAAUUAUGAGAGGUGUGCCAGUUCCCACAGCAAAAUGGGUUACUGACGACACUGAAAUUAAACCAGAUGGCAAAUACAAGAUUGAGACUGACAAUUACUCAACUGUGCUUACUAUCAAAGACUGUGUAAGAAAAGAUACAGGAGAAUAUCUGCUCACAGUAUCUAAUGCAGCUGGCAGCAAAACUGUGGCUCUGCACCUUACAGUUUUGGAUGUUCCAGGCCCACCAACUGGUCCUAUUAAUAUUCUUGAAGUAACACCAGAAUAUAUGGUUAUUUCUUGGCGCCCUCCUAAAGAUGAUGGUGGGAGUCCUAUAAUAAAUUAUAUUGUUGAGAAGCGUCAAUCAAAGAAAGAAACUUGGGGAGUGGUUAGCUCUGGAACAAGUCACACAAAGAUUAAGGUUCCACGACUGCAGAAAGGCUGUGAAUAUAUUUUCCGUGUUCGUGCAGAAAAUAAGAUAGGCAUUGGUGCACCCCUGGAUUCAGAACCAACAGUUGCUAAAUACAUGUUUGAUCCACCAUCCCCACCUGGUAAACCAACUGUUUAUGAUGUUACAGAAAAUGCUGCAACUGUGUCUUGGACCCUACCAAAAUCUGAUGGUGGAACUCCAAUAACUGGUUAUAUACUUGAACGUCGGGAAGCAUCUGGUAAAUGGGUGCGUGUCAAUAAGACACCUAUACUUGAUAUGAAAUACAGAGUCACUGGUCUUUUUGAAGGCAAUACAUACGAAUUCAGAGUUUUUGCAGAAAACAUGGUGGGCUUAAGUAAACCAUCUCCAAGCUCUGAUCCAAUAAAAGCAUCACGUCCUAUCACUCCUCCUGGACCACCUAUAAAUCCAAAAUUAAAAGACAAAACUAAAGAAUCAGCUGAUCUUGUGUGGACAAAGCCCCUCAAGGAUGGUGGCAGCCCAAUUCUGGGAUACAUUGUGGAAUGUCAGAAAGCUGGAACUACACAGUGGAAUAGGAUUAAUAAGGAUGAACUUAUUCGACAGUGUGCUUUCAGAGUACCUGGAUUAAUAGAAGGAAAUGAAUAUAAGUUCCGAAUAAAAGCCGUCAACAUCGUGGGAGAGGGAGAACCAAGAGAACUACCAGAAACUGUUCUUGCAAAAGAUAUUCUUUCUCCUCCAGAAAUAAGCUUAGAUGUGACCUGUCGAGACUUAAUUACUGUCCGAGUUGGUCAAACAAUACGUAUUACUGGCAAGGUAAAAGGCAGACCAGAUCCUGAAAUAACUUGGUCUAAAGAUGGCAAAGUACUAGUCCAAGAUAAGCAUAUUGAAAUACUUCAUGAUCUGCCUAAUGUUGAACUGCAAGUGAAAGAAGCCAAAAGAUCUGAUCAUGGCAAAUACAUAAUAGCAGCUAAGAACAGCUGUGGCCAGGCUCAAGCUUUUGCUGUUGUUAAUGUACUUGACAGACCUGGACCAUGUCAGAAUCUGAAAAUAAGCUAUGUCACAAAAGACUCUUGUAUGAUCUCUUGGGAGAGCCCAGUGGAUAAUGGUGGCUCUGAAAUCACAAAUUACAUAGUAGAAUACCGUCAGCCGAAUCAGAGGGGAUGGUCAAUUGUCUCCUCUGAUAUUACUAAGAGAUUAGUAAAGGCAAAUCUUGUAGAGAACCGUGAAUACUUCUUCAGAGUUUGUGCAGAGAACAAAAUAGGUCCAGGGCCUUGCAUUGAGACCAAGACUCCUAUCCUUGCUAUCAAUCCUAUUGACAAGCCUGGAGAGCCAGAAAAUCUUCACAUUGCAGAGAAAGGAAAGACAUUUGUAUAUCUGAAAUGGAGAAGACCAGAUUAUGAUGGUGGAAGUCCCAAUUUAAGUUAUCAUGUUGAGAGAAAACUGAAAGAUUCAGAUGAAUGGGAAAGAGUUCACAAAGGCAGCAUUAAGGAAACACACUACAUGGUAGAUAAAUGUGUGGAAAAUAAAAUUUACCAAUUCCGAGUUCAGACUAAGAACGAGGCCGGUGAAAGUAACUGGGUAAAAACAGCUGAAGUUGUUGUGAAGGAAGAUCUCCAGAAACCAGUCCUAGAUUUGAAGUUAAGUGGGGUUCUAACUGUGAAAGCAGGCGACACAAUUAGAAUUGAGGCUGGAGUCAGAGGAAAACCACAGCCUGAAGUUGUAUGGGCAAAAGACAAAGAUGCCACUGAUCUCACCAGAUCUCCAAGAGUCAGCAUUGAAAACACUUCUGACACAUCUAAGUUCGUUCUCACAAAAUCAAGGCGUACCGAUGGUGGGAAAUACGUGAUUACAGCAACUAAUGCAGCUGGCAGCUUUGUAGCAUAUGCUACUGUUAUUGUCUUGGAUAAGCCAGGUCCUGUACGAAACCUGAAAGUCACUGACAUUUCAAGUGACAGAUGUACUGUUACUUGGGAUCCUCCAGAAGAUGAUGGUGGUUGUGAAAUACAGAACUACAUCCUGGAAAAAUGUGAAAGCAAGCGUAUGGUUUGGUCUACAUUCUCUUCCUCUGUCCUAACAAACUAUGCCAAAGUGACACGCCUCAUUGAGGGUAAUGAAUAUAUAUUCAGAGUGCGUGCAGAGAAUAAAAUGGGCACUGGUCCACCAACAGAAACACAUCCAAUUAUUGCAAAAACAAAAUAUGAUAGACCUGGGCGCCCUGACCCUCCAGAUGUCACAAGAGUCAGCAAAGAAGAGAUGACUGUAGUUUGGAAUCCACCAGAAUAUGAUGGUGGCAAAUCAAUUACAGGAUACAUUUUAGAGAAGAAAGAGAAACGGUCACUAAGAUGGGUUCCUGUUACUAAAACCCCAAUCCCAGAGAGACGCAAGAAGGUUACUAAUCUCUUCCCUGGUCAUGAAUACCAGUUCCGUGUCAGUGCUGAAAAUGAAGUGGGACUUGGAGAACCAAGCUUGCCAUCAAGACCUGUGGUAGCCAAAGACCCAAUAGAGCCACCUGGUCCUCCCACAAACCUGAGAGUGGUUGAUAGCACAAAGACUUCCUUAACCCUUGGCUGGGGGAAACCAGUGUAUGAUGGUGGUGCUCCAAUUAUUGGAUAUGUUGUGGAAAUGAGACCAAAAGUUGAGGGUGCCGAUCCUGAAGCAGGAUGGAAACGAUGUAAUGUUGCUGCUCAAGUUAUUCAUACAGAAUUCACAGCUACCAGCCUGGAUGAGAAGCAAUUGUAUGAGUUUAGGGUUUCUGCCCAAAACCAGGUUGGCCUUGGCCGACCAGCAGAACUGAAAGAAGCUGUGUCUCCCAAAGAAAUUCUUGAACCUCCUGAGAUUGAGCUGGAUGCAAGCAUGAGAAAGUUAGUCACAGUCAGAGCAGGAUGCCCUAUUAGACUUUUUGCCAUUGUUAGGGGUCGCCCAGCACCAAAAGUCACCUGGAGGAGAAUGGGUGUUGAUAAUGUUAUCAGAAAAGGACAAGUUGAUCUGGUUGACACUAUGGCCUUCUGUGUCAUUCCCGAUUCCACACGUGAUGACUCAGGCAAAUAUUCAUUGACACUUGUUAAUGCAGCUGGAGAAAAGGCUGUAUUUGUGAACGUCAGAGUUCUGGAUACUCCUGGACCUGUGUCAGACUUCAAGGUUUCAGACGUCACCAAGAUGUCCUGCCAUCUUUCAUGGGCACCUCCAGAGAAUGAUGGGGGUAGCCCAGUGACUCAUUACAUCCUGCAGAAACGGGAGGCUGACAGGAAGACUUGGGCAACAGUCACGGCAGAACUAAAGAAAACUAGUUUCCAAAUAGCGAACCUUGUGCCUGGAAAUGAGUAUUACUUCAGAGUAACAGCAGUAAAUGAGUAUGGGUCAGGUGUUCCAAGUGACAUACCAAAGCCUGUUCUAGCAACAGAUCCUCUAAGUGAACCUGAUCCACCAAGAAAACUUGAAGUAACUGAAAUUACAAAGAAUAGCGCUACUUUGGGCUGGCUGCCACCACUUCGCGAUGGAGGCUCUAAAAUUGAUGGAUACAUUGUUAGCUACAAAGAACAUGAUCAACCAGCAGAUCGCUGGACAGAAUAUUCAGUUGUUAAAGAUCUCUCCAUUGUUGUAGCUGGUCUGAAAGAAGGAAAGAAGUACAACUUUAGAGUGGCAGCUAGAAAUGCUGUAGGAGUAAGUUUGCCAAUAGAAGCUACAGGAGAAUAUGAAAUUAAAGAACAACUCAUCCCACCUAAGAUUCUGAUGCCUGAUCAUGUUCACAUUAAAGCUGGAAAGAAAUUGAGGAUUGAAGCUCAUGUAUAUGGGAAGCCUCAGCCAGUCUGUAAAUGGCUGAAAGGAGAUCAAGAUGUAGUUACAUCCAGUCGCCUUGCUGUACAUAAAGCAGAAAAGUCUUCUGUUCUUAUCAUUAAGGAUGUGACUAGAAAAGAUACUGAUUUUUACACUCUUACCGCAGAAAAUAGCUCUGGUACUGAUAGUCAGAAAAUCAAAGUGACCGUCAUGGAUAAGCCAGGUCCACCACAGCCUCCAUUUGAUAUUUCUGAAAUAGAUGCUGAUGCUUGCACUCUCUCAUGGCACAUACCACUUGAAGAUGGUGGCAGCAACAUUACAAACUAUAUAGUUGAGAAAUGUGAUGUAAGCCGAGGAGACUGGAUAACAGCUUUGUCUUCUGUCACAAAGACAAGCUGCAGAAUUGGAAAACUGAUUCCUGGAGAAGAGUAUAUGUUCCGUGUUCGUGCUGAAAAUCGUUUUGGGAUUUCUGAGCCGCUUGCUUCUGGCAAGAUGAUCGCAAGAUUCCCGUUUGAUGUUCCCAGUGAACCAAAGAAUGCACGUAUUACCAAGGUCAAUAAGGACUGCAUUUUUGUUGCUUGGGAUAAACCAGAUAGCGAUGGAGGCAGUCCAAUCACUGGUUAUCUCAUUGAGCGCAAAGAAAGGAACAGUUUACUGUGGGUGAAAGCUAACGACACAGCUGUGCGCUCCACAGAAUACCCUUGUGUGGGCCUCAUCGAAGGCCUUGAGUAUACUUUCAGAAUUUAUGCAUUGAACAGAGCUGGAGCAAGUAAACCUAGUAAACCAACCGAGUUUGUCACAGCAAGAGCGCCAGUUGAUCCUCCUGGAAAACCUGAAGUUAUUGAUGUCACUAAGAGUACUGCAUCACUGGUAUGGACAAGACCAAAGCAUGAUGGUGGUAGCAAACUUAUUGGUUACUUUGUGGAAGCUUGCAAAUUACCUGGUGAUAAGUGGGUUCGGUGCAAUACAACUCCGUAUCAAAUACCCCAAGAGGAGUACACUGUGACUGGUUUGGAGGAAAAUGCUCAGUACCAAUUUAGAGCAAUUGCCAAGACAGCAGUUAACAUCAGCCAACCUUCAGAACCUUCUGAUCCUGUGACCAUUCAUCCAGAAAAUGUUCCUCCCAGAAUAGAGUUGGAUGUGUCUAUGCAAUCACAGCUUACAGUAAAAGCUGGAACUAAUGUGCGUCUGGAGGCAAAUGUAUAUGGCAAGCCAAUGCCAGCAAUCACCUGGAAGAAAGAAGGAGAAGUUUUAAAGCCAUCUGAAGGUGUUAAGAUCGCCACAAAGAGAAAUCUUGCUACAGUUGAGUUGUUCAGUGUUAACAGGAAGCAAACAGGAGACUACACUAUUACUGCUGAAAAUGCAAGUGGAUCAAAGUCAGCAACCAUUAGGCUUAAAGUACUUGAUAAGCCUGGCCCACCAGCUUCUGUCAAAAUCAAACAUAUGUAUGCUGACCGCGCAAUGCUUUCUUGGGAGCCUCCUCUGGAAGAUGGAGGUUCAGAAAUUACCAACUACAUUGUAGACAAGCGUGAAACAAGCAGACCUAACUGGGCCCAAGUCAGUGCCAAUGUACCCAUUACCAGCUGCACAGUGGAGAAACUAAUAGAAGGACAUGAGUACCAGUUCCGCAUUUGUGCUGAAAACAAAUAUGGUGUUGGAGACCCCAUCUUAACUGAACCAGCGGUUGCUAAGAAUCCCUAUGAUGUACCCGGACCUUGUGAUCCACCAGUAAUUAGCAAUGUGACAAAAGACUUUAUGACUGUUAGCUGGAAGCCGCCAGCUAGUGAUGGUGGAUCCCCGAUAACCGGUUAUAUACUUGAGAAGCGUGAAACGAAGGCUCUUAACUGGACAAAAGUAAACAGAAAGCCUGUCAUUGAAAGAACUGUAAAAGCUACUGGACUCCAAGAAGGAACAGAAUAUGAGUUCCGGGUGAUAGCAUUGAAUAAGGCUGGACCUGGCAAGCCCAGCGCACCAUCUAAAGCAGUGUAUGCUCGUGAUCCUCAAUAUCCUCCUGGCCCACCUGCUUUCCCAAAAGUGGUUGAUACUACUCGUAAUUCGAUUAGCCUGUCAUGGAGCAAACCAGCGUAUGAUGGAGGAAGCCCUAUCAUUGGUUAUCUAGUGGAAUCAAAAAGAGCUGACACAGACAACUGGGUCAGAUGCAAUCUACCCAAGAAUUUACAGGCUACACAUUUUGUGGUAACAGGGCUGAUGGAAGAUACAGAGUACCAGUUCCGUGUAUAUGCUGUCAAUAAGAUUGGAUACAGCGAUCCAAGUGAUGUUCCUGAUAAACACACUGCCAAAGACAUUUUAAUUCCACCUGAAGGAGAACUUGAUGCAGAGCUAAGAAAAGUCCUUGUGUUGCGUGCUGGAGUCACAAUGAGACUUUAUGUGCCAGUAAGAGGACGUCCACCUCCUAAGAUUUCAUGGUCUAAAGUGGGUGCCAACCUAAGAGAUAGACAAGGAUUAGACAUCAAGUCAACUGAUUUUGAUACCUUCCUGCGUUGUGAAAAUGUAAAUAAAUACGAUGCUGGAAAAUACGUCCUCAGUCUGGAGAACAGCUGUGGCAAAAAGUCAUAUACCAUUGUUGUAAAAGUACUUGAUACGCCAGGCCCACCCAUUAACCUGAUUGUAAAGGAAGCAUCUAAAGAUUCUGCCUUCAUUACAUGGGAACCUCCUCUAGUAGAUGGGGGCAGUCCAAUCAAAAAUUAUGUUGUUGAAAAACGUGAUGCAGAAAGAAAAUCAUGGUCCACAGUAACAACAGAGUGUCCAAAGACAAGCUACAGGAUAACUAACUUAGAAGAAGGCAAAUCUUACUUCUUCAGAGUUUUUGCUGAAAAUGAAUAUGGUAUUGGUGAUCCUUGUGAAACUCGUGAUGCUGUCAAAGCUUCUGAAACACCUGGGCCGGUUGUGGAUCUAAAAGCUUCAGCUGUUACAAAAUCCUCAUGCAAUUUGGUAUGGAAGAAACCUAUCAGUGACGGUGGAAGCCGUAUUUCUGCAUAUAUUGUUGAAGUUCUGGUUGGUGAUAAUAAAUGGCAAGAAGUCAUGCGGGGAAAGAAUCUCCAUUUUUCAAUGAGAGACUUAAAAGAAGGACAAGAAUACACUUUCAGAGUGAAGGCCCAAAAUGAUGCUGGAUAUGGAACUCCAUCAGAGAUCACAAUUGUAGCAAGAGAUGAUGUUGCGGCACCUGAACUUGACUUAAGAGAUCUACCUGAUUUGUGCUAUACAGCUAAAGAGGGUAGCAAUUUCCGUCUUAAAAUCCCUAUGAAAGGCAAGCCUGUCCCAACUGUGACUUGGAAGAAGGAUGAAGACCAGGCAAUUACUGAGAGUGGGAGAGUUGCAUUUGAAUCUACAGCAGUUAACACCACUCUUGUAGUACACGACUGCCAGAAAGCUGAUGCAGGAAAAUACACAAUAACUCUGAAGAAUGUUGCUGGCAGCAAGGAAGGCACUAUUUUUGUGAAAGUUGUUGGCAAACCUGGCAUACCAACAGGUCCAGUGAAAUUUGACGAAGUCACAGCUGAUGCCAUUACCUUAAAAUGGGGCCCUCCAAAAGACGAUGGUGGUUCAGAAAUCACUAACUAUGUUCUAGAGAAGAGAGAUAACAUAAAUAAUAAGUGGGUGACUUGUGCCUCUGCAGUCCAGAAAACCACAUUUAGAGUUACAAGGCUUCAUGAAGGAAAUGAAUAUACAUUCAGGAUCAGGGCUGAAAACAAAUAUGGAGUAGGGGAAGGUCUUAAAUCAGAGCCUGUCAUUGCAAAACAUCCAUUUGAUGUCCCAGAUGCUCCUCCACCUCCCAAUAUUGUUGCUGUUCGGCAUGAGUCUGUAGCUUUAACUUGGACUGAUCCCAGAAGAAAUGGAGGUUCACCAAUCACAGGUUAUCACAUUGAAGUUAAAGAAAGAAAUAGUCUUCUGUGGAAGAGAGCAAAUACCACGCCAAUAAGAAUGAAAGAUUUCAGAGUGACAGGGUUAACUGAAGGUCUGGAAUAUGAAUUCAGAGUAAUGGCAAUCAAUAUGGCUGGAGUAGGUAAACCAAGUCUCCCAUCUGAACCAGUUGUGGCACUUGAUCCUAUUGAUCCUCCUGGGAAACCUGAAGUUAUCAAUGUAACCAGGAACUCAGUAACACUCAUUUGGACAGAACCAAAAUAUGAUGGUGGACAUAAAUUAACUGGCUAUAUCGUAGAAAAGCGUGAUUUACCCAAAAAGACAUGGAUGAAAGCUAAUCACGUGAAUGUUCCAGACUGUGCAUUUACUGUAACUGACCUUACUGAAGGCUGCAAAUAUGAAUUCAGAAUUAGAGCUAAGAAUACCGCUGGAGCUAUCAGUCCUCCAUCUGAAUCCACAGGAACCAUAAUAUGCAAGGAUGAGUAUGAGGCACCAAGCAUUGUUCUGGAUCCUACUGUGAAGGAAGGUUUAACAGUGAAAGCAGGGGAAACCAUCACACUGUCUGCUAUUAGUAUCCGUGGCAAACCACCUCCGACUUCAGCAUGGUCAAAAGCUGGAAAAGAUUUUAGACCCUCAGAGCUUGUGCACAUUGAAACCAAACCAACUUCUUCUACUCUAAGUGUCAAAUAUGCAGCCAGAAAAGAUUCUGGAGAAUACACCAUCACUGCAACCAAUCCUUUCGGCACUAAGCAGGAGACUGUACAUGUGAAAGUUUUAGAUAUUCCAGGACCUCCAGGGCCUAUUGAGAUCAGCAAUGUUUCAGCAGAAAAAGCAACUCUUACAUGGACACCUCCUGCAGAAGAUGGUGGAUCACCAGUAAAAUCAUACGUUCUUGAAAAGAGAGAAACAAGUCGUCUGCUCUGGACAUUGGUUGCUGAAAACAUUGAGAGCUGUAGGCAUGUUGUUAGCAAGCUCAUUCAAGGAAAUGAAUAUGUUUUCCGUGUCUCAGCAGUAAAUCAGUAUGGCCAGGGUGAACCAGUACAAUCAGAACCAGUUAAAAUGGUGGAUAGAUUUGGUCCUCCAGGCCCUCCUGGAAAACCAGAAGUAACAAAUGUAACUAAAAAUACUGUCACAGUUACAUGGAAAAGGCCAGUCGAUGAUGGUGGCAGUGAAAUCACAGGUUACCAUGUGGAGCGAAGAGAAAAGAAGGGUUUAAGAUGGGUGAGAGCAACAAAGAAACCAGUUUCAGAUCUUAGAUGCAAAGUAACUGGUCUUCUGGAAGGAAAUGAAUAUGAAUUCCGUGUCAGCGCAGAAAACAGAGCUGGAGUCGGACCACCAAGUGAUACUUCAAACUCAGUCCUUUGCAAAGAUGUUGCAUACCCACCAGGUCCACCUGCAAAUCCAAGAGUGACUGAUACCACAAAGACAAGUGCAUCUUUAGCCUGGAGCAAGCCUCACUAUGAUGGUGGUCUUGAAAUCACUGGCUACAUAGUAGAGCAUCAAAAAGAAGGAGAAGAUGAAUGGGUGAAAGACACAAUAGGGACUGCUUUAAGAAUCACUCAGUUUGUUGUAUCUCAUCUGCAGACCGGAGCCAAGUAUAAUUUCAGAAUCUCUGCCAUGAAUGCUGCAGGUGUUGGUGAACCAGCAAUAAUUCCAAGUGUGGAAAUUGUUGACCGAGAAGAGAUUCCUGACUUUGAACUGGAUGCUGAGCUAAGAAGAACACUUGUUGUUAGAGCUGGAUUAACAAUUCGGAUUUUUGUACCAAUUAAAGGACGUCCAACUCCAGAAGUUACAUGGACAAAAGAUGAUGUUUCACUCAAAGGACGUGCCAGUAUUGAAAAUACGGACUCUUUUACACUCUUGAUUGUCACAGAGUGCACCAGAUAUGAUGCGGGAAAAUAUGUAAUGACUCUUGAAAACGCUGCUGGUAAGAAGACUGGCUUUGUAAAUGUAAAAGUCUUGGAUACACCAGGUCCACCAAUAAACCUUAAGCCUAGAGAAAUAACCAAAGACAGUAUCACCCUCCAAUGGGAUAUGCCUCUGGUAGAUGGAGGUUCACGUAUAACAAACUAUAUUGUUGAGAAACGUGAAUCAACUCGGAAGGCAUAUUCAACAGUUACAACCAACUGCCAGAAGUGUUCCUUCAAGAUUCCUAACUUGGCUGAGGGGUGUGAAUACUAUUUCAGAGUACUGGCUGAAAAUGAAUAUGGUAUUGGUGAACCAGCUGAAACUACAGAGCCAGUAAAAGCUUCCGAGGCCCCAUCCCCACCUGAGAGCCUUAAUAUUAUGGAUGUAACACGGAACUCAGUUAGCCUAGCUUGGCCAAAACCAGAACAUGAUGGUGGCAGCAAGAUCACUGGGUAUGUAAUUGAAGCACAGAGAAAAGGAACCAACCAGUGGGCACACAUCACCACUGUAAAAACGCUGGACUGUGUAGUAAAGAAUCUAACUGAAAAUGAAGAGUAUACUUUCCAGGUUAUGGCAGUAAACAGUGCUGGAAGAAGUGCCCCAAGGGAAAGCAGACCAGUUAUUAUCAAGGAACAAACAAUGCUACCAGAGUUUGACCUCCGUGCUAUUUACCAGAAAACAGUCAUUGCCAAAGCUGGUGACAAUAUCAAGAUUGAAAUCCCUGUACUUGGUCGUCCAAGGCCCACUGUGACUUGGAAGAAAGAAGACCAGAUACUUAAGCAAACACAAAGGGUAAAUUAUGAAAAUACAGCAACUGCAACCAUACUUACCAUCAAUGAAUGUAUUCGAAGUGACAGUGGUCAAUAUCCACUGUCAGCUAAAAAUAUUGUUGGAGAAGUUAGUGAAGUAAUCACAGUCCAGGUUCAUGACAUACCUGGACCACCUACUGGACCAAUCAAAUUUGAAGAAAUUUCAUGUGAUUUCCUAACAUUCUCGUGGGAGCCUCCUUUGAAUGAUGGUGGUGUACCAAUAAGUAAUUACAUUGUAGAAAUGCGUCAGACUGACAGUACCACAUGGACCGAAUUGGCAACGACGGUGAUACGUACUACAUUUAAAGCCAUUCGUCUCACUACUGGAGUUGAGUAUCAGUUCCGUGUUAAAGCUCAAAACAGAUAUGGAGUUGGUCCAGCCAUUACUUCAGAGUCUGUAGUUGCCAACUACCCAUUUAAGGUACCUGGGCCUCCUGGCACUCCUCAGGUGAUCGCGGUAACCAAAGAAUCCAUGACCAUUAGCUGGAAUGAGCCAGUUACUGAUGGUGGAAGCCCAAUACUGGGAUAUCAUAUUGAAAGAAAAGAGAGAAACAGCAUUGUUUGGCAGACUGUAAGUAAAAUGUUGGUGUCAGGAAAUAUCUUUAAAUCAUCUGGACUUACCGAUGGCAUUGCAUAUGAAUUCCGUGUUAUAGCAGAAAAUCUAGCUGGAAAGAGUAAGCCAAGCAAGCCAUCUGAGCCUGUGUUUGCCCUGGACCCAAUAGAUCCACCUGGUAAGCCAAUACCUCUGAACAUUACAAGACACGCAGUUACACUGAAGUGGACUAAACCAGAAUAUAAUGGAGGUUUUAAGAUAACUGGCUACACUGUUGAAAAAAGAGACCUUCCUAAUGGCCGUUGGCUGAAGGCUAAUUUCAGCAAUAUACUAGAGACUGAAUUCACUGUGAGUGGUUUGACAGAAGAUGCUGCCUAUGAAUUCCGUGUCAUUGCUAGGAAUGCUGGUGGAGCUGUUAGUCAGCCCUCAGAGCCAUCAGAUGCAAUCACUUGCAGAGAUGACAUUGAAGCACCAAGGAUAAAGGUGGAUGCUAAAUACAAGGACACCAUAGUGCUGAAAGCAGGGGAAGUUUUCAGACUUGAGGCUGAUGUUUCAGGUCGUCCUCCACCAACUAUGACAUGGACAAAGGGAGAAAAAGAACUCGAAGACACAGCAAAAUUGGAAAUAAAAAUAGCAGAUUUCUCUACCAUUCUCAUCAACAAAGAUUCCUCGAGAAGAGAUGGUGGUGCUUAUACGCUUACUGCAACAAACCCUGGUGGCUUUGCCAAGCAUAUCUUCAAUGUUAAAGUUCUUGAUAGACCAGGUCCCCCAGAAGGGCCUUUGGCUGUGUCUGAAGUCACUGCAGAAAAAUGUGUGCUGUCAUGGCUACCCCCAUUGGAUGAUGGAGGAGCAAAGAUUGACCAUUAUGUGGUUGAAAAACGUGAAACAAGUAGAUUGGCAUGGACAUCUGUAGGCACAGAGGUUCCAGUGACGAAACUGAAGGUUACUAAAUUGUUGAAGGGCAAUGAGUACGUGUUCCGAGUUAUGGCUGUUAACAAAUAUGGAGUUGGUGAGCCUCUGGAAUCAGAGCCUGUUCUGGCAGUAAAUCCGUAUGUUCCACCUGAUCCACCUAAGACACCUGAAGUUACAGCAAUUACAAAGGAUUCUAUGGUUGUGUGUUGGGGCCAUCCUGAUUCUGAUGGUGGGAGCCCAAUAACUAACUAUAUUGUGGAACGUCGAGACAAGGCUGGUCUACGGUGGGUGAAAUGUAACAAAAGGGUUGUUACUGACUUACGUUAUAAAGUGUCUGGACUGACAGAAGGCCAUGAAUAUGAAUACAGAGUCAUGGCAGAAAAUGCUGCUGGUGUCAGUGAGCCAAGCCCAACCAGUCCAUUCUACAAAGCCUGUGAUACUGUAUUUAAGCCUGGUCCCCCAGGCAAUCCUCGUGUUUUGGAUAGCAGCAAGUCCUCUAUUACAAUAGCUUGGAACAAACCAAUAUAUGAUGGUGGUUCAGAGAUCACAGGUUACAUGGUUGAGAUUGCACUACCUGAAGAAGAUGAGUGGAAGAUUGUAACUCCACCAAUGGGUCUAAAGGCCACUUCUUUUACCAUCACUGACCUGAAAGAAAAUCAAGAGUAUAAAAUACGGAUAUAUGCUAUGAACUCUGAAGGUCUUGGGGAACCUGCUCUUGUUCCUGGCACUCCAAAAGCUGAAGAAAGAAUGCUACCUCCAGAGAUUGAACUUGAUGCAGAACUACGUAAAGUUGUAACUAUUAGAGCUUGCUGUACUCUGAGACUUUUUGUCCCAAUUAAAGGAAGACCAGCACCUGAAGUAAAAUGGACAAGAGAACAUGGGGAAUCUUUGGAUAGAGCGAGCAUUGAAUCAACAAGCUCUUAUACUUUACUUAUUGUUGAAAAUGUAAAUAGAUUUGAUAGUGGCAAAUACAUACUGACAAUUGAAAACAGCUCAGGCAGUAAGACAGCAUUUGUGAAUGUCAGAGUUCUUGAUACUCCGGGGGCACCUCAAGAUUUGAAAAUAAAGGAAGUUACAAAAUCCUCAGUUACACUUACUUGGGAACCUCCUCUCAUAGAUGGUGGCUCUAAAAUAAAAAAUUACAUCGUUGAAAAGCGUGAAUCAACAAGAAAAGCUUAUUCAACUGUUAAUGCCAAUUGCCACAAAACCAGCUGGAAAGUUGAUUCACUGCAAGAAGGCUGCAACUACUACUUCAGAGUCUUAGCUGAAAAUGAGUAUGGAAUUGGCCUUCCAGUGGAAACUUCAGAAUCCAUAAAAGUAUCAGAAAGACCACUUCCACCAGGAAAAAUAACUUUGUUGGAUGUGACAAGAAAUAGCGUGAGCUUAUCUUGGGAAAAACCAGAACAUGAUGGUGGUAGCAGAAUUCUGGGCUAUAUUGUAGAAAUGCAAAGCAAAGGCAGUGAAAAGUGGUCAACCUGUGCUACAGUAAAAGUUACUGAAGCCACCAUCACAGGAUUGAUCCAAGGUGAAGAAUACAACUUCCGUGUUUCAGCUCAGAAUGAGAAAGGUAUCAGUGAUCCUCGCCAGCUGGGUAUACCAGUUGUUGCAAAAGAUCUUGUGAUCCCACCAGCUUUCAAACUACUGUUUACCACUUUCAGUGUUCUAGCAGGUGAGGACUUAAAGGUUGAUGUUCCUUUUGUUGGUCGACCCAAACCAGCAGUGUCUUGGCAUAAAGACAACGUGGCAUUGAAGCAGACUACAAGAGUAAAUGCAGAAAGCUCGGAAAACAACACAGUGUUAACAAUAAAAGAAGCAUGCAGAGAAGAUGUGGGAACAUAUUUAGUUAAACUUACAAACUCUGCUGGUGAAGCAACUGAGACACUAAAUAUUGUUGUCCUUGAUAAACCGGGACCUCCAACUGGACCAGUAAAAGUAGAUGAAGUAACAGCAGACAGUAUUACUAUUUCCUGGGAACCACCCAAGUAUGAUGGUGGUAGCUCUAUCAAUAAUUACAUUGUAGAAAGAAGAGACACUUCCACCACCACAUGGCACAUUGUGUCAGCUACUGUUGCAAGAACAACUAUAAAAGCAUGUCGUUUAAAGACUGGCUGUGAAUAUCAGUUCAGAAUCGCAGCUGAGAACAGAUAUGGGAAGAGUACGUAUCUCACCUCAGAGUCAAUAAUAGCCCAAUACCCAUUUAAAGUUCCUGGUCCACCUGGAACUCCUUUUGUAACAAAUAUCUCAAAAGACAGCAUGGUGGUACAGUGGCACGAGCCAGUCAAUGAUGGCGGCAGCAGGAUCAUUGGUUAUCACUUGGAGCGCAAAGAAAGAAACAGCAUUCUGUGGGCUAAACUGAAUAAAACACCUCUUCCAGAUACCAAAUUCAAGACAACUGGCCUUGAGGAAGGUCUUGAAUAUGAAUUCAGAGUCUCUGCAGAAAACAUAGUGGGAAUUGGAAAGGCAAGUAGAGCAUCUGAAUGCUAUACUGCACGUGACCCAUGUGACCCUCCAGGUCGUCCAGAGCCUGUAAUUGUCACAAGAAGCUCAGUAACACUCCAGUGGAAGAAACCGAUAUAUGAUGGUGGAAGCAAAAUCACAGGCUAUGUUGUUGAAAAGAAAGAAUUACCUGAUGGCCGUUGGAUGAAAGCAAGCUUUACAAAUGUUAUUGAUACUCAGUUUGAAGUAACUGGUCUAGUUGAAAACCAGAGAUAUGAGUUUCGUGUUAUAGCACGAAAUGCCGCAGGUGUUUUCAGUGAACCAUCUGAGAGCUCAGGGGCAAUUACAGCAAGAGAUGAAGUAGAACCACCUCAAAUAAGUAUGGAUCCAAAAUUCAGAGACACUAUUGUAGUGCAUGCUGGUGAGUCAUUCAAGCUUGAUGCCGAUAUUCAUGGCAAGCCAUUACCUUCCAUUCAGUGGUUUAAAGGUGACCGUGAGCUGACAAGCACCGCUCAUAUGGAAAUAAAAUCUACUGAUUUUGCCACAAGCCUCAGUGUGAAGGAAGCCACACGAGUUGACAGUGGGCAGUAUGUACUACUGGCAAAGAAUGUUGCAGGUGAAAAGAAGGUUCCCGUUAAUGUCAAAGUUCUUGAUAGACCUGGACCUCCAGAAGGACCUGUUGAGUUUACAGGUGUUACAGCUGAAAAAUGCACACUAUCAUGGAAACCUCCACUACAAGAUGGUGGUAGCGAUAUUUCACACUACGUUGUAGAAAAAAGGGAAACCAGCCGCUUGGUGUGGACUGUCGUUGACUCAAAUGUGCAAACCCUGAAUUGCAAAGUUACAAAACUUCUAGAAGGAAAUGAGUAUGUUUUCCGCAUCAUGGCAGUAAAUAAAUACGGUGUUGGUGAACCUCUUGAGUCUGACCCAGUAGUCGCAAAGAACCCAUUUGUUGUGCCCCUUCCUCCAAAGGCUCCUGAAGUCACAGCCGUUACCAAGGAUUCUAUGAUAGUUGUUUGGGAAAGACCAGCCUCAGAUGGCGGCAGUGAAAUCCUGGGCUACGUCCUUGAAAAACGAGAUAAGGAAGGUAUUCGCUGGACAAGAUGUAACAAACGCCUGAUAAGUGAACUGCGGUACAGAGUGACUGGCCUAAUAGAAAAUCAUGAUUAUGAGUACAGAGUUUCAGCCGAAAAUGCUGCUGGUCUUAGUGAACCAAGUCCACCUUCUACUUAUUACAAAGCAUGUGAUCCUAUUUACAAGCCAGGUCCACCCAAUAAUCCUAAAGUUACGGAUGUUACAAGAUCUUCAGUUUUUCUUUCAUGGGGUAAACCUAUAUACGAUGGUGGCUCUGAAGUUCAGGGAUACAUUGUGGAAAAAUGUGAUGUAAGUGAUGGUGAAUGGGCAAUUUGUACCCCUCCAACUGGAAUUAAGAAUACUCACAUGGAAGUAGAAAAAUUAGUAGAAAAACAUGAGUACAAAUUCCGCAUAUGUGCAGUUAAUAAAGCAGGAGUUGGAGAGCAUGCAGAUGUUCCUGGUUCUGUUAUUGUAGAAGAAAAGAUGGAAGCACCAGACCUUGACCUUGACAUGGAAUUAAGGAAGAUUGUAAAUGUGAGAGCAGGAGGUUCCUUAAGACUGUUUGUUCCCAUCAGAGGUCGUCCAACACCUGAAGUAAAAUGGGGUAAAGUGGAAGGUGACAUCAGAGAAGCAGCUGUUAUUGAUACCACUAGUAGCUUUACUUCCCUUGUUCUAGAUAACGUUAACAGAUUUGAUAGCGGAAAGUAUACUCUGACCUUGGAAAACAGCAGUGGAACGAAGUCUGCCUUUGUCAGUGUUAGAGUACUGGAUACCCCAAGUGCACCUGUUAAUUUGAAAAUCAGAGAGAUCACUAAAGACUCUGUUUCACUUUCAUGGGAGCCUCCUCUCUUGGAUGGUGGAGCAAAAAUAAAGAAUUUCAUUAUUGAAAAGCGUGAAGCAACAAGAAAGGCAUAUGCAGCUGUUGUAACAAACUGCCAUAAGACUUCAUGGAAAGUAGAUCAGCUUCAGGAGGGCUGCUAUUACUUCUUCAGAGUCUCUGCUGAGAAUGAAUAUGGAAUUGGCCUCCCUGCAGAAACCAGUGACCCAAUUAAAGUUGCUGAAGUUCCACAGCCUCCUGGAAAAAUAACAGUGGAUGAUGUCACAAGAAACAGUGUCUCGCUAAGCUGGGCAAAACCUGAACAUGAUGGUGGUAGCAAAAUCAUACAGUAUAUUGUUGAAAUGCAAGCAAAGGGUAGUGAGAAGUGGUCGGAGUGUGCUCGUGUUAAAACACUUGAAGCAGUUGUUACUAAUCUAACUCAAGGGGAAGAAUAUCUUUUUAGAGUAAUGGCUGUAAAUGAAAAGGGUAAGAGUGAUCCUAGAGCACUUGCAGUUCCAAUAGUUGCCAAAGACCUGGUGAUUGAACCUGAUGUAAGACCUGCUUUCCACAGUUACAGUGUUCAGGUGGGACAGGACCUAAAAGUAGAAAUACCAAUUGCAGGUCGGCCUAAACCAACUGUUACCUGGGUUAAAGAUGGCCAGCCAUUAAGGCAGACAACAAGAAUCAAUGUUAGUGAUUCAGCUGAUCUCACUGUACUGAAUCUUAAGGAAACUUGCAAAGAAGACAGUGGCACUUAUGAAAUCACUGUGGCUAAUGUUGUUGGGCAAAAGUCUGCCUCUGUUGAAAUUAUUACCCUAGACAAACCUGACCCUCCAGCUGGACCUGUGAAGUUUGAUGAAAUAAGUGCAGAAAGUAUUACCCUGUCAUGGAAUCCUCCAGUGUACACAGGCGGCUGCCAAAUCACCAACUAUGUUGUUCACAAGAGAGAUACAACAACCACUGUAUGGGAUACAGUUUCAGCUACUGUUGCAAGAACUACACUGAAGGUGACUAAACUGAAAACCGGUUCAGAAUACCAGUUCAGAAUAUUUGCUGAGAACAGGUAUGGGCGGAGUUUUGCAUUGGAAUCUGCACCGGUUGUAGCACAGUAUCCGUACAAGGAACCAGGACCUCCUGGCACACCAUUUGUGACAACAGUCACGAAAGACUCCAUGGUUGUACAGUGGCAUGAGCCAGUAAAUGAUGGUGGCAGUAAAGUGUUGGGCUACCAUCUUGAGAGGAAGGAGAAAAAUAGCAUUCUGUGGACUAAAGUAAACAAGACUAUUAUUCAGGACACAAGUUUUAAGACAAAUAACCUUGAAGAGGGAAUUGAAUAUGAGUUUCGAGUUUCUGCAGAAAAUAUCGUUGGUGUAGGCAGAACAAGUAAAGUUUCUGAGUGCUAUGUAGCUCGUGAUCCAUGUGAUCCUCCAGGUCGCCCAGAAGCUAUAAUAAUAAAAAGAAGCUCUAUUACUCUACAGUGGACCAAACCAGAAUAUGAUGGUGGAAGUAAGGUUACCGGUUAUAUUGUAGAAAAACGUGACUUACCAGAUGGUCGGUGGAUGAAAGCGAGCUUCACAAAUAUCAUUGAAACUCAGUUCACUGUAACAGGACUUACUGAAGACCAAAGAUACGAGUUUAGAGUAAUUGCAAAGAAUGCUGCAGGUGCAAUAAGCAAACCUUCUGACAGUACAGGACCAAUAACAGCAAGGGAUGAAGUUGAUCUUCCACGAAUUUCAAUGGAUCCAAAGUACAAAGACACUAUUGUUGUAAAUGCUGGUGAAACAUUCAGACUUGAGGCUGAUGUUCAUGGAAAGCCAUUACCAACCAUUAAGUGGUAUAAAGGAGAUAAAGAGCUUGAGGACACUGCUAGAUAUGAAAUAAAGAACACAGAUUUCAGUGCACUAAUAAUUGUAAAAGAUGCUAUUAGAGUUGAUGGUGGUCAGUACAUUCUAGAAGCCUCUAAUGUUGCAGGAACAAAGACAGUAACAGUAAAUGUAAAAGUCUUGGACAGGCCAGGACCUCCAGAGGGCCCAGUCCAAGUGACAGGAGUUACAGCUGAAAAAUGUGCACUGGCAUGGGGUCCUCCUCUUCAUGACGGUGGCAGUGAUAUUUCUCAUUACAUUGUAGAGAAGAGAGAAACUAGCCGCCUGGCAUGGACUGUGGUUGCUUCGGAAGUUUUACCUACAAUGCUAAAAGUAACAAAACUCUUGGAAGGAAAUGAAUACGUCUUCCGUAUCAUGGCAGUUAACAAAUAUGGGGUUGGUGAGCCAUUAGAAUCUGUGCCAGUAAUGAUGAAAAAUCCAUUCGUGGUUCCUGGACCACCAAAAGCCUUGGAAAUUACCAACAUCACAAAGGAUUCUAUGACUGUCUGCUGGACCAGGCCAGAUAGUGAUGGAGGUAGUGAAAUCAUAGGUUACAUUGUAGAAAAGAGAGACCGAGCAGGCAUCAGAUGGAUAAAAUGCAAUAAACGCCGCAUUACAGAUUUGCGGUUAAGAGUUACCGGUUUAACAGAGGAUCAUGAAUAUGAAUUCAGAGUUUCUGCUGAAAAUGCUGCUGGAGUUGGUGAACCAAGCCAAGUUUCUCCCUACUUCAAAGCUUGUGACCCAAUGUUCAAGCCUGGCCCACCUACAAAUGCCCAUGUUGUGGAUACCACCAAAAAUUCAGUUACGCUUGGUUGGAGUAAACCUAUUUAUGAUGGUGGUUGUGAAAUCCAGGGGUACCUUGUAGAAAUCUGUAAAGCAGAGGAAGAUGAAUGGUCACUUGUUACUCCACAGACAGGUAUACGUGCCACUCGAUUUGAGAUCAAAAAGCUUACUGAACAUCAAGAAUACAAACUACGAGUGUGUGCUCUCAACAAGAUUGGUGUGGGAGAGGCUGCAUCAGUUCCUGGUACUAUUAAACCAGAAGACAAACUUGAAGCUCCAGAGCUUGAUAUUGAUUCAGAGCUAAGGAAAGGGAUAGUGGUUAGAGCUGGUGGGUCUGCUAGGAUUCACAUACCAUUCAGGGGACGACCAACACCUGACAUCACAUGGUCCCGGGAAGAAGGCGAAUUCUCAGAAAAAGUUCAGAUUGAUAAAGGCAUAAACUACACACAACUUUCAAUUGACAACUGUGAUAGAAAUGAUGCUGGAAAGUAUAUUCUCAAGCUAGAGAACAGCAGUGGUUCUAAAUCUGCAUUUGUUACAGUGAAAGUCUUAGACACGCCAGGACCCCCACAGAACUUAGUGGUAAAGGAUGUAAAGAAGGAUUCUGCUGUAUUAUCUUGGGAGCCACCGAUUAUUGAUGGUGGUGCAAAGGUAAAGAAUUAUGUGAUAGACAAGCGUGAGUCAACCAGGAAGGCAUUUGCAAAUGUAAGUGCUAAGUGUGGCAAGACUAGUUUUAAAGUUGAAAAUCUUACAGAAGGAGCAAUUUACUACUUCAGAGUUAUGGCUGAAAAUGAAUAUGGAAUUGGUGUUCCAGUUGAAACCAAGGAUGCUGUCAAAGCCUCAGAGCCACCUUUGCCUCCUGGGAAAGUAACACUCACUGAUGUGACUCAGAGAAGUGCAUCACUUAUGUGGGAAAAACCUGAGCAUGAUGGAGGUAGCAGAAUUCUGGGAUACCUUGUUGAAAUGUUGCCUAAAGGAACAGAAAAAUGGAGUGUUGUUAGUGAGACCAAAACUUGUAAUGCAGAGGUGUCUGGUUUGAGUCCAGGACAGGAAUAUCAAUUCCGUGUGAUUGCCUACAAUGAAAAAGGCAAAAGUGAUCCCAGAGCACUUGGAAUUCCUGUGAUAGCUAAAGACUUGACUAUUGAGCCAAGUUUCAAACUGAUGUUUAAUACAUACAGUGUACAAGCUGGAGAAGAUCUGAAGGUAGAAGUACCAUUUAUUGGCAGACCCAAACCUACGAUUACUUGGACAAAAGAUGAGCAGCCACUGAAACAGACAACCAGAUUAAAUAUUCAGAAUACAACAACAUCAACUAUUUUGCAUAUAAAAGAAAGCAACAGAGAAGACUUUGGUAAAUAUACAGUAACAGCAACAAAUUCAGCUGGUACAGCAACAGAGCACCUGAGCAUAAUCGUACUAGAAAAGCCUGGCCCACCACGAGGACCUGUCCGCUUUGAUGAAAUUAGUGCGGACUUUGUUGUUUUAUCAUGGGAUCCACCUGAUUAUACUGGUGGCUGCCAGAUAAGUAACUAUAUAGUAGAAAAGCGUGACACAAGCACUACCACGUGGAGCAUCGUGUCAGCAACAGUUGCAAGAACAACCAUAAAAGCAACAAAGCUUAAAACAGGUUCUGAAUACCAGUUCAGGAUUUCUGCUGAAAAUAGAUACGGAAAGAGCUCUCCUUUGGCUUCUAAAUCAGUUGUUGUGCAAUACCCCUACAAGGUGCCUGGACCACCUGGAACCCCAUUUGUUACAGCAGCUUCCAAGGACCAUAUGAUUGUACAAUGGCAUGAACCAGUUAAUGACGGAGGAAGCAAAAUUCUUGGCUAUCAUCUUGAGCGUAAAGAUAAGAACAGCAUUCUUUGGACAAAACUGAACAAAUCACUUAUUGUGGACACCAAAUAUAAAACAGACGGCCUUGAAGAAGGUCUUGAAUAUGAGUUCAGAGUUUCUGCUGAAAACAUUGUUGGCAUUGGCAAAGUCAGCAAAGUAUCAGAACUGUAUGUUGCCCGAGAUCCUUGUGACCCACCUGGCCGCCCAGAGGCCAUUGUUGUUACAAGAAGUAAUAUCACACUGAAGUGGAAAAAGCCAGAAUAUGAUGGUGGAAGCAAAAUAACUGGUUAUAUUGUAGAAAAGAAAGAACUGCCAGAUGGUCGCUGGAUGAAAGCCAGCUUUACAAAUGUGUUGGAAACAGAAUUCACAGUAAGUGGUCUUGUUGAAAACCAGCGAUAUGAAUUCAGAGUAAUUGCAAGAAAUGCAGCAGGUUGCUUUAGUGAACCAUCUGAAAGUACAGGACCUAUUACUGCCAGAGAUGAAAUUGAAGCACCAGGAGCUUCACUGGAUCCUAAAUACCGAGAUGUCAUUGUUGUUCACGCUGGUGAAACCUUUGUUCUUGAAGCUGAUAUCCAUGGGAAACCUAUUCCUGACAUUACAUGGUCAAAAGAUGGUAAAGACCUUGAAGAAACAACUGCAAGAAUGGAAAUUAAAUCUACCAUUGAGAAAACAAUUCUCACUGUCAAAGACUGUAUAAGAGUAGAUGGAGGUCACUAUACUCUUAACCUCAAAAAUGUUGGUGGCACCAAAUCUAUACCAAUCACUGUAAAAGUGCUUGACAGACCAGGACCUCCAGAAGGACCUUUGAAUGUUACAGGUGUCACUGCAGAAAAAUGCUACUUGUCAUGGUCUCCACCUUUACAUGAUGGUGGUUCUAGUAUCUCACAUUAUAUCAUUGAGAAGAGAGAGACAAGCAGGCUUUCCUGGACUCAAGUAGCCACAGACGUGCAGGCUCUUAAUCACAAAGUAACUAAACUCCUUCCUGGCAAUGAAUACAUUUUCCGCGUAGUAGCUGUGAAUAAAUAUGGAGUUGGAGAGCCCUUGGAAUCUGAACCAGUUGUGGCUCGUAAUCCGUACAAACCCCCUGGCCCCCCUUCAACACCUGAAGUUUCAGCAAUCACAAAAGAUUCUAUGGUGGUAACAUGGGGUCGCCCAGAAGACAAUGGGGGAGCUGAAAUUGAAGGUUACAUACUUGAGAAACGAGACAAAGAUGGUAUCCGAUGGACCAAAUGCAAUAAGAAAAGGCUGACAGACUUGAGAUUCAGAGUAACAGGUCUAACCGAUGGGCAUUUCUAUGAAUUUAGAGUGUCUGCUGAAAAUGCUGCAGGGGUAGGGGAACCCAGUGAGCCAUCCAUUUUCUAUCGUGCUUGUGAUAUAUUAUAUCCACCAGGUCCACCUAGCAAUCCAAAGGUUACAGAUACUUCCAGGUCAUCAGUUUCUCUUGCCUGGAGCAAACCCAUUUAUGAUGGUGGUGCUCCAGUUAAAGGCUAUGUAGUAGAAGUAAAAGAAGCUGCUGCUGAUGAAUGGACUACCUGCACCCCACCAGCAGGCAUCCAAGCAAAACAGUUCACCGUGACAAAGCUAAAAGAGAACCAGGAAUACAACUUCCGCAUCUGUGCUAUCAACUCAGAAGGAGUAGGAGAACCUGCCACUAUACCUGGUGCAGUCUUAGCAGAGGACAAGAUUGAACCUCCUGAAAUUGAACUUGAUGCGGAUCUCAGAAAAGUAGUCACUGUACGUGCUAGUGCUACUUUACGCCUGUUUGUCACCAUCAAAGGAAGACCAGAACCUGAAGUUAAAUGGGAGAAAGCAGAAGGAACAAUUAGUGAGAGAGCUCAGAUUGAAGUCACCAGUUCCUACACGAUGCUGGUCAUUGACAAUGUCAAUAGAUUUGAUAGUGGUAGAUACAAUCUUACUUUAGAGAACAACAGUGGCAAAAAAUCUGCUUUUGUUAAUGUCAGAGUGCUUGAUACACCUAGUGCACCUCUAAACCUGACAAUCAGAGAAGUGAAGAAAGAUUUUGUAACUUUAGCCUGGGAAGCACCACUGAUUGAUGGCGGAGCUAAAAUUACCAACUAUGUAGUUGAAAAGAGAGAGUCCACGAGAAAGGCAUAUGCCACAGUUACAAGCAACUGUACAAAGAAUUCCUUCAAGAUUACUCAGCUACAAGAAGGAUGUAGUUAUUACUUCCGUGUUCUAGCUGUAAAUGAAUAUGGGGCUGGUUUACCAGCAGAAACUGCUGAUCCAGUUAAGGUGUCUGAACCACCUUCUCCACCUUCAAAGGUCGUUCUUGUUGACGUGACUCGCAAUUCUGCUUCAAUUAAAUGGGAAAAGCCAGAGAGUGAUGGUGGUAGUAAAAUUACUGGUUAUAUAGUAGAAAUGCAGAGUAAAGGAAGUGUAAAAUGGAGUGCAUGUACACAGGUGAAAACACUGGAAGCAACAAUAACAGGCUUAACUAUGGGAGAAGAGUACAGUUUCAGGGUUAUUGCUGUUAAUGAAAAAGGAAAAAGUGAUCCAAGAGAACUUGGUGUCCCAGUCAUUGCAAAAGAUAUUGAAAUCCAGCCGUCUGUUGAGCUCCUUUUUAAUACAUUCACAGUGAAAGCUGGAGAUGAUCUUAAGAUUGACAUUCCAUUCAGAGGGCGACCUCUUCCCACUACUAGCUGGAAGAAGGAUGGGAAUCCCUUAAAACAGACAACGAGGGUAAAUGUUCAGACAUCAAAGACUUUAACUUCACUGUCCAUCAAGGAAGCUACAAAUGAAGAUCUGGGGCAUUAUGAAUUACAUCUUUCAAAUACUGCUGGAUCAACAACAGCUUCUCUAACUGUAAUUGUCCUUGAUAGACCAGGACCACCAACUGAUGUUAAAAUUGAUGAAGUUAGUGCUGAUAGUGUAACUCUGUCCUGGAAGCCUCCAGCAUAUGAUGGUGGAUGUCAUAUUAGCAAUUACAUAGUGGAAAAGAGAGAUACUACCACAACAACAUGGGAGGUAGUAUCUGCAGCAGUUGCAAGAACAUCAAUUAAAGUAUCUCGACUUGUCACUGGAUCUGAAUAUCAGUUCCGUGUUUGUGCAGAAAAUCGCUAUGGGAAAAGCACUUACACUAAUUCUCCUUCUGUUGUGGCAGAGUAUCCAUUUAAGCCUCCAGGUCCACCUGGAACACCUCGUGUGGCACAUGCAACUAAAUCUUUCAUGAUUGUAACUUGGCAGGUACCUGUUAAUGAUGGAGGUAGCGUAGUACUAGGAUAUCACUUGGAGCAUAAAGAAAGAAGCAGCAUUCUUUGGACAAAAGUUAACAGGAGCCUCAUAACUGAUACACAAAUGAAAGUUACAGGUCUUGAUGAAGGGCUGAUGUAUGAAUAUCGUGUGUAUGCAGAAAACAUUGCUGGAAUAGGCAAAUGCAGCAAAGCAUGUGAACCUGUUGCUGCAAGAGAUCCAUGUGAUCCUCCUGGUCAGCCAGAAGUUACCAAUAUUACAAGAACAUCUGUCUCAUUGAAGUGGACUAAACCAGAAUACGAUGGUGGAGCUAAAGUAACAGGAUAUAUUAUUGAACGCCGAGAACUACCAGAUGGUCGUUGGCUAAAAUGUAAUUUUACUAAUGUGCAAGAAACAUACUUUGAUGUAGGUGGACUUACAGAGGACCAGCGUUAUGAAUUCCAUGUGAUUGCAAAGAAUGCUGCUGGACUCUUCAGUCAGCCAUCUGAAUCAACUGGACCUGUGACUGUGAAAGAUGAUGUAGAGGCUCCAAGAAUUAUGAUGGAUGCUAAAUUCAGGGAUGUUGUAGUUGUGAAAGCUGGAGAAGUGUUUAAGGUCAAUGCUGAUGUUGCAGGACGGCCAAUACCAGUGAUUUCAUGGACAAAGGAUGGCAAGGAGCUUGAAGGAAAAGCUAGAGUUGAAAUCGUCUCAACAGAUUACACUACUGCAAUAACCGUUAAGGACUGUAUCCGAGGUGACUCAGGACAGUAUGUACUAACAUUACAGAAUGUUGCAGGAACAAAAUCUUUGGCAAUUAACUGCAAAGUACUUGAUAGACCUGGUCCACCUGCAGGUCCUUUAGAAAUAAAUGGCCUUACUGCUGAAAAGUGCCAUUUAUCAUGGGGACCCCCUCAAGAAAACGGUGGUGCCGAUAUUGAUCAUUAUAUUGUGGAAAAACGUGAGACCAGCAGAAUUGCAUGGACACUUUGUGAAGGAGAGCUUAAAACAACAUCUUGUAAAGUGACAAAAUUACUGAAGGGUAAUGAGUAUAUUUUCAGAGUGAUGGGAGUUAACAAAUACGGUGUUGGUGAGCCUCUGGAAAGUGUUGCUGUCAAAGCCCUAGACCCAUUUACAGUUCCAAGCCCACCUACAUCUUUAGAGAUCACCAGUGUGAGCAAAGAUUCAAUAACUCUCUGCUGGGCAAGGCCUGAGUCCGAUGGAGGCAGUGAGAUCUCUGGCUAUGUAAUUGAAAGGCGUGAGAAAACCAGCCUAAGAUGGAUUCGUGUGAACAAAAAGCCAGUUUAUGAUUUAAGAGUGAAGUCACCAGGUCUCCGUGAGGGAUGUGAAUAUGAAUUCCGGGUUUAUGCAGAAAAUGCUGCUGGUCUCAGUCUCCCAAGUGAAACCACACCAUUGAUUAAGGCAGAAGAUCCAAUCUUCUUGCCAUCGCCCCCGUCUAAACCUAAGAUUAUGGAUUCUACAAGGUCAAACAUCACAAUUGGUUGGACAAAGCCACUGUUUGAUGGAGGUGCUCCAGUAACAGGAUACACAGUUGAAUACAAGAAAACCGAUGAAACUGACUGGACAACAGCUAUUCAGAAUUUAAGAGGCACAGAAUAUACCAUAACUGGGUUAACAUCAGGCUCUGAGUAUGUUUUUAGAGUGAAAUCCAUUAACAAAAUGGGUGUCAGUGAACCAAGUGAUGUCUCAGAACCUCAGGUGGCAAAAGAAAGAGAGGAAGAACCUGCCUUUGAAAUUGACAGUGAAAUGCGGAAGACCUUAAUUGUGAAGGCUGGUGGAUCUUUCACAAUGACUGUUCCUUUCAGAGGCAAACCAGUCCCAAAUGUAACAUGGAACAAACCAGACACUGAUCUCCGUACACGGGCAAGCAUUGACACUUCAAGUAAUUGUACAUCUCUUACUAUUGAAAAAGCAACAAGAAAUGAUUCUGGAAAAUACACAUUAACAUUGCAAAACAUCCUGAACACUACUACCUUGACUUUAAUUGUCAAAGUUCUUGAUACGCCUGGCCCGCCAUCCAAUAUCGCAACAAAAGAUGUAACUAAAGAAUCGGCUGUGUUAUCUUGGGAUGUUCCUGAAAAUGAUGGUGGAGCACCUGUAAAGAACUAUGUCAUUGAAAAACGAGAAGCUAGCAAAAAGGCGUGGGUCACUGUGACAAACAACUGUCAUCGCCUGUCCUACAAAGUGACUGGUUUGCAAGAAGGUGCCAUUUACUACUUCCGUGUCUCCGGAGAAAAUGAAUAUGGUGUUGGUGUGCCUUCUGAGACCAAAGAGGGAACAAAAAUAACAGAAAAACCCAGCCCACCAGAAAAGCUAGGAGUGACAAACGUCACAAAGGACAGUGUUUCUCUUUCAUGGCUAAAACCAGAACACGAUGGUGGAAGCAGAAUUGUUAGCUACCUCCUUGAAGCUCUUGAGAAAGGACAGCAAAAAUGGGUUAAGUGUGCAGUUGUAAAGACAACUCAUCAUGUUGUCCACGGUCUUAAGGAAAACGUCGACUAUUUCUUCAGGGUGUCUGCAGAAAACCAAGCAGGUUUAAGUGAUCCUAAAGAACUACUGCUCCCUGUUACAGUUAAAGAACAAUUAGAAUCUCCCGAGAUUGACAUGAAGGGCUUCCCUCAUAACACUGUCUAUGUUCGAGCAGGAUCAAACCUAAAAGUUGAAAUUCCAGUUUUUGGAAAACCGGUGCCAAAGGUCACAUUGUCUAGAGAUGGUGUUGCACUGAAACCUACCAUGAGAUUUCACACAGAAACCACUGCAGAAAGUCUCAUCAUUAACCUUAAAGAAAGUGUGGCUGCUGAUGCUGGCAGAUAUGACAUUACUGCUGCGAACUCAAGUGGCACCACAAAAUCAUUUGUUAAUAUUGUUGUGCUGGAUAGACCCGGUCCUCCUGUUGGUCCUGUUGUCCUUAGCGAUGUCACUGAAGAGAGUGUAACACUCAGAUGGCAACCACCAGCUUAUGAUGGUGGAAGUCAGGUUACCAACUAUAUUGUGCUGAAGAGAGAAACAAGCACUGCAGCUUGGUCUGAAGUGUCUGCCACUGUUGCUAGAACCGUUAUCAAAGUUAUGAGGCUCACAACAGGAGAAGAAUACCAAUUCCGCAUCAAAGCUGAGAACCGCUUUGGCAUCAGCGACCACAUAGACUCGCAAUGUGUGGUUGUCAAGCUUCCUUACACUACCCCGGGCCCUCCUUCCACACCAUGGGUCACUAAUGUUACCCGAGAGAGUAUUACUGUUGGAUGGCAUGAACCAGUCACUAAUGGUGGCAGUGCUGUCAUGGGAUACCACCUGGAGAUGAAAGACAGAAAUAGUAUAUUAUGGCAGAAGGCUAACAAGACCCUUAUUCGUACUACUCAUUUCAAAGUCACCACAAUCAGCGCUGGCCUUAUCUAUGAAUUCAGAGUUUAUGCAGAAAAUGCAGCUGGCAUUGGAAAAGCAAGUCGUCCUUCUGAACCAGUCCUUGCUAUUGAUGCUUGUGAACCACCAAGAAAUGUUCGUGCCUCAGAUAUUUCCAAGACCUCUAUCACUCUCUCCUGGCAGAAGCCAGCAUUUGAUGGUGGUAGCAAAAUCACUGGAUACAUUGUAGAAAAACGUGAUCUUCCAGAUGGCAGAUGGACAAAAGCUAGCUUCACCAAUGUUAUUGAGACUCAGUUCACAGUAUCUGGCCUGACACAGAAUUCCAAGUAUGAAUUCCGGGUCUUUGCAAAGAAUGCUGUUGGUUCCAUUAGUAAUCCCUCGGAUGUUGUGGGUCCUAUCACAUGUGUUGAUACAUACGGUGCACCUGAAAUUGAUGUACCACCAGAAUAUACAGAAGUGGUGAAAUACAAGGCAGGAACUUCAGUUAAGCUAAAAUUAGGCAUCUCAGGCAAGCCUAUACCCACAAUUGAAUGGUUCAAAAAUGGCAAUGAGGUACUCACCAGUGCACUAGUGUCUUUUGAAAACACAACAGAAUUUGCUUCUAUACUCAUCAAGGAUGCAAAUCGACUCGACAGUGGCACCUAUGAAUUAAAAUUGAAGAAUGCCAUGGGUUCAGCAUCAGCCCAUAUUAGAGUACAGAUACUUGACAAGCCAGGACCCCCAGGUGGGCCAAUACAGUUUAAGACAGUCACUGCUGAAAAGAUUACAAUAAUGUGGGACCCGCCAGCAGAUGAUGGUGGUGCACCUAUAACACACUAUGUCGUUGAAAAGCGGGAGACAAGUCGGGUUGUAUGGUCUUUAAUUUCUGAAAAGCUGGAGGGAUGUAUCAUAACUACAACAAAACUCAUCAAAGGAAAUGAAUAUGUGUUCCGUGUCCGUGGUGUGAACAAGUUUGGAAUUGGUGAUCCACUGGAAUCUGAGCCUGUUAUAGCCAAAAAUUCAUUUGUUACACCUGGACCACCUAGUACACCCGAAGUCACGAAGAUAACCAAGAAUUCUAUGACUGUUGUCUGGAAUAGACCCACUGUUGAUGGAGGCAGUGAAAUAUCAGGGUAUUUUCUGGAGAAACGUGACAAGAAGAGUCUAAGUUGGUUCAAGGUCUCUAAAGAAACCAUUCGGGACACCAGACAGAAAGUAACAGGUCUGACUGAAAACAGCGAGUAUCAUUUCCGAGUUUGUGCUGUCAAUGCAGCUGGACCAGGCCCAUUCUCUGAGGCUUCUGACUUCUACAAAGCUGCAGAUCCUAUUGAUAAACCAGGCUCACCAACAAAGCUGAAAGUUGUGGAUACAACCAAGACAUCUGUUACCCUUGGCUGGAUUAAACCUGCUUAUGAUGGAGGAAGUCCAAUUACCCACUACGUGGUGGAGAAGAGGGAAGGUGAAGAGCAAGAAUGGACUGUAGUCAGUACCAAAGGAGAAGUGAGAACAACUGAAUACGUCGUAUCUCACCUUCAGCCAAGUGUUAAUUAUUAUUUCCGUGUAUCUGCUAUGAAUUGUGCUGGACAAGGAGAGCCUAUUGAAAUGAUGGAACCUGUUCAAGCUAAAGAUAUUCUUGUGGCACCAGAGAUUGAUCUGGAUGUUGCUCUUCGGACAUCUAUUGUUGCUAAAGCUGGUGAAGAUGUGGAAAUAAUGAUUCCAUUCAAGGGAAGACCUCCUCCAACGGUCACAUGGAGAAAGGGUGACAAGAAUCUUGGGACUGAUGAAAGAUAUAUCAUCCAAAACACAGAAUCAUCUACACUACUUACUAUUCCUCAAGUUACACGAAAUGAUACAGGAAAAUAUGUUCUUACAAUUGAAAAUGGAGUUGGAGAAGCAAAAUCAUCAUUUGUGAAUGUGAAAGUACUUGACACACCUUCUGCAUGCCAGAAGCUGCAGCUCAAGCAUGUUUCUCGUGGCACAGUUACACUGGUGUGGGAGCCACCUCUCAUCAAUGGUGGUUCUGAAAUAACAAAUUAUGUUGUUGAAAAAAGAGAUGCUACAAAGAGGGCCUGGUCAACUGUUACAACAAAGUGUUCUCAUACCACCUUUAAACUGACUAACCUGUCAGAAAAGACUGCAUUCUUUUUCCGUGUUCUUGCUGAAAAUGAAAUUGGACUAGGUGAACCUUGUGAGACAUCUGAACCAGUGAAAGCUGCAGAUGUACCUGGACCUGUAAAAGACCUAGCCAUGAAAGACUCUACGAAGAGUUCUGUUAAAUUGCAAUGGAGCAAACCUGACUAUGAUGGUGGUAGCAUUAUAUCAGACUAUGUUAUUGAAAAGAAACUCCAGGGAGAGAAAGAGUGGACAUACGCAGGCACAAGCAAGAGCUGUGAAUUUGUAGCUGACAAACUUAAAGAGCUUUCUGUCAUGGAAUUCAGAGUCUUUGCUAAAAAUGAAAAAGGCAUGAGUGACUCUGUUACUGUUGGACCCAUUACAGUGAAAGAACUUAUAAUAACACCUGAAGCUGACCUUUCUGAUAUUCCCGGAGGUCAGAUUGCAGUAAGAAUUGGACAUAACCUGCAUGCUGAAUUUCCCUAUAAAGGUAAACCUAAUCCAUCAAUGAGCUGGCUCAAGGACAACCUCCCUCUUAAAGAAACAGAACACCUUCGCUUCAAGAAAACUGAAAACAAGAUAAGCUUAAGUAUCAAGAAUGUGAAAAAGGAGCAUGGUGGCAAAUAUACUUUAAUUCUUGAUAACGUAGUCUGCAGAAAGUCAUUCACAAUCACUGUAAUCACUCUUGGUCCUCCAUCUAAGCCAAAACCACCUUUAAGAAUAGAUGAAAUCAAAGCAGAUAGUGUAGUUUUGUCAUGGGAUGCUCCUGAUGAUGACGGGGGAGGAGAAAUUACUGGCUACAGCAUUGAGAAGAGAGAAACAUCACAAAUGAACUGGAAGCUGGUGUGUUCAAGUGCUGUCAGAACAACCUUCAAAGUACCAAACCUUGUUAAAGAUACUGAGUAUCAGUUUAGAGUUCGUGCAGAAAACAGAUAUGGAGUGAGCCCACCUCUUGUCUCAGCAGAUGUUGUGGCAAAGCAUCAGUUCAAACCACCAGGUGCCCCAGGAAAGCCUGUUGUAUACAACGUAACUGCUGAUGGAAUGAGCAUUUCUUGGGAUGCUCCUGUUUAUGACGGUGGUUCAGAGAUUAUGGGAUACCAUGUUGAAAAGAAGGAAAGAAACAGUAUUUUGUGGCAGAAGGUUAAUGUUGCAUUAAUAUCUAACAGAGAAUACAGGAUUACUGGACUGCUUGAGGGCCUGGAUUACCAGUUCCAAGUAUAUGCUGAAAAUGCUGCAGGUCUAAGCCGAGCUAGUGAGCCAAGCAAAUUUACUUUAGCAGUCUCUCCAGUAGACCCACCUGGUACUCCUGAUUACAUUGAUGUCACUAGGGAAACAAUCACCCUGAAAUGGAACCCCCCGCUGCGUGAUGGAGGCAGUAAGAUUGUGGCUUACAGCAUUGAGAAGCGGCAAGGCAGUGCAGACCGUUGGCUCAGGUGUAACUUCACUGAUGUCAGUGAGUGCCAAUAUACAGUUACAGGGCUCAGUCCAGGUGACCGAUAUGAGUUCAGAGUGCUUGCAAGAAAUGCUGUUGGCACAAUCAGCCCACCUUCACAGUCUUCAGGCUAUAUCAUGACAAGAGAUGAAAACGUUGCUCCUACAAUUGAAUUUGGUGCUGAACACUUCGAAGGCCUUACUGUUAAAGCUGGAGAGAGCAUUAGACUUAAAGCUCUAAUCAAAGGACGUCCAGUACCUAAAGUGACAUGGUUUAAGGAUGGUAAAGAGAUUGAUAAAAUGAUGAAUAUAGAAAUAACUACAGCUAUUGGAUAUAGUACAAUCUUCAUUAGAGAUGCUGUCCGGGAACAUCGUGGAGUGUACACAGUAGAAGCCAAAAAUGCAUCAGGCACUAAACGAGAAGAUAUUACCAUUAGAGUACAAGACACACCAGGAAAAGUUGGUGGACCAAUACGAUUCACAAACAUCACUGGAGAAAAAGUCACAUUAUGGUGGGAACCUCCAGCUAAUGAUGGUUGUGCUUCUAUUUCUCACUACGUAAUUGAAAAACGUGAAACCAGCAGGAUUGCUUGGGCAUUAGUUGAAGAUAAAUGUGAAGCUUGCAGCUAUACAGCACUUAAAUUAAUUAAGGGCAACGAGUAUCAGUUCCGUGUCUCUGCAGUGAACAAAUUUGGAGUUGGCAGACCAUUGGAGUCUGAUCCCGUUAUCGCACAAAUACCUUACACUCUCCCUGAUGCACCAGGAACUCCGGAGCCUACCAAUGUAACAGGAGACAGUAUCACACUGACAUGGGCACGACCAGAGUCAGAUGGUGGAAGCGAGAUAAAUGAGUACAUUCUCGAAAGGAGAGAAAAGAAGAGCAUGCGCUGGGUUAAAGUAUCCAGUAAGAGGCCCAUUACUGAGAACAGAUACAGAGUAACUGGCCUUAUUGAAGGCAAUGAGUAUGAGUUCCAUGUCAUGGCUGAAAACGCUGCAGGAGUUGGACCUGCAAGUGAGGUUUCAAAGCUGAUUAAAUGCAGAGAACCAGUCAGCCCACCAAGUGCUCCUAAUGUUGUAAAGGUGACAGACACAUCAAAGACUAGUGUAAGCUUAGAGUGGACAAAGCCGGUUUUUGAUGGAGGCAUGGAAAUAAUUGGGUACAUCAUUGAGAUGUGCAAAGCUGAUCUUGAAGCAUGGCAGAAAGUCAAUGCAGAGACUGUUAUCGCUACUAAAUACACUGUUGUUGAUUUGGAGGCAGGAGAACACUAUAAAUUCAGAGUUAGCGCUGUCAAUGGUGCUGGCAGAGGAGAAAGUUGUGAAGUUCCUGCUUCAGUCCAAACCGUGGACAGGCUUUCUGCACCUGAAAUUGAUAUUGAUGCAAACUUCAAGCAGACUCAUAUUGUAAGAGCAGGUGCAAGCAUUCGUCUAUUUAUUGCCUUCUCUGGAAGGCCAGUUCCUACUGCAGUGUGGUCCAAAGCAGAUUCUAAUCUUAGUUUGCGUGCUGACAUUCAAACAACCGAUUCAUUCAGCACAUUGACUGUAGAGGAAUGCAAUAGAAAUGAUGCUGGCAAGUAUGUCUUUACUGUGGAAAACAACAGUGGAAGCAAGUCUAUUGCAUUCACUGUCAAGGUUUUGGACACACCUGGUCCACCAGGUCCUAUUACAUUUAAAGAUGUGACUCGAACAUCUAUUACUUUAAUGUGGGAUGCUCCUGUUCUGGAUGGAGGUUCUCGUAUCCUCCACUAUGUUGUGGAAAAGCGUGAAGCAAGUCGUCGUAGCUGGCAAGUAGUGAGUUCAAAAUGCACUCGACAAAUCUUUAAGGUCACAGAUCUAGCAGAAGGUAUGCCAUAUUACUACCGAGUAUCAGCAGAAAAUGAAUAUGGUGUAGGUGAGCCCUGUGAAUUAACAGAACCAGUUGUGGCCACAGAAGAACCUGCUCCACCUAAGAGACUAGAUAUUGUUGAUACAACCAAAUCUUCUGUAGUUUUAGCUUGGCUUAAACCUGAUCAUGAUGGUGGUAGCCGUAUUACUGGAUACCUUCUUGAAAUGAGACAAAAAGGAUCUGACUCCUGGACUGGAGCUGGACAAACCAAGCAGCUUACUUUCACCGUUGAAGGCCUUGUGGAGAACACAGAAUAUGAGUUCCGGGUCAAGGCAAAGAAUGAUGCUGGCUACAGUGAGCCGAGAGAAGCUUUCUCUUCUGUUAUUGUUAAGGAGCCACAGAUUGAACCAACAGCAGAUCUCAGUGACAUAAGCAGACAGCUUAUAACAUGCAAGGCUGGAAGCACCUUUACUAUUGAUAUACCAAUCAGUGGGCGCCCAGCUCCAAAAGUGACAUGGAAACUUGAGGAGAUGAGGCUGAAGGAAACUGAAAGAGUGACCAUCAAGACAACAAAAGACCGAACCACACUGACUGUAAAAGACAGUAUGAGAGGUGACUCUGGUAAAUACUACCUUACACUUGAGAACACUGCUGGUGUGAAAACAUUUACUGUCACAGUGGUAGUUAUAGGAAGGCCAGGUCCUGUCACUGGCCCAAUUGAAAUAUCAUCUGUAUCUGCUGAGUCCUGUGUGUUGACCUGGAAAGAACCUGAAGAUGAUGGUGGGAGUGACAUCACAAACUACAUUGUAGAGAAACGUGAAUCUGGCACAACAGCAUGGCAGCUGGUGAAUUCCAGUGUGAAACGCACACAGAUCAAAGUCAGUCAUCUCACAAAAUAUCAAGAGUACAGUUUCCGAGUAAGCUCAGAAAAUAGAUUUGGUGUCAGCAAGCCAGUUGAAUCAAAAACAGUAGUUGCUGAGCAUCCAUUUGUCCCACCAAGCCCACCUUCCAGGCCAGAAGUCUAUUCUGUGUCUGCAAGUGCCAUGGCCAUUCGCUGGGAGGAGCCCUAUCAUGAUGGUGGCAGCAAAGUCAUUGGAUAUUGGGUGGAAAAGAAGGAGCGCAACACCAUCCUUUGGGUGAAGGAGAACAAAGUACCAUGCUGUGACUGCAACUAUAAAGUCACAGGGUUGGUGGAAGGUCUAGAAUACCAAUUCAGAACCUAUGCUCUAAAUGCUGCUGGUGUUAGCAAAGCUAGUGAAGCUUCCAGACCUGUAGUGGCUCAAAAUCCAGUUGAUCCACCAGGAAGACCAGAAGUAACAGAUGUCACCAGAUCUACAGUGUCACUGAGCUGGUCACCUCCACUUUAUGAUGGUGGAAGCAAAAUAAUCGGAUAUAUUAUUGAACGCAAACCAUAUAACGAGUCUGGUGAUGGACGUUGGCUGAAAUGCAAUUACACCAUUGUCUCAGAAAACUUCUUUACUGUGACAGCUCUUAGUGAAGAUGAAGCCUAUGAAUUCCGUGUACUAGCAAAGAAUGCUGCUGGUGUGAUUAGCAAAGGAUCUGAAUCAACUGGUGCUGUCAUUUGCAAAGAUGAAUACACACCACCAAAGGCUGAACUUGAUGCCAGAUUGCAGGGAGAAGUUUUGAGCAUUAGGGCUGGAUCAGACCUUGUUCUUGAUGCAGCCAUUGGUGGAAAACCAGAACCAAAAGUCUUCUGGUCCAAAGGUGACAGGGAACUGGACCUAUGUGAAAAGAUAUCUCUGCAAUACACCAGCAAGCGAGCUAUUGCAAUUAUCAAGUUCUGUGACAGAAGUGAUAGUGGAAAAUACACCCUAACAGUUAAAAAUGCCAGUGGGAUGAAACAAAUUUCUGUUCUUGUCAAAGUUCUUGAUUCACCGGGUCCAUGUGCAGGCAAAAUCACAGUUAGCAGAGUAACAGAAGAGAAAUGUACUCUGGCAUGGAACAUUCCUGAGGAAGAUGGAGGUGCAGAAAUUACUCACUAUAUUGUAGAAAGGCGUGAAACCAGCAGACUUCACUGGGUUAUUGUUGAGGCUGAAUGCCAGACCUUAUCAACUGUGGUUACAAAACUUAUUAAAAAUAAUGAAUACAUUUUCCGUGUGAGAGGUGUCAACAAAUACGGACCAGGUGUUCCACUUGAAUCAGAACCUGUGAUUGCCAGGAAUGCUUUCACCAUUCCAACACAGCCUGGUGCUCCUGAAGAAGUGAGUGUUGGCAAGGAGCACAUCAUUAUUCAGUGGGCGAAACCAGAAUCGGAUGGUGGCAGUGAGAUUAAGGACUAUCUUGUGGACAAACGUGAAAGGAAAAGCCUGCGCUGGACACGAGUGAAUAGAGAUUAUACCAUUUAUGACACCAGACUGAAAGUCACUGGUCUCAUGGAAGGGAGCCAGUACCAAUUCCGUGUCACUGCAGUGAAUGCUGCUGGAAACAGUGAACCUAGUGAAGCUUCACAGUACAUGUUAUGUAAAGAACCAUCAUACACUCCUGCAUCACCUUCAGUUCCAAGAGUUGUGGAUACUACAAUGCACAGCAUAAGUUUAGCAUGGUCAAAGCCCACAUACGAUGGUGGUGCUGACCUCUUAGGCUAUGUUCUUGAAAUGAAAGAAGAAGGUAGUGAACAGUGGUAUCGAGCACAUACAACUGCCACUCUGAGGAAUGCUGAGUUCACGGUUACUGGUCUUAAAACAAGCCAGAAAUACCAAUUCCGAGUUGCUGCAACAAAUGUGAAUGGUAUGAGUGAAUUUAGCGAAUCAUCAGCAGAAAUAGAACCUGUGGAAAGAAUAGAAACACCUGAACUUGAGCUUGCUGAUGAUCUGAAGAAGACAGUUACAGUCAGAGCUGGUGGCUCCCUGCGCCUAAUGGUCUCUGUAUCUGGCAGACCUGCUCCUGUAAUCACAUGGAGCAAGCAAGGUGUUGACCUUGUAAGUCGAGGUAUUAUUGAUACUACAGACAGCUACAGUCUGCUUAUUGUGGAUAAAGUUAACCGGUAUGACGCUGGAAAAUACAUCAUCGAGGCUGAAAAUCAAUCAGGGAAAAAAUCUGCCACUAUUUCUGUGAAAGUGUAUGAUACACCUGGUCCACCACCUGCAGUGAGAGUUAAGGAAGCAUCAAAAGAUUCUGUGACACUUACUUGGGACAUUCCAGUCAUUGAUGGUGGAGCCCCAGUCAACAAUUACAUAAUUGAGAAACGUGAAGCUUCCAUGAGAGCUUACAAGACUGUCACUACCAAAUGCAGCAAGACAUUUUACAGAGUUACUGGACUUCUGGAGGGAGCUUUGUAUUAUUUCAGAGUACUACCAGAAAAUAUUUAUGGCAUUGGUGAAGGCUGUGAAACAUCUGAUGCAGUACUGGUAUCUGAUGUCCCCAUGGUACCACAAAAACUCGAAGUGAUUGACACUACUAAAACAACUGUUACACUUGCUUGGGAUAAACCACUGCAUGAUGGUGGCAGCAGAUUGACUGGCUACGUUAUUGAGGCCAGCAAAGCUGGAACAGAAAGAUGGUUGAAGGUAGUGACAUUGAAGCCUACUGUCUACGAACAUACCAUAAUCUCCCUCAAUGAAGGCGAACAGUACUUGUUCAGGGUCAGAGCACAGAAUCAGAAGGGCGUGUCGGAGCCACGAGAGAUUGUCACAGCAGUGACAGUUCAAGACCGAAAGGUCUUACCAACAAUUGACUUCAGUGGAAUACCUCAGAAGACAAUCCACGUGCCUGCUGGCAAACCCAUUGAAUUAGCCAUUCCAAUCGAAGGACGACCACCUCCAACUGUAUCUUGGUUCUUUGCUGGUUCUAAACUAAAAGAAUCAGAACGCAUCAAAACGGAGACUUCUGCCAAAAUGGCCAAAUUAACUGUGCGUGAGACCACCAUCCAUGACACUGGGGAGUAUACACUUGAACUGAAGAACACAACUGGAACAGUUACUGAUACCUUAAAAGUUAUAAUCCUUGACAAGCCUGGACCACCUGUUGGACCUAUCAGAAUUGAUGAAAUUGAUGCAAAUUAUGUAACCAUCUCCUGGGAGCCUCCUGAGCUGGAUGGUGGAGCUGCCCUUAGUGGGUAUGUGGUAGAACAGCGUGAUGCUCACCGUCCUGGAUGGCUGCCAGUUUCAGAGUCAGUAACCAGGACAACAUUUAAGUUCACCAGACUUGUUGAAGGUGCAGAAUAUGUGUUCCGUGUAGCUGCUACAAACCGCUUUGGAAUUGGAUCUUACCUGCAGUCUGAAAUUAUAGAAUGCAAGAGCAGAAUCCGUAUUCCUGGUCCUCCUGGCACUCCAGAAGUGUUUGAUAUCUCUCGAGAUGGCAUGACAUUGACUUGGUAUCCUCCAGAAGAUGAUGGCGAUUCACAGAUUACUGGUUAUAUUGUGGAACGCAAAGAAGUUAGAGCAGAUAGAUGGAUCCGUGUAAAUAAAGUUCCGGUCACCAUGACUCGUUACCGUUCCACUGGGUUGGUUGAAGGAUUGGAAUAUGAACACCGAGUCACAGCAAUCAAUGCCAGAGGCACUGGGAAACCCAGCCGUCCUUCCAAGUCUGCUGUUGCCAGAGAUCCAAUUGCUCCUCCAGGUAAACCUCAGAAUCCAAGAGUCACUGAUACUACAAGAACAUCUGUCUCCCUGGCUUGGAGUCCACCAGAAGAUGAAGGUGGUUCUAAAGUUACUGGCUACUUAAUUGAGAUGCAGAAGGUUGAUCAAUUUGAAUGGACCAAAUGCAAUACUACGCCGACCAAGAUUCGGGAAUACACCUUGACACAUCUUCCCCAGGGUGCAGAGUACAGAUUCCGAGUGCUAGCCUGUAAUGCUGGUGGGCCAGGAGAACCUGCCGAAGUGCCAGGAACAGUCAAAAUAACAGAAAUGCUUGAAUAUCCUGACUAUGAACUUGAUGAAAAAUACCAAGAAGGUCUCAUGGUGAGACAAGGAGGAGUAAUCAGGCUUACAAUACCCAUUAAGGGUAAGCCCAUCCCAGUAUGCAAAUGGACAAAAGAAGGACAGGACAUCAGCAAGAGGGCCAUGAUUGCAACUUCUGAGACUCAUACGGAACUUGUGAUCAAAGAUGCAGAAAGAGAAGAUUCAGGCACCUAUGAUUUGGUGCUCGAAAACAAGUGCGGCAAGAAAGCCGUGUACAUUAAAGUCAGAGUGAUUGGCAUUCCAAAUCCACCAGAAGGACCCCUUGAGUAUGAUGAUAUACAAGCUCGUUCUGUCAGAGUAAGCUGGAGACCUCCUACAGAUGAUGGUGGUGCAGAUAUCCUGGGUUAUAUUGUUGAGAGAAGAGAAGUACCGAAGACUGCCUGGUACACUGUUGACUCUAGAGUGAAAGGGACAUCAUUAGUGGUGAAAGGACUCAAAGAAAAUGUGGAAUACCACUUCCGUGUUUCUGCUGAAAACCAUUUUGGUAUUAGCAAAUCUCUCAAAUCUGAAGAACCAGCAGUACCAAAGACACCACUAAAUCCACCAGAGCCUCCAAACAACCCACCUGAAGUGCUUGAUGUUACAAAGAGUUCUGUCAACUUGUCCUGGUCCAGACCUAAAGAUGAUGGUGGUUCUCGUGUAACUGGCUACUAUAUUGAACGUAAAGAGACAUCUACAGAAAAAUGGGUUCGGCAUAAUAAGACACAGAUUACCACUACAAUGUACACAGUCACAGGACUUGUUCCAGAUGCUGAAUAUCAAUUCCGUGUCAUUGCUCAAAAUGACAUUGGUGAAAGUGAAGCAAGUCCUGCUUCUGAACCAGUUGUAUGCAAGGAUCCAUUCGACAAACCAAGCCAACCCGGAGAAAUUGAGAUCACUUCUAUAUUUAAGGAUAGCAUUACAUUAGAAUGGGAACGACCUGAAAGCGAUGGUGGCAAAGAGAUCCUUGGCUAUUGGGUUGAAUAUCGCCAGUCUGGAGAAAGCACCUGGAAAAAAUGCAAUAAGGAACGCAUCAAAGACAGGCAGUUUACAGUAGGAGGUUUACUAGAGGCCACAGAAUAUGAGUUCCGUGUUUUUGCAGAAAAUCAGACUGGCCUUAGCAGACCUCGAAGGACCGCUAUGGCAGUGAAAACAAAAUUAACAUCUGGAGAAGCACCUGCCAUAAAAAAAGAAAUGCAGGAUGUUACAACUAAACUGGGUGAGGCAGCUCAGCUGACGUGCCAGAUUGUUGGGAGACCUUUGCCUGAUAUUAAAUGGUACCGCUUCGGCAAAGAGCUGGUACAAAGCAGAAAAUACAAAAUGUCAUCUGAUGGACGCAAUCAUACGCUGACAGUAAUGACAGAUGAACAGGAGGAUGAAGGUCUCUACACUUGUAUGGCUACCAAUGAUGUUGGAGAAAUUGAAACUAGUGGCAAGCUGUUAUUGCAGGCUCCUCCUCAGUUCCACCCUGGCUUCCCAUUGAAAGAGAAAUACUAUGCAGGUGCAGGUGGCACCCUCCGCCUUCAUGUUGUGUAUAUUGGACGGCCAGUACCAGCAAUAACUUGGUUCCAUGGCAACAAACCUUUGAGAGGAUCAGAAACAAUUACUAUUGAGAACACGGAACAGUAUACUCAUCUUGCUAUUAAGAAUGUCCAGCACAAGACUCAUGCUGGGAAGUACAAAGUACAACUCAGUAACACAUUUGGAACAGUUGACACUGUACUUAAUGUGGAAAUACAAGAUAAACCAGAUAAACCAGUAGGGCCAAUUGUUAUAGAGUCUAUACUGAAGAAUUCUGUGGUGAUAAGCUGGAAACCACCAGAGGAUGAUGGAGGUGUUAUGAUAACCAAUUACAUCAUAGAGAAACGUGAAGCCAAGGAAGGGGCAGAAUGGCAACUUGUGUCUUCAAGUAUCUCAGGCACAACCUGUAGAAUUGUUAACCUAACUGAAAAUGCAGGCUAUUACUUCCGUGUUUCUGCUCAGAAUAUGUAUGGCAUUAGUGAAGCACUGGAGGUCUCAUCAGUAGUUUUUAUAAAGCCUCCGUUUGAAAAACCAGGACAACCCGGCCAGCCAGUAGCAAGUGCUGUCACAAAGGAUUCUUGCGUUGUCUCAUGGAAGCCACCUGCAAGUGAUGGUGGUGCAAAGAUUAGAACCUACUAUCUUGAGAAGCGUGAGAAAAAACAAAACAAAUGGAUUUCUGUGACAACAGAUGAAAUUCGUGAAACAGUCUACUCUGUGAAAGAUCUUAUUGAAGGUCUUGAAUACGAGUUCCGUGUAAAAUGUGAAAAUCUUGGUGGUGAAAGUGAGUGGAGUGAGGUAUCCCAACCAGUCAUUCCAAAAUCUGAUGUACCAAUUAAAGCUCCACAUUUCAAGGAAGAGCUAAGGAAUCUGAAUGUGAAAUUUCAAGCUAAUGCCACAUUUGUCUGCAAAGUCACUGGUCAUCCUAAGCCAAUUGUCAAGUGGUACAGACAGGGCAAAGAAAUCAUGCCAGAUGGGGAAAAGAUCAAGAUACAGGAAUUCAAGGGUGGAUAUUACCAGCUGGUCAUCACGAAUGUAACAGAUGAUGAUGCCACGGUGUAUCAAGUUAGAGCUACCAACCAAGGAGGAUCUGUGUCUGGCACUGCCUCUCUGGAUGUUGAAGUUCCUGCAAAGAUUCAUUUGCCCAAAAAUUUGGAAGGCAUGGGAGCUGUUCAUGCCCUCCGAGGGGAAGUGGUGAGCAUCAAGAUUCCAUUCAGUGGCAAGCCAGCCCCUGUGAUCACAUGGCAAAAGGGACAAGAUCUCAUUGAUACUAAUGGACACUACCAAGUCAUUGUUACACGAUCAUUCACAUCUCUUGUUUUCCCAAAUGGUGUUGACAGAAAAGAUGCAGGGUUUUACAUUGUUUGUGCCAAAAACAGAUUUGGAAUUGAUCAAAAAACAGUUGAAUUAGACGUGGCUGAUGUGCCUGAUCCACCAAGAGGUCUGAAGGUAACUGAUGUUUCAAGGGAUUCAGUCAACUUAACCUGGAAUGAACCAGCUACUGAUGGUGGAAGCAGGAUCAUAAACUACAUUAUUGAGAAACGUGCUACAACAGCAGAGCGAUGGAUCCGUGUUGCACAAGCUCGUGAUACACGAUACACGGUGGUGAACCUGUUUGGUAAGACCACCUAUCAGUUCCGUGUCAUUGCAGAGAACAAGUUUGGCCAAAGUCAGCCUUCUGAACCUACUGAUCCAAUUGUAACAAAGGAAGAUAAGACCAGAGUAUUGAACUAUGAUGAAGAAGUUGAUGAAACCAGAGAAAUUACAGCAGCUAAAGCAGCUCACUAUUCUACAAAGGAGCUCUAUGACAAAUACAUGAUUGCAGAAGAGCUUGGACGUGGGCAGUUUGGCAUUGCACACCGCUGUGUUGAGGCAGCUUCAAAAAAGACUUACCUGGCCAAAUUUGUCAAAGUAAAGGGUGCUGACCAAGUUUUGGUAAAGAAAGAAAUUUCCAUCCUAAACAUUGCUAGGCACCGAAACAUCCUGUAUCUUCAUGAAUCAUUUGAGAGCCUAGAAGAAUUGGUCAUGAUCUUUGAAUUCAUUUCCGGGGUUGACAUCUUUGAAAGAAUCAGCACAGCUUCAUUUGAACUUAAUGAAAGAGAAAUAGUAAAUUAUGUACGCCAGGUCUGUAGUGCACUAGAAUUUUUACACAGUCAUAGCAUUGGGCAUUUUGAUAUUAAACCAGACAAUAUUAUUUACUUCACAAGAAGAAGCUCUGUAAUUAAAAUUGUUGAAUUUGGUCAAGCCAGACAGUUGAGGCCUGGAGACGGCUUUAGACUCCAGUUCACUUCUCCUGAAUAUUAUGCACCUGAAGUACAUCACCACGACUUAGUCAGCACAGCUACUGACAUGUGGUCAGUUGGUGCGCUAACAUACAUACUUCUCAGUGGCCUUAACCCUUUCAUUGCUGAAACAAACCAACAAGUCAUUGAAAAUAUUCUAAAUGCUGAAUACAGCUUUGAGGAUGAAGCAUUCAAAGACAUAAGCAUUGAAGCCAUGGACUUCAUUGAUCGCCUGCUAGUAAAGGAAAGAAAAUCUCGAAUGACAGCUACUGAAGCACUUAAUCACGUGUGGCUAAAACAGCAGACAGAAAAGACCAGCACUAAAACCAUUAAGACCUUGAGGCACAGGCGUUACUAUCAAACUCUAGUAAAGAAGGAGUGGAACACAGUUGUGUCAGUAGCCCGCAUUUCCUGUGGAGGCGCAAUUAGAUCCCAGAAAGGCAUAACAGUGGCAAAAGUUAAAGUUGCCCCAAUAGACAUUGGGCCUAUUGCUGGGCAGAUAAAGCAUAAUGUUGCAGAAGAAGGAGGUCAUGCCAAAUAUGUAUGUACGAUUGAAAACUAUGACGAGUCCACACAAGUCACGUGGUACUUUGGUAUGAGGCAAUUAGAAAGCAAUGAGAAAUACGAAAUCAAAUAUGAAGAUGGUGUGGCAACCAUGUAUGUCAAAGAUGUUUCUAAAUCAGAUGAUGGUACCUACAGAUGCAAGGUAGUAAAUGAUUAUGGUGAGGACAGCUCUUAUGCAGAACUUUUUGUUAAAGGCGUGAGAGAAAUUUCUGAGCACUACAGAUGCAGAACUGUUAGAAAAGUGAAACGACGAGUUGAUACCAUGAGAUUGUUAGAGCAUCCCCCAGAAUUUACUCUGCCUUUGUAUAACCGCACUGCAUAUGUUGGAGAAAAUGUCAGGUUUGGAGUAACUAUAACAGUUCACCCAGAACCUCGCUUAACAUGGUACAAAUCAGGCCAGAAAAUCAAACCUGGAGAUGAUGAUAAGAAGUAUACUUUUGAAUCAGACAAAGGUCUUUAUCAGCUUGUCAUCAAUAAUGUCACUGAAGAGGAUGAUGCUGAAUAUAGUAUUGUGGCACGCAAUAAAUAUGGCGAAGACAGCUGUAAAGCUAAGCUGACUGUGAUUCCACAUCCGCCUCCAGCAGAUGCCACACUCAGGCCAAUGUUUAAAAGACUGCUGGCGAAUGCUGAAUGUCAAGAAGGCCAAAAUGUCAGUUUUGAGAUCAGGGUAUCUGGUGUGCCAAAACCAACACUGACAUGGGAGAAAGAUGGUCAACCUCUAUCCUUUGGUCCCAACUUUGAUAUAAUUCAUGAAGGUUUAGAUUAUUAUGCUUUGCAUAUCAGAGAUACUUUACCAGAAGACAGUGGCUACUACAGAGUUACUGCUACAAACAGUGCUGGAUCUACAAGCUGUCAGGCUUAUCUAAAAGUUGAACGCUUGAAAUAUGUCAAGCGUGAGUACAAGUCAGAGGAAGAGCGGGAGAAGCAUGUACAAAGGCAAAUUGACAAGACCUUACGAAUGGCAGAAAUCCUUUCUGGGGUUGAAGCUGUUCCACUGACACAAACUGCACAAGAGGCUCUCAGAGAAGCUGCUAUCUUGUAUAAACCAGCUGUUAGCUCAAAGACUGUUAAAGGUGAAUAUGAAAUUCAGAAAGAAGAAAAGAAGGAGAAGGAGGAAAGGAGACUUCGUAUGCCAUAUGAGAUCCCAGAGCCUCGCAAACAUGUGCGUGCUGCUCUUGAGGAAGAUCAGCAUAUUAAACACUUUGUGCCUCUGUCAGACAUGAAGUGGUACAAGAAGCUGCGAGACCAGUAUGAAAUGCCAGGAAAACUUGAGAGGACUGUUCAGAAACGUCAGAAACGUAUACGUCUUUCCAGGUGGGAGCAAUUCUAUGUGAUGCCACUGCCACGCAUUUCUGAUCAGUACAAGCCUAAGUGGCGCAUACCAAAGCUGACACAAGAUGAUCUUGAAAUUGUCAGACCAGCACGUCGGCGUUCCCCAUCUCCAGAGUAUGAAUAUCACUACAGACCAAGAAGGCGAUCGCUUGGCGACUUGUCUGAUGAGGAAUUGCUCAUGCCGAUAGAUGACUACUUAGCCAUGAAGAGAACUGAAGAGGAAAGACUGCGCCUUGAAGAAGAGCUGGAGUUAGGCUUUUCUGCUUCCCCCCCAAGUAGAAGCCCCCCACGCUUUGAACUGUCUGCCCUUCGAUAUUCUACUGCAGGAGCACAGGUCAGUUCGGAGGAAGAAAGAAAAAGAGAGCUGAGGUAUUCAAGCUAUCACAUUCCAACUAAAGCUGAGACCAGCACAAGCUAUGCAGAGCUUCGUCAACGUCACGACAGGGCUGCCUACAGACCACCUAAACAAAAGCAAAGAAUAAUGGAUGAGAGGGAGGAUGAAGAAUUGCUCCGGCCUGUUGGCGCUGAUCAGCGACUCUCUGAAUACAGGAGUGAGCUCAAAUAUAUGGCAGAGGAAGAAAAGAGCAGACUCAGGAGAAGGAGGGAAAGAGAAAUAACUGAGAUCACAUCAGAAGAAGAAGAAGAAAUAGAAAUGGUACAAUAUGCUCACAGGGAAUUUUCACCUCCCUCUAGAUUACUUAGGAGAAGAAGAUCCCUUUCUCCAACUUACAUUGAGUUGAUGCGUCCUGUAUCUGAAUUAAUUCGACCUCGCUCACGGCCUCCUGAAGAAAGUGAGAGAAGAUCCCCAACACCAGAGAGAACUCGACCACGCUCACCUAGCCCAGUGUCUAGUGAAAGAUCUCUCUCCCGGUUUGAGAGGAUGGCAAGAUUUGAUAUAUUUUCCAGAUAUGAGUCCAUGAAAUCUGCUCUGAAAACUCAAAAAACGAUGGAAAGGAAAUAUGAAGUUCUGACUCAGCAGCCUUUCACCCUUGACCAUGCUCCUCGCAUUACCCUGAGAAUGCGCUCACACCGGGUACCGUGUGGCCAUAAUACCAGGUUCAUUCUAAAUGUCCAGUCAAAACCAACUGCCGAAGUGAAGUGGUACCACAAUGGUAUUGAGCUCCAAGAGAGCAGUAAGAUACACUUUACCAAUACGAGUGGUGUAUUAACUCUGGAGAUUCUCGACUGCCAUAUUGAUGACAGUGGAACAUACCGAGCUGUUUGCACAAACUACAAAGGGGAAUGCUCUGAUUAUGCAACACUAGAUGUUACUGGAGGAGAUUACACUACAUACUCUUCCCAGAGGAAAGAUGAAGAAGUACCAAGGCCAAUUUUACCUGACUUGACAAAAACAGAGGCAUAUGCAAUCUCCUCGUUUAAGAAAGCAUCUGAAACGGAAGCAAGUUCCUCAGUAAGAGAGGUCAAAUCAGAAGUGUCAGCAACAAGAGAAUCACUUUUAUCUUAUGAACACUAUGCUGCUUCUGAAGAAAAAGUCACUGCAGCUGAAAGAAAAUCAUUGGAAGAAAGGACUUCACACAAAGCAUUUAAAAGCACUCUGCCAGCAACAAUCCUUACAAAGCCACGGUCAAUCACAGUUUCUGAAGGGGAGACUGCAAGAUUUUCCUGUGAUGUUGAUGGUGAACCAGCACCGACAAUAACAUGGCUCCGUGCAAGUCAACCUAUUGUUUCUUCAAGGCGCUUCCAAGUAACACGAACACAGUACAAGUCUACCUUCGAAAUUUCUUCCGUCCAGAUAUCUGAUGAAGGAAGUUACACUGUUGUGGUGGAAAACUCUGAAGGAAGACAGGAAGCCCAUUUUACUUUGACCAUUCAAAGAACAAAAAUUCCUGAAAAAACAAUUACAUCACCUCCAAGGAUCAAAUCUCCUGAGCCUCGUGUAAAGUCACCAGAGCCAGUUAAGUCUCCUAAACGAGUGAAAUCUCCUGAACCCAUCAGCAGUCCCCCAAAAGCUAAAUCACCACCUGGAGACAAAAUGGUAGCGACAGAGAAAGUACAAUUACCAACUGCUUCUCCACCAAAGAUAAAACAGCAUCUGAAAGCAGAAACUCUUGGAGAUAAGGUAAAGUUAUCCUGUGCAGUUGAAAGCAAUGUUUUAAGUGUCAGAGAAGUGGCUUGGUAUAAGGAUGGUAAAAAACUGAAAGAAGACCAUCAUUUCAAGUUUCAUUAUGCAGCAGAUGGCACUUAUGAGCUCAAAAUCCAUGAGCUCAUGGAAUCUGAUAAAGGAGAAUACACCUGUGAAAUUAUUGGGGAAGGAGGUGUUUCAAAAACUAACUUCCAGUUUACCGGCCAAGUAUUUAAAAAUAUCCAUUCCCAGGUAAGAGGUGUAUCUGAAUCUCAUAAAACAGUUCAGAAAGAAGAUGAGUUACUUACGGUUUCUACCCAGAAGAAAUCAGUAGUGGCAACUGAAGAGAAAUCUGCAGUUCAAGAAGUCAUUAAAAAGUCAGUUGUUACAGAAGAUGUCAAAGAAUUGAAAGCAGAAAUUACAGCUUCUUCAACUAAAAUGACAAUGUCUGAAGGGCAGAAAGUGACAUUGAAAGCCAGUAUUCCUGGUGCUUCUGAAGUAAAAUGGGUGCUGAAUGGAAUGGAGCUGAGAAAUUCAGAUGAUUACAGAUACGGUGUUUCUGGAAGUGAUCACACGCUAACUAUCAAAAAGGCCAGUAAUAAGGAUGAAGGUAUACUCACCUGUGAGGGUAAAACUGAUGAAGGCAUUAUUAAAUGCCAGUAUAUUGUGACCCUUUCUAAAGAGCACUCCAGUGAACCAGCAUUCAUCAUGCAGCCCAAGUCUCAAAAUGUCAAUGAAGGACAAGACGUCUUGUUCACCUGUGAGGUUUCUGGGGAACCUUCUCCUGAAGUUGAGUGGUUAAAGAAUAAUCAACCUAUUGCAGUUUCAUCGCACCUCAGAGUAUCUCGCUCUAAAAAUGUAUAUUCUCUUGAGAUUCGAAAUGCAGCAGUGAGUGACACUGGAAAAUACACAGUCAAGGCAAAAAAUUACCAUGGGCAGUGUUCUGCUACAGCAUCUUUGACUGUACUCCCUCUAGUUGAAGAACCUCCGAAAGAGGUAGUAUUGAAGACCAGUGGCGACGCAAGCAUGCACCAAAGUUUUUCUUCUCAGUCCUUUCAAAUGGCUUCUUCUAAACAAGAGGCUUCAUUCAGCAGUUUCAGCAGUAGCAGCAUGACUGAAAUGAAAUUUGAAAGCAUGUCUGCCAAAAGCAUGUCCUCCAUGAAAGAAUCCUUUGUAGAGAUGAGCUCCAGCAGUAUUGUGGGGAAAUCUAGCAUGGCUCAACUGGAGAGUUCAACUAGUAAAAUGCUUAAAACAGAUCUGAGAGGAGUACCACCCAAAAUUGAAGCUCUCCCAUCUGAUAUCAGCAUUGAAGAAGGAAAAGUUCUUACACUAUCCUGUGCCUUUUCGGGUGAACCUGCUCCUGAAAUAACAUGGUACUGCAGAGGGAGAAAAAUUACCAGUCAGGACCAGCAAGGCAGAUUCCACAUCGAAACCAGUGAAGAUCUAACCACCCUGAUCAUCAUGGAUGUCCAGAAGAAUGAUGGUGGACUUUAUACUCUGAAUUUAGGGAAUGAAUUUGGUACAGAUUCUGCCACUGUGAAUAUAAAUAUCCGAUCACCUUAGAGAGCUUAACCUGUAUUAUUUACACUUGUAUUUUUACAAGUGAUUCAUUUUUGGACUGAAAUAUCUGAUAUGUAAAUAUAAAAGAAAAAUAUUUUUUUACCUACCUGAACGAGACAAAGUCCAGAUCUAUACAUUAUGACUUAUAGUCAUUAUUGACCUAAGAAUUUAAAUCACUUUUUUCACUGACAUGUACAUACUGUAUAUAGCCGAAGGUAACGGUUAUGAAGUUUUGUACCGUUUAUUUUAUGACAUUUUGAAACGUAACUUUUGGAACUAACAGUUGGCAGGGGAAAGUUUCCUAGAAAAUGACUACCCUGCUCAACAUUUAACUAAUUUUUGCACCUCAACUCAUUGUUGAUGUCUAAGAAUGCCUCAACAGGUAGAGAGGCUCCCUGUUGAAGAUUACCUACACCUAAGACAUGAUACUGUGCACAGUAUUUUAUACGUGCACAAAUAUUUAUGUUGAAUCAGAAAUGUAAGGCAUUGGUGAUGUUUGCAAUUACCCUCCUGUAAGCAUUGCUUUAAUGUUUUACAUUGGAUCUGAUUAUGUCAUAAUUUUCAUACCUGACUGACAAUUUCUGGACAAAGUGCAAGCGGCCAGCACUUUGUUCACCCACUGUGUACUGUUUCUGACAUAUUGACUGCCUGAAUAGCUUUUAAAAAAGUAACAUCACCUGGCCAUCCCCUUAAUCAACAAAGCUAUUUAGGUAUUCAAGUGCAGCAGCAGUACCCCAUCUUGGAGGUUCUUAGGGUGCAGUGAUUGAGUUUGUGUGGUAGUAUUAGACACCCAGUAGUCACUUCCAGGCAACUAAGCAAUGAACCACAGUUUGAAAACAAACUGUUGCUACAACAUCAAAUACCAGCCUGCACUUCAAUUUGCUUUAGUUCUCCUAAUGUAGUAAUAGAGCUUGGUAGCUGUUGAACCUCCUUGAGAUAGACUUGUUCAUUUGAAAUAAAGCAUGCUUUCUGCACCAUAAA